AUGAGCAGCACAGGAACAGUGGAGAGUGGAAAACCUCCAAAGGUGGUUCAUUUUUUCUCAUCAACUCAUUAAAAAAUAAGUUGAAAAUGCAUGUAUUACAUUCACUUCAUUAAUUAUGUCCACCACCCUCCUCUCUCUGCUUUUCCUGUCUUAGAUUGGAUCUGUUGUGGAGGUGAUAGGGAAGGGUCAGCGUGGUACUGUUGCCUAUAUUGGUGCCACCCUCUUUGCCUCUGGAAAGUGGGUAGGUGUCAUACUGAAUGAGCCCAAAGGCAAGAAUGAUGGCACUGUUCAAGGGAAACGCUACUUUACUUGUGAAGAAAAUCAUGGGAUAUUUGUCAGACAGUCUCAGGUAAGUGACAAGAAUAAUGAUGAUAAAAAUGAUGAUUAAAAAAAUGUAUCCAUUUUGCACCCUAACAAAUGUGAUUAACCCAGGCUGCAUCCAGCAAUACAAGAACCUAACAGCAAUAAUCUAGACCAAGAGAACCAAAGAGGUAAAAUGAUACAUAUCAUUAGAAGAUGGAAACAAUUUCAAAAACAGCUCUAGUUCUAAGAACAAUAGAAUAAGUAAAGACUACAAAAAAAAAACAUUAAAGGAAAGAAAAGAAAUGAAUAAUAAUGCAUGUUAAAAAUGAGUUAAUGAUUUAAAGUUGAAAGGGCAUGGGUUGGUUGAUGGUGAAGAAGCCUUCAAUUACACUUGUGUGAUCCUAUAAACUACUGGACUUACAUGGAUAAGGGUUAGGUUGAGAGUAUGGUUUUCAUAUUACUCAUACACCCCCUUGAAAGGAAGAGUAAUGCAUCAACUUUGUUCAGUUGCCAGUGUAUGGUGCAAAGACCCAAAAUUCACUUUUUGGUACCGCUCAAGGUGUCAAAACCCACUGACUUUUCAUUUAAGCCCAACGGUGAUUCAUUCUGACAGACUGAGAUGUAACUUUGUCUCUUCAAGCAGUUAGUGACAUACAUUUUUCCUCAAUUUUUCCCUUAAUUACUUAUUUUUCUUUUAACCCUGUGGCAUAUAGGAAUACCAGUGACACAAAACAUGGAUAUGGAACACUCAAUGACUCAAAGGUCUCAGAAAAUGUAUGUGCCCAUACUAUUUUGUAGUGAGAUAUUAUUGUGAGCCACAAGUUAGAAGAAUGAAUCAGGCGAAAAUCUCAUGUACAGGGUCUCUUUUUUCAAGUAGACGUCAGUGGUUUGUAAUUGGUAUGAGGCAGUACUGUAAAACACUACAAUUAUCCUGAACAUGAGCCCAAACCAGGAUGUACACCAGCCUGAACUUUUCAUCAGGGGGUGGUUUAUUUUAUGAGCUGAUACCUGUGACACAGCUGCUACUCAGGAAAGUCUAUCAUGCCAAAAUGUUAACUACAUAUGUGGACCUUUUAAAAAAUGAUUGCCAAGUUUUGGCACCUUGAGUGGUACUGAAAACUGGUUUGUCCUGUGGACUAUUAAGUAAGCAGGCAUGAAUAUUAUUUACUUUUUAAUUCUGCAACAUAUAAAAAAUGACUUGUAGAAUUAAUUACUGUAAAACUUUGUACUUUUGUAUAAUCCUGUAUUAAAAAAUUCUGUCUUUCAUGUACACAGGCGAUUCCUUUGUGGUCUACCAUGUCCUGAUCAAAGCCUUUUUCCUGUCUGUCAUUGUAAUUUUUAGAUCCAGGUUGUGGAGGAAGGCUCUCCUGACACUCCUGAUUCAGGAAUUGCAAAAAUACUUAGACAAAAAGGUAGACAUUAGCCACCACACACAGUGUUUUAAAGUAACACAAUGAUGCAAAAGUAAAUUUAGCAGUAAAUAACUGUGAAAUAUGUUUUCUCCAGACAGUCCCGAGCCUCAAAAAACAACUAAGCAGGUAGGUAACAACUUGGCAAAUCCUUUUAUUCCUGUCAGCUAAGUGCUGUUGUGCUGCUUCCAUUACAUGCUCUAAAACAUUGUUCCUCACAAUUUUUUUUCACAAGAGCCACAUUGGCAGUGCAAAAUCAAAAGAAGAGCUACUUUUACGACAACAUACAAAGUCACCUUUGCAAAUGUGCAUUUCUACAUAUAAAUUGGACAUCCCACAAAAAAAGAAAUAACACAGCUAAUACAUUUUCAUUUAAGACCAGAUUUACCUUAAUACUGGGAAGAGCGGAACCUGGCAUGCAUGUCCCUGACUCUCUUCAUGUUUCAUUUGUAGUUUGUUGUUGCAAUCACGGUUAGGCAAUUAAGAUGAGCGUAAGAUGAGGUUUUUUGGCCCGCACCAACAUCCACACUAUUUCAUAAGACGUCUUUGUUGAACGUUCUGCAGUGGAGAUUGUCUGGUGGAGAGGAUUUUUGCUGUGAAGUGAAGCUGUGAGCUGUGCUUUUUUCCUCUUUUUUAGUUCACUGCCACGCAGGUAACUUUCAUGGAAUUUUGGAUGCGUCGUUUUCAAAUGGCACUCCAAGUUGCUUUGUUUAAAACCGGCAUGGGUUUGUUUGCAUAUUAAACACAGGUUUCAUGGCAUGCAAAACAAAUAAGAAUUUGUCUGUCCACUUGUCUUGAAAUUUUCCGUGCUCAUCUUGUAUUCUUGGUAUUUUUAGUUUCUUACUAGGUAAAGUUACACCUGCUGUUUGCCUGCUCGUCCCCUCUCUAGUGUUUUUCCGCUGAUUUUUGUUUGCUGCUUCCUCAGACUAAUUUUCCUCAUCCAGGCCUCUAUUCGUUACAACACUGUGUGUCUGUCCUUCUGGUUUUUGAGCUCAUUAUUAAUAAACAGUCAGUUUUGUGUUUCAUGCUGGCUAGGGGAGCUAACGUAGCCUGCCUGCAAACUUGCGCUGCAGUCAAGUGUUGUAACAAUGCCACAUGGCAUGCAGGCUGUGUUGCCAGGUUUGACAAUGUCCCCUUUAGAAAGCAUCAUUAAGGCUUGAAAUACUUCUUGCACCUUCAUUAUUUGGGUGAAGGGAGAAGUAUAAUUCAGAUGUUUGCGUUUUUGCAGUGUUGUAUGUUUAUGUAGCACAUUUGAAAAAAAAUUAUUGGCUGUGUUACCUCAUAGGAUGCGAGCCACCAAUUAUUGCUUGACCAGCUGCAUGUGGCUCGGGAGCCGCGCAAUGAGUAACUCUGCUGUUUACAUAAUUUUGAGAAGCUGGCUUUAACAAGUAAGCCUUGCCCAGACUUGAGUUCUUAAAGUCCAACUCUGAUCGUUUUGUUUUUUUGCUACUUAAAGUGUUCUCAGUGGUCUUUAAAUUGUGAUUUUGAAGUUUUUAGCCAAAAUCAUGUUUUCCACUUUUCUUCUGGGGAGCUCCAGUAGAUUAAUAGCAAUUCACCUCUGAGUUGUGGGCGGAGACAGCGCUGCUCUGCACACUCGUCUUCACGUUAGUUUGCAGCCUAACAUUGCAGGUGUAGUCAAAGUGGCAGGUAACAUAGGAGCUAUUGAGCUCUUGGACACUAACAUCUUUAGGGACACGUUGAAAGCUAAUACCACAAUUAGCUUUCUUACGAGCAUUGCAAUCCACCAACGCACAUGCUUGGCCUGCAUAGUGGGGCUCCGGGGGUGGAGCUUGGAUUGGUUACUUAUGAAUUCUCAAUGUUUCUGAACCUGUCGUUUAAGUCUGCCAGAGAUUCACAGUGAUUUGAGUGAAGAAAUACUCAGAAAAGCAAUUUCGCAUUUAGUUUUCUCAUGAUAUGUCCUGUAGCAUCAGAAAAAUGCCAUAUAAACAUAUAAAUAACAUGAAAAAAACAUGAUUUUCAUUGGAGUGGGUCUUUAAUAAGUUUAUGAUGAUGAUUUGGCAUGAGCACUGGCCCUUUUAUAAAGCAUUUCAAAUGUUUAAAUUGUAUUUGAAAAGAUCAAUGACACAAGCCAAAACAUUUUUUACAGUGUAUUGAUUUGUCAAACAAUGCACUCCGGUCUUUUAUUUGCUUGAUUACAUUGGAGAGAGUUUUUGUUUUGCAUAGCACCAAUAGGUUUGAUUCAGUAUUUUUGUUUUAUUAAUAUCUUUGCAGACACCAGUGAAUGUUAAAAAGGAAGAAACAAUUUUGCUUUUGAUUGGUUCUAAUAAAACUUAUACGAUAACUUAUACAUUUCAGUUAACCUUUCACCUUUUGGAAAUUUUCAUGGACAUUUUGACAUCACUUGCAAAGGAUAUGUCAUUUACUCAAUUUUUUCCCUUCUAUUUUCUUGGUCAAAGCUAGGUUUUGCCCCCAGUAGCGGUUCUAGGCACGGGCGAACAGGGCAGCCGCCCGGGGCGGCAUUUGUGUCAUGACUCAUGGGGGGCGGCACGAGCACUUCCAAAAAAAUAAAAUAAAAGAUAAUAAUAAUAAAUCUUAACCGCAAAGCGGUUUUGUAUUAACUCUUGUUGUCAAAUUGGCGCCCUCCCGCUGCUGUAGGCGCCCCUGCUUGCUCCGAAGGUGCUGCACAGAGGUUGACAGACUGUGUGAGACGAGGCGGGGAGAGAGUCGCGGGGGGACAGCUCUGCUCUGUGUACGCAUGUCAGCGGGAGCGCGGAUACGUCAUUUUGUAGUUUUUUAAUCAUUUCCGGAGUCGCGGUGAAUGAAAUCACCUUACCCGUCUGCCUUUGAUAGGCGAAUAAAGCGCUCGGGUUCAUGCUCGGAUCUUGCUACGUGCUUGAUGAGCUUCAUGAGUAAAGUAAACAAUGACUGAGGCAGAGAGCAGCUUCAGAGGAGAAACAUCCAGCAGUGUGAACAACCUCUUCAUAUGGAGUGCUUUGGCUCACAGUAUCAGCGUUUUCUGUGAGUGUUGCAUGACUUUGGGUGAGAACAGAGAUGAACACACUGUCAGCCACGUAUUUAUUUAUUCAUUUUUUAGUUUUUAGUUCUGCUUUUGUACUGGCACUAUACUGGGGCAGCUGUAUACCCUUUCAACACCUUAUUUUCUAUAUUUACAUUUGUAUUGAAUGGACACUUUAUCAUGACUGCCACUUGUUUUACAGAAAGCAAAUUAUUUGUCAUUCUCCAGCGCAGAGCCUUUACUUUUAUUUAUACAGCCGCUUUAUUUCAUUUGAGUUUGUUUGUUCAAGGUUUUCAAAAAUGUGAUGAAGGUUCGCAAAACUAAAAGAGAGCUUUCUUGCUCGCCCGGGGAGUAAUUUGGUCUAGAACCGCCACUGUUUGCCCCUUUCGGAUAUGCACACAGUUCCUGAAAAAUUUCAGAAAUUACCAAAUUGGGCUGUGUGCGUGAACAGGAUUUUACAUAGAAUAUAAUAUUCUGUAUAAUAUUUCCUGCCAGUCCCCUAGUAUCAUUUUGGGGUAAGUCCUUGUAAGCGCAUGUGGAGUGCCUCAUGCUGCUGUCCUGUCUGGCUUUGCUGCUUGGCUAAAAUAUGCUGUAGUAUCACAAAUCAAUAGCAAAGGUGGCCUGUCUGCACUAUUUAUUAAAGUUUUCAGGUCAUUAACAGGAAUAGAUUUGCUAUGACGCAAAGACAGCCUCUUAAGAUACACUGGUGGGAAACAUUUAUUUAGGAGAGGUCUUCUCUAGUCCUCUACCCGUCACUCAGCUAAGGUGAGCUUGCGUACAGCAUAAGGUGCAAACUGUAUCAAACAAAGUGACCUAAAAAAGUUUAGAUUGUUUUUAGGUUUUAACUUUACAACAUGCUAAGAAAGCAAAAUAAUAUAUUUGAAGCGGUAAUUUAAGCCCUUUCAAAUUCUUGCACUUAGUUUAAUGGACUUUAUUUAUGUCACUUUUCCUCAUCCUCUGACCACUCAAAGCACCUAAACAUAUUCAGUUGUUACCACCACAUACAUCUACUUCGCAACAGCUGCCCUUUGUGUCGUGUGAUAAAUUGUACAUAGGCUUUUUUCAUAGAGCCCAUUUGCUGGGCUUCUUAUUACUCAAAGUGCUUUCCCAUUAGAUGUCACAUUUACCCACUCACACCACUUCCACACACUGAACUGACUCCAAUAUAAAAGUGAGAGGAGGAUUUUCAGGGAAAACAUAAACUUGCCAUGUUUUUAGCUUGUCUUCGUUAAGACAUUUUUGGCUCUACAAACAAAAAAAUUGUAUCUUGUUCAGCAGAGUCUUAUGGUUCUCACAAGUUCCUUAUAAUAGGGACAGCACUUACAGAGGAAGACUCUUGAGCACCCUUUCUCCUGCUGUACUGAUGCAUUUACCUUCACCAUGGCAACCAAUUAGUGCAUCUGGAGUAGGGCUGAAUUGUUUAACAUCUUUUGGUCAAAAUGGCGAUUUCAGACAGCACGAUCAUAUAACUGCCAAAGCUGCUUUUUCAUUUAUUUUUUAUUUUUUGCUGUGCUCCUGACUGACCCAGAAUUAGUUAUGUAAACAACUUUACAUAUACAUGCUGUCUCCCUACUGUCCUGCCAGACUCACCCAUCAGAAGCGGCAUAUGCUACUCAUGGACAGGUCACAAAUAAUUAGUAUUAACCCGCUCUCCAUGUUUUGAAACAUAAACGUGUUUUUAAAAUGGCUUCAGCGCAACCAGAGCAGAGUUGGGUGAUUUAAUCCCCAAGAAAAGUGUCACGGCAGUCCUUUGGGAGUAUUUUUGAUUUGAGGCUGCAGAUGUGCACUAGAAACGGGUACUGUGUUGUGCUAAAGUUGCUACAUCCAGUGGAAACACAACCAACUUAUACUGGCACUUAAAUAAAUCACCACAGGCACUUGCAUGAGGAGUGCAUGACGAAAAAGUUUGGUGAAAAGUUUAGUGAACAUGAGUCUCAGGCACAUUUUAGAAACAACGAUGACUGCAAUUACAACAUCGUUUGCCAAUGUAAGCCUGAAUGACAAGAGCAGCUGGAGAAACAGGGAAAUAACGACUGCCAUAACACAAUAGGGGAGAGUGUAUGGAGCCAGAUCAGGCUCAAAAGUAGUGAAAAGUAGUGUAAGUGAAAAAAUAAAAAGUGAAGUGAAAAAAUAAGAUUUGAACCUGAAAAAAAUAAAAUGGUACCUGAAAGUCUUGAAUUUCGAAAUUGAACUUUGAAAAAUCCCAGAGUGCAUGAAAAAAAUCUGUUCAAAUGUAACUUUGAUUCUGUUUUUUAAUACUUUUGAAUAAAUUACUUUUUUCUAUUUUUCACUUCAAUGUAUAUUUCGAUCUUGGAGUACUUUUUUUUUUUCAAUUGAAUUUUAUUUAUUUAUUUAUUUCAGAUUCAGAUCUUAUUUUUACGGAUUCAAAACUUUUUUUUCGGUUUCAGAUUUUUUUUUUUCAGAUUCAGAUCUUCUGUUUUCGGAUUCAACUUGAAAAGUUUCAGGUUCACUUUUGACCCUGUUUUUCCGUGGGGGCGGGCCUCGACUGAGAGGGGCGCGGUCUGCCAUGAGUGACAGGCCUCCCCCUCCUUCCCCACCCCAUCACCCUGCGUUCAGGAAGUGGCAUGAAUACACAUUAGCUUAGCCUACAAUUAGGCUGUAUUGGCUGAAUGAGAUCGUGUUGGUUCGUUCCACUUUAGUGAUGCAAUAUAAACUGUGAUUCAUAAAAAAGCUCUAUUGAUAGUAAGUACUAAAAAAAAUAUAUCUACUCAUGCCAUCCAGUCGAUUUUUAGUAAUCAGUGUUUCGGUGUCGAACUAUUUCCUUUCUGCGGUGUAUAGGCUGUAUUGGGACAGAGGAAAAAGUGCUUAGAAAGUGAAUCUCGUUCCACUUCAGUGAGGAAACAUUUGACGCUUUUCAUCUAGGCACUUUUUCCUUUGUCCCAAUACAGCUUAUGACCUCGAGCGAAGUUUCUUUCGCGUGGAUGCAUCGGCGAUGCUGCGCUAAGGGUUUGACUGACCCGUGGCUGCAUCACGUUCAUGUUUCUCAAACCCCUUUUGCAAAUAAAUCGCUGGUAGCAUGUCAUGUGAAACCCAGCGUCAUCAGGAACGUUGUCAAAGUUGAUAUCAACGCAAAGUUUAUAAGUUUCUGCAAGGUCCUUUGUCUCACCCUGUAGAGAAAGCCACUUUCUAAUACUAGUUCUGUAAGUUUCCCAACGUGUCCUUGUAAAGUCGAGAACGUCUUCACUCUGGACAGAUGACAGACGCAUAUAGCAUCGUUUCGCUCCUUUUUUAUGCACUUUUUAAGGCGGUUUUCUUUUGUUCCUUUUCUUUUCUUCCUCUUCGCUUGUCUCGCUGCGAGAUGCGGUCGUCGCCAUGUUUGUUUAUUUCUGAUACUAUGGCAACGAGACUCGGCUCCUAUUGGUCCAUGUGACAAAAAUCGCUUCACCCCCUGCAUAUUCGAUUGCGCUUGUGCAAGUAUCACUGCACUGCAGAAAGGAAAGAGUUCGACACUGAAACACUGAUUACUAAAAAUCGACAGGAUGGCAUGAGUAGAUAUAUUUUUUUUAGUACUUACUAUCAAUAGAGCUUUUUUAUGAAUCACAGUUUAUAUUGCAUCACUAAAGUGGAACGAACCAACACGAUCUCAUUCAGCCAGUACAGCCUAAUUGUAGGCAAAGCUAAUGUGUAUUCAUGCCACUUCCUGAACGCAGGGUGAUGGGGUGGGGAAGGAGGGGGAGGCCUGUCACUCAUGGCAGACCGCGCCCCUCUCAGUCGAGGCCCGCCCCCACGGAAAAACAGGGUCAAAAGUGAACCUGAAACUUUUCAAGUUGAAUCCGAAAACAGAAGAUCUGAAUCUGAAAAAAAAAAAUCUGAAACCGAAAAAAAAAGUUUUGAAUCCGUAAAAAUAAGAUCUGAAUCUGAAAUAAAUAAAUAAAAUUCAAUCGAAAAAAAAAGUACUCCAAGAUCGAAAUAAACAUUGAAGUGAAAAAUUGAAAAAAGUAAUUUAUUCAAAAGUAUUAAAAAACAGAAUCAAAGUUACAUUUGAACAGAUUUUUUUCAUGCAUUAUGGGAUUUUUCAAAGUUCAAUUUCGAAAUUCAAGACUUUCAGGUACCAUUUUAUUUUUUUUCAGGUUCAAAUCUUAUUUUUUCACUUCACUUUUUAUUUUUUCACUUACACUACUUUUCAAUACUUUUGAGCCUGAUCUGGCUCCAUAAGAGUGGGGUGAGUUGUGCCAGUUUUUACUUAAAGUGUCUUUAAAGCAAGUGGAUGACUGUAAUACCUCUAACUAAAAUAUGUACUGUACAUACACAACAGGCCAAAAGUUUGGAAGCAAGAUCAGAUUUGUACAAAAAAAGAUCAUAGCUUCAUUAAUAUACUUUGCAACACAAUAAACAUGACUAUUGUGUAAAGAGUAAUUUAUCAGGAGACAUUUUGACUAUAAUUAUUAGGUAUUUGAGUUAUAGUUGCUUAGACUUUGCUUUCUUUAUAGUAACCUCCUCAGGCUUUAACAACAUUUUGGCAUAUACGAGGCAUUCGUUCCACACGUUUUCUCAGGUAUGUUCCAUGGAUUGCAUUCCAAGCUUUCUUAAGUUCAUUAAAAAGGCACUGCUGAUUCGUGGGACACGCCUUUCUGACCGAUCGAUCCAAUUCAUCCCGCACAAGCUCUGUUGGAGAAAGGUCUGGAGACUGAGGGGGCCAAACCAUCUUUUGAAGAACACCUUCCUCUUCUUUUUUGUCUACGAAACUCCGACAGAGCUUGGCAGAAUGCUUAGGGUCAUUGUCUUGCUGCAAAACAAAUUUCUGAGCCACAAGUCUGAGUCCAGAUCGAACAGCAUGGUGCAGUAGUGCAGGCCUUUUUCUAUCGUCAUAACUUCCAGGUUCCUCUAGUCUCCUUAGAGUGUAGUGGACUUCUUUGUUAGACACCAUUAAGCGUUUUGCAAUUUUCUCAUUCUGUGCAUCCUUCUUUCCUCAAUGUACACAUCUGUACUUUUGUUUCUCUACUCAGUUGCUUCUUUCUAGCCAUUUCUGCAGUAGUUUGAUGCAGUUGAGAUUUAUUAGGAUUUUUUUUUUUUAUACAGACUCUCAAAAGCCAAAAAGUUGAAGUGAAUAAUCCAACAGUGAAUUGUUUUUUUUUGCUUUUGCACUGAAGUUGUGACUCUUGCAAAUGUUUUAGACCCUGCAACUAAGGCCUUAUUUUCUUUUGCUGACAUAUAUUUAGCAAUGGUCUGUUAACAUCAAUGUAUAUCUAAAGGUAAAUGGAGUCAAAUGGUGCAUUUCCAUGAAAGCAACAUCUGAUCAUGGAGUAAAUACAUCCCAAAAUACAUAAAACUCAUGCUGGAUUUUAAAAAAAGCAUUGUGAACAAAAACUUGAAGUUACUCCCAACUGUUCAGCCUGUAAUGGCCUUGCUUCCAAACUUUUGGCCUGUAGUGUAUAUUUCAGGAUGUAGUGCAUCCCUGGGAUCAAUCACUUUGGAUCGUAAAUGAACUGUUUAAGUGAGAAAUAUAGCUUUAGAAAAACAGGUGGUCUUGUGGCACAACUUGCUCCCGGUGUGGGGUAUAUUGUGCCUUUUGGAGAGAAUACACCGGGGUAAUUUGUGCUAUUGAUUAUUAGAGUAAAAUCGAUCAUUUUUAUCUUACAAGCAGCAAUGCUAUAUAAAAGUUAGACAAAUUCAAUACAAAAUGACUUAUUUAACAUUUAUUUAAAGAUUUUACAACAUCAAAGUAUGCAAGAACUGGUACUUGGGUAAAGGAUUAAGUUCCAUCUAUUGAUAUCUGCUAUAGUUUUUUUUUUUUUUUUGAGGGGGCCAUAGUUAAUUUCUUCUCAUUUUGCUAAGUCUAAAGGAAGGAGAAUUCCCAAGUAUUUUAUAGAACUUUUGUCCCAGUCCAGAUGGUAAAUGGAGCAGAGAAUUUGAGGAGAAUCAAAAUGAAAACUAAGGACCUGGUUUUUUUUUCUUAUUUAAUUUAGACCCCGAGUAUGACCCGUACUCAUCUAAAAUAGACAUCAACUCUGGAAGAGAUUCUGUCGAAUUUGAAAGGCUUAUUAGCACGUCAUCCGUGAAAAGGGUCAGUUUUUGUUCACCUGCUGCCAUGUUUAUGUUUGUGAUCUUGUUGUUCUGUCUAAUCCAUUGUGCUCAAUAAAAAUUGCAAAUAAUAUUGGACUUAGGGGACAGCCCUGUUCAAGUAGUGACUCCAUUUUCUGGUUGGUAUUAACCUGAGGUUGAGCAUAUAAUUUUUCAUUAUAUGCUUUAAAACAGUCUUUAAUUUCCUGAAUUUGGUAGUGAAUUACCUUGGUUUUGGGGUCCCUUAACUUGAGUAUUGCAUUGUUUGCCUGUUGUUUUCUUAGCCUGUAUGCUAAAAGUUUUGAAUAUUUGCUGCCCCCUUAGUAGUAUUUUUGUUUUGUAUAAAUUAAUUUCUUUUGAAUCUCUUGGGAGUAUAACUCUUCAAUCUGAUUCCUUUUCUUCUUUAUUUCUAUUUUAACCUUUGGGUCUGUUGACUCUUUGUGUUCAAAUUCUGGGUUUUUAAGUUCAGUCUGGAGUGUGUUAAUUUUUUCUUCUCUUUGUUUCUACAAAAAAGACUUCACUGCAAUCACCCUCCCUCUCAUGACUGUCUUACAGGCAUCCUAGAGUAUGGCGGAGAAACCUUUCUAUUAUCGUUAAACUCCAAGUUUUCUUUAAUUUCUCUUGCAAAUUAUUCUGUCCUGUUGUUGUUGAGUUCACAAGAGUUUAAUUUCCAAUGUGACAGCUUCCUUCUAUCGGUAUUUUUUAUGGACAGAUAGAGUGGGGAGUGAUCUGACAGGUCCAUUGCUUCAAUAUGGCAGUCAUGUACUUUGCUAUUCUAGAAUAUGUUGAGUGAGGAGAUGAAUAAAAGCUAUAGUCUUUGGCUGAUGGCUUUAGGUGUCUCCAAACAUCAAUUAGUCCUAUUUCUGAUAGUAGUAGAUUAAUUUACUUUAUUGUUUUUUGGGGGCGGUACAUUGUUGUCACUGUUGAGUCAAGGUUUGGGUUGAAUGCAUAGACUGUAUAUACUAUGGACAACUUGGUUCCACCUUCCGCCUGUAUACGGAUUUCAAGCCAAAAAGCUCUCAGUAUUUUCGGGAUUUUUCUUCAUUUCCUGAAACCAGCGCUUCGCAGUUGUGCGCAUUCGGUGGGAGAGUCGGCAAGAGUGGCUGUGAUGACGUGCGUCAAACGGCGUAUCCUCCAGGUGAUAAGCAAUCCCUGAACGCCAAUAGGCUGUAUUAGGUGUCAAUCAAAGACUAGGGCCCCGUUUGGGCACUGGCGGGCCCGAGCCGUGUCGCGCCGCCCCCAGCGCGACCGCCUACCCCUCCCGAUCGCGUCACACUCAAGGUCCUAAGAUGGUGUGCGCACUUGUCUGUGGUCAUUUACCAUUAUAAUGAAUGGGAGGCGCAGUUUCUACCAAAACGCUUGCUGCAGACAAACUCCAUGUCCUUUUUGAAAAAAGUCUGGACCAUGAGUGAGGGCACAAACACAGCUAGUAUAUAUCCAAAUGGCAAGUUGCUCCUCCUUUCAGUUUUGCAGAGAGAGCGAUGCGUUUGAGCCAUUGAGCGAUGGGCAGGAAAAACUUGACUUUUUCUCCUGCCAUGGGGGGGCGCUCUUUUGGGGAGAAAAAAUUCCUUCACAAAUGUGUUGAUGGCUGAACAUUGCAUCAUCCUAGAAAACUAGGAUGUGAGGACAAAAACAAUUAGGGCCCCGUUGGGGCACUGGCGGGCCCGAGCCGUGUCGCACCGCCCCAAGCGAGACCGCCUACCCCUCCCGAUCGCGUCACACUCAAGGUCCUAAGAUGGUGUGCGCACUUGUCUGUGGUCAUUUACCAUUAUAAUGAAUGGGAGGCGCAGUUUCUACCAAAACGCUUGCUGCAGACAAACUCCAUGUCCUUUUUGAAAAAAGUCUGGACCAUGAGUGAGGGCACAAACACAGCAAGUAUAUAUCCAAAUGGCAAGUUGCUCCUCCUUUCAGUUUUGCCGAGAGAGCAAUGCGUUUGAGCCAUUGAGCGAUGGGCAGGAAUAACUUAACUUUUUCUCCUGCCAUGGGGGGGGCGCUCUUUUGGGGAGAAAAAAUUCCUUCACAAAUGUGUUGAUGGCUGAACAUUGCAUCAUCCUAGAAAACUUGGAGGCCAGUGAGGACAAAAAUAAAAAGUUAUAAGACUUUUAAAAAUGUGGAUAUUUGGGUCCUCUUUGGCGCCCCCUAGAACGUAAACUGUGGGGUGCAGCAUCAUGAUUUUUACAACUUUGAAUGGCCAUGGGGUGUAGAUUUGCCUGAGCAAAUUUGGUGUCAGUGGGACGAAAGCCUUAGGAGGAGUUAGCCACAUUCCAAUGUGUGCGAAUCGGCAAAAAAUGCGAAAUAGCCCUUUAACCGUACAUUUUAACGAUACGCGCACAUUGACUUUUUUGUAGAUCUUAUUGAGAUACACAUAAUUGUCAAAUUUUGUGUCAAAAUGACAAAGCGUACAGGCGUGACACUCAACAAUGUGUAUUUUCGCCUUAGGGGACAAGAAAAAAUGGACUUUUUUCUCCUGCCAUGGGGGGGCGCUCUUUUGGGGAGUAAAAAUUCCUUCACAAAUGUGUUGAUGGCUGGACAUUGCAUCAUCCUAGAGAACUUGGAGGCCAGUGAGGACAAAAAUAAAAAGUUAUAAGACUUUUAAGAAUGUGGAUUUUUGGGUUAUGUUUGGCGCCCCCUAGAACCUAAACCGUGGAGUGCAGCGUCAUGAUUUGUACAACUUUGAAUGGCCAUGGGGUGUAGAUUGGCCUGAGCAAAUUUGUUGGCGGUGGAACGAAAGCCUUCGGAGGAGUUAGUUUUCGCCAGUGGGAAGUGGGCCAUUUUCCAGUUUAAAGCGGAGGAAAAAUAAUAACUAGGGCCCCGUUAGGGCACUGGCGGGCCCGAGCUGUGUCGCGCCCCCCCCCCAACGCGCUGCCUCCCCGUCCCAUUCGCGUCGCGUCCUCUGGCCAUCGUCCUCCCUGGUAACGCCCAUCACUGCAAAGACCCUUUUCCUUCAUCGGCGUUUGCUGUUCUUCCUGCCAGUGCGUGUUGCUUUCACUUACACUUGCCACAGCCAGCCUCGUGAGUGCCUAGCCUAUUGGAUAUCACUGUCACCUACACAGGACAGUCAUUACCUUUCUAUUAAUACUUUGUUUUUUAAUUUCACAUUAAUUUCCAUAUUGUAUAAACGACUGGAAAAAACUUGAGCCCCUGCCCCUGUAUAAUCAUGUGCACGUCCCUGUUCUAGCUCCAAGGUGAAUCUUCACUGCUCAUUUUCUCCUCAGAAGCAGUCACCUCACUCCCCUCAGGUUACUGUACACAUGCACCAACUGCCUGCUUCAGGUUUGGAUGGAGCUUCAUGGUUGUCUUUUGGAGAAAUGAGCAGUCACGUUGUGUUUGAAAUUUGAUUUUUUUUCAGGGGCAAAAGGAAGUCUCUGCAUUCUUGUCAAAUAUGUAGAUAGCAUGUUUUUGCAGGUGCUAAAAAACAGACUCUGAGUGUGUGUGUGUGUGUGUGUCUGUGUGUGUGUGUGUGUGUGUAUCCUGCAGUACUCUGAGAAGAAUAAUAAGCAUAUUUCUGAGGUGAAUUUUGAAGAUUCAUCUGAGAGUUAGGUUUGAUUCGAUUCGAUUGACGCUCCCCAGCUUUCAAGUCACAUGACAUAUUUAACCGGAUGUAGCUGCAAGACGGAGCCUCGUUAACUCUCCGUUUCAACUUAUCUCAAAAGUGAGGACCUCAACCUAUAUACCAGUUUUUAAAUUUUGUUGAUAGGCCAAAUAAAACCAGAGUUAUGAUAAAUUAUGUCCGCGAUACUUUUUUUCUGCUUAUUUUGAUCACGUUCGGCGCUCGAUCGCGCUGUAUGAGACAGGAAAACAUAGCAUGCAGGUUAGCGACAGGUCUUACAGGCGGAAAAGGCUUGCCAAAAGAAAAAAAAAAACACACCACAACAUCUCUCCUAUUGGUGGAAAACUUCAUGGUGACUGAUUGACAAGGGGCGGGCGCUUACGUUCUUCCUGCAACAUGAGAAGGGAGGGAGGGACUCUUAGCAGGGAUGCAGUCUGGGACACGUAGUUGCAAACCUAGCGACUUUGUUGUUAGAUUCAAUGACUUUUCAGACCCCCUAACGACUUUUUUUUAGAAAGAAAGGGACUUUUAUCGACUUCUUCUGGAGUUUAGAGACUCUGACAUGAAGCAGGCUUUCCUUACUGAGGAGUUAGCAACGCUGCUAAGGGUGCAGAGCCACACAUGCGCUCAGAGCUCUGCAUGGGAGACUGAAGCUGACAGAGCUGCAGCAGUUAGCAGGUUUCACCCUCAGAGACCACCAGGGGUUCAUGUUGAGGCAUUUUAAUUUUUUUUUUUUUUUGUGCCAUAGACACUGUCAGCACAAUCUGCAGUUACACUAACAAAAAUGCUGCAAAAAACAAAGAAUUAUGGAAAAAUUACACAUGGACUGACAUAGAGGAGGAUCUACACAAGUUUUUUACAUCAUGUUUUACAUCAUGCAUCAUUUACAUCAUGUUUUUUUGUAGUGGCAUAAAUAAAAAGUGACAUUUGUGAGACUAUACAGUGUUUUGUAAAUAAUUUUACAAAGAACACCUGAGCCAUUGCCUGCAUUUUGAUGUAAAUAGAGGUAAAUUACUAUGUUCUUUGUUAAAAAUUUGCAUAUGUUUUGAAGUUUACAAUUUUUAUUUGAAGUUAAAGUUUUAAAAACAGUUCAUCACACAUAUUUGUGGUUUUCACAGUAAAAAUGUUACUUUUUUCCACUCGGAUUUUAUGUUUUGUGUGUGAAUUUGGGUCCAUUGUGUAAAUUCAGUAUGUCAACAUGAUAAAAUAACUGUAAAUUCGCACAGGUGAGGUUGUGCUGAAAAAAAUGAUACCAGGCAAGGCACGUGAUUGUCAAAUUUUGUGUCAAUAUGACAAAGCGUAUAGGCGUGAAUCUCAACAAUAUGUAUUUUCACCUUAGGGGACAAGAAAAAAUGGACUUUUUUCUCCUGCCAUGGGGGGGCGCUCUUUUAACAAGAAAAAACUCCUUCACAAAUGUGUUGAUGGCUGGACAUUGCAUCAUCCUAGAAAACAUGGAGGCCAGUGAGGACAAAAAUAAAAUGUUAUAACACUUUUAAGAAUAUGGAUAUUUGGGUCAUCUUUGGCGCCCCCUAGAACGUAAACCGUGGGGUGCAGCGUCAUGAUUUUUACAACUUUGAAUGACCAUGGGGUGUAGAUUGGCCUGAGCAAAUUUGGUGUCAGUGGGACGAAAGCCUUAGGAGGAGUUAGCUACAUUCCAAUGUGUGCGAAUCGGCAAAAAAUGCGAAAUAGCCCUUUAACCGUACAUUUGACAGAUACGCCCGCAUUGACUUUUUCGUAGAUCUUAUUGAGAUACACGUGUGUGUCGAAUUUUGUGUCAUUUUGACAAAGCGUACAGGCAUGACACUCAACAAUGUGUAUUUUCACCUUAGGGGACAUGAAAAAAUUGACUUUUUUCUCCUGCCAUGGGGGGGCGCUCUUUUGGGGAGUAAAAAUUCCUUCACAAAUGUGUUGAUGGCUGUACAUUGCAUCAUCCUAGAGAACUUCGAGGCCAGUGGGGACAAAAAUAAAAAGUUAUAAGACUUUUAAGAAUGUGGAUUUUUGGGUCAUCUUUGGCGCCCCCUAGAACCUAAACCGUGGGGUGCAGCGUCAUGAUUUGUACAACUUUGAAUGGCCAUGGGGUGUAGAUUGACCUGAGCAAAUGUGGUGCCGGUGGAACGAAAGCCUUCGGAGGAGUUAGCGAAAUUCCAAUGUGUGCAGAUCGGCAAAAAUGCGAAAUAAACCUUUAACCGUACAUUUGACAGAUACGCCCGCCCUGACUUUUUCGUAGAUCUUAUUCAGAUACACGUGUAUGUCAAAUUUUGUGUCAUUUUGACAAAGCGUACAGGCAUCAGGUGAAAAUUUCACCUUAGGGGGCGCUAUGGAGCCAUUUUGCAUUUUAUUGUUUGGGCGACUUCAGAAUAUCGAAUUUUUCACCAGGCCCGGUCGUCCUGCCAAAUUUCAUGAGUUUUCGCCAGUGGGAAGUGGGCCAUUUUCCAGUUUAAAGCGGAGGAAAAAUAAUAACUAGGGCCCCGUUGGGGCACUGGCGGGCCCGAGCCAUGUUGCGCCACCCCCAGCGGGACCGCCUCCCCCUCCCGAUCCCGUCACUCUCAAGGUCCAAAGAUGGUGUGCGCACUUGUCUGUGGUCAUUUACCAUUAUAAUGGAUGGGAGGCGCAGUUUCUACCAAAACGCUCGCUGCAGACAAACUCCAGGCCCUUUUUGAAAAAAGUCUGGACCAUGAGUGAGGGCACAAACACAGCUAGUAUAUAUCCAAAUGGCAAGUUGCUCCUCCUUUCGGUUUUGCCGAGAGAGCGAUGCGGUUGAGCCAUUGAGUGAUGGGCAGGAAAAACUUGACUUUUUCUACUGCCAUAGGGGGGCGCUCUUUUGGGGAGUAAAAAUUCCUUCACAAAUGUGUUGAUGGCUGAACAUUGCAUCAUCCUAGAAAACUUGGAGGCCAGUGAGGACAAAAAUAAAAAGUUAUAAGACUUUUUAGAAUGUGGAUUUUUGGGUUAUCUUUGGCGCCCCCUAGAACCUAAACCGUGGGGUGCAGCGUCAUGAUUUGUACAACUUUGAAUGGCCAUGGGGUGUAGAUUGACCUGAGCAAAUGUGGUGCCGGUGGAACGAAAGCCUUCGGAGGAGUUAGCGAAAUUCCAAUGUGUGCGGAUCGGCAAAAAUGCGAAAUAAACCUUUAACCGUACAUUUGACAGAUACGCCCGCGCUGACUUUUUCGUAGAUCUUAUUCAGAUACACGUGUAUGUCAAAUUUUGUGUCAUUUUGACAAAGCGUACAGGCAUCAGGUGAAAAUUUCACCUUAGGGGGCGCUAUGGAGCCAUUUUGCAUUUUAUUGUUUGGGCGACUUCAGAAUAUCGAAUUUUUCACCAGGCCCGGUCGUCCUGCCAAAUUUCAUGAGUUUUCGCCAGUGGGAAGUGGGCCAUUUUCCAGUUUAAAGCGGAGGAAAAAUAAUAACUAGGGCCCCGUUGGGGCACUGGCGGGCCCGAGCCAUGUUGCGCCACCCCCAGCGGGACCGCCUCCCCCUCCCGAUCCCGUCACUCUCAAGGUCCAAAGAUGGUGUGCGCACUUGUCUGUGGUCAUUUCCCAUUAUAAUGAAUGGGAGGCGCAGUGUGCGGAUCUGCAAAAAAUGUGAAAUAACCCUUUAACCGUAAAUUUGACAGAUAUUCCCGCACUGACUUUUUUGUAGAUCUUAUUGAGAUACAUGUGUUUGUCAAUUUUUGUGUCAAUAUGACAAAGCGUACAGGCGUGACAGUCAAUAGUGUGAAUUUUCACCUUAGGGGGCGCUAUGGAGCCAUUUUGCAUUUUAUUAUUUGGGCGACUUCAAAAUAUCGAAUUUUUCACCAGGCCUGGUCGUCCUGCCAAAUUUCAUGAGUUUUCGCCAGUGGGAAGUGGGCCAUUUUCCCCUUCAAAGAGGAGGAAAAACUAGGGCCCCGGUGGGGCACUGUCGGGCCCGAGCCACGUCGCGCCGCCCCCAGCGCGACCGCCUCCCCCUCCCGAUCGCGUCACACUCAAGGUCCAAAGAUGGUGUGCGCACUUGUCUGUGGUCAUUUCCCAUUAUAAUGAAUGGGAGGCGCAGUUUCUACCAAAACGCUCGCUGCAGACAAACUACAUGUCCUAUUUGAAAAAAGUCUGGACCAUGAGUGAGGGCACAAACACAGCUAGUAUAUAUCCAAAUGGCAAGUUGCUCCUCCUUUCGGUUUUGCAGAGAGAGCGAUGCGUUUGAGCCAUUGAGCGAUGGGCAGGAAAAACUUGACUUUUUCUCCGCUCUUUGGCGAGUAAAAAUUCCUUCACAAAUGUGUUGAUGGCUGGACAUUGCAUCAUCCUAGAAAACUUGGAGGCCAGUGAGGACAAAAAUAAAAAGUUAUAAGACUUUUAAAAAUGUGGAUAUUUGGGUCCUCUUUGGCGCCCCCUAGAACGUAAACUGUGGGGUGCAGCGUCAUGAUUUGUACAACUUUGAAUGGCCAUGGGGUGUAGAUUGACCUGAGCAAAUUUGAAGCCGAUGGGACAAAAGAUUUAGGAGGAGUUAGCGAAAUUCCAAUGUGUGCGGAUCGGCAAAAAAUGCGAAAUAACCCUUUAACCGUACAUUUGACAGAUACGCCCGCACUGACUUUUUUGUAGAUCUUAUUGAGAUACAUGUGUGUGUCAAAUUUUGUGUCAUUUUGACAAAGCGUAAAGGCGUGACAGUCAACAAUGUGUAUUUUCGCCUUAGGAGACAAGAAAAAAUGGACUUUUUUCUCCUGCCAUGGGGGGCGCUCUUUUGGCGAGUAAAAAUUCCUUCACAAAUGUGUUGAUGGCUGGACAUUGCAUCAUCCUAGAGAACUUGGAGGCCAGUGAGGACAAAAAUAAAAAGUUAUAAGACUUUUAAGACUGUGGAUUUUUGGGUUAUCUUUGGCGCCCCCUAGAACGUAAACCGUGGGGUGCAGCGUCAUGAUUUGUACAACUUUUAAUGGCCAUGGGGUGUAGAUUGGCCUCAGCAAAUGUGGUGCCUUUGGAACGAAAGCCUUCGGAGGAGUUAGCGAAAUUCCAAUGUGUGCGGAUCGGCAAAAAAUGCGAAAUAGCCCUUUAACCGUACAUUUGACAGAUACGCCCGCACUGACUUUUUUGUAGAUCUUAUUGAGAUACAUGUGUGUGUCAAUUUUUGUGUCAAUAUGACAAAGCGUAUAGGCGUGACACUCAAUAGUGUGAAUUUUCGCCUUAGGAGACAAGAAAAAAUGGACUUUUUUCUCCUGCCAUGGGGGGGCGCUCUUUGGCGAGUAAAAAUUCCUUCACAAAUGUGUUGAUGGCUGGACAUUGCAUCAUCCUAGAGAACUUGGAGGCCAGUGAGGACAAAAAUAAAAAGUUAUAAGACUUUUAAGACUGUGGAUUUUUGGGUUAUCUUUGGCGCCCCCUUUUUUGUAGAUCUUAUUGAGAUACACGUGUGUGUCAAAUUUUGUGUCAUUUUGACAAAGCGUACAGGCGUGACACUCAAUCAUGUGAAUUUUUCACCUUAGGGGGCGCUAUGGAGCCAUUUUGCAUUUGAUUGUUUGGAUGACUUCAGAAUAUCGAAUUUUUCACCAGGCCCGGUCGUCCUGCCAAAUUUCAUGAGUUUUCACCAGUGGGAAGUGGGCCAUUUUCCAGUUCAAAGGGGCAGAAAAAUAAUAAUAAGACUAGGACCCCGUUGGGGCACUGGCGGGCCCGAGCCGUGUCGCGUCCCCCCCCCCCCCCAACGUGCUGCCUUCCCGUCCCAUUUGUGUCCUCUGGCCAUCGCCCUCUCUGGUAACGCCCAUCACUGCAAAGACCCUUUUCCUUCAUCGGCGUUUGCUGUUCUUCCUGCCAGUGCGUGUUGCUUUCACUUACACUUGCCACAGCCAGCCUCGUGAGUGCCUAGCCUAUUGGAUAUCACUGUCACCUACACAGGACAGUCAUUACCUUUCUAUUAAUACUUUGUGUUUUAAUUUCACAUUAAUUUCCAUAUUGUAUAAACGACUGGAAAAAACUUGAGCCCCUGCCCCUGUAUAAUCAUGUGCAUGUCUCUGUUCUAGCUCCAAGGUGAAUCUUCACUGCUCAUGUUCUCCUCAGAAGCACUCACCUCACUCCCCUCAGGUUACUGUACACAUGCACCAACUGCCUGCUUCAGGUUUGGAUGGAGCUUCAUGGUUGUCUUUUGGAGAAAUGACCAGUCAAGUUGUGUUUGAAAUUUGAUUUUUUUCAGGGGCAAAAGGAGCCUCUGCAUUCUUGUCAAAUAUGUAAAUAGCAUGUUUUUGCAGGUGCUAAAAACCAGACUCUGAGUGUGUGUGUGUGUGUGUGUGUGUGUGUGUGUGUGUGUGUGUGUGUGUGUGUGUGUGUGUGUGUGCGUGUGUGUGUGUCUGUGUGUGCGUUCAAGUCACAUGACAUAUUUAACCGGAUGUAGCUGCAAGACGGAGCCUCGUUGACUCUCCGUUUCAACUUAUCUCAAAAGUGAGGACCUCAACCUAUAUACCAGUUUUUAAAUUGUGUUGAUAGGCCAAAUAAAACCAGAGUUAUGAUAAAUUAUGUCCGCGAUACUUUUUUUCUGCUUAUUUUGAUCACGUUCGGCGCUCGAUCGCGCUGUAUGAGACAGGAAAACAUAGCAUGCAGACAUUAGCGACAGGUCUUACAGGCGGAAAAGGCUUGCCAAAAGAAAAAAAAAACACACCACAACAUCUCUCCUAUUGGUGGAAAACUUUACCACAACAACCAAUCCAAAAUUAUAUGGUGACUGAUUGACAAGGGGCGGGCGCUUACGUUCUUCCUGCAACAUGAGAAGGGAGGGAGGGACUCUCAGCAGGGAUGCAGUCUGGGACACGUAGUUGCAAACCUAGCGACUUUGUUGUUAGAUUCAAUGACUUUUCAGACCCCCUAACGACUUUUUUUUAGAAAGAAAGUGACUUUUAUCGACUUCUUCUGGAGUUUAGAGACUCUGACAUGAAGCAGGCUUUCCUUACUGAGGAGUUAGCAACGCUGCUAAGGGUGCAGAGCCACACAUGCGCUCCGAGCUCUGCAUGGGAGACUGAAGCUGACAGAGCUGCAGCAGUUAGCAGGUUUCACCCUCAGAGACCACCAGGGGUUCAUGUUGAGGCAUUUUAAUUUUUUUUUUUUUGUGCCAUAGACACUGUCAGCACAAUCUGCAGUUACACUAACAAAAAUGCUGCAAAAAACAAAGAAUUAUGGAAAAAUUACACAUGGACUGACAUAGAGGAGGAUCUACACAAGUUUUUUACAUCAUGUUUUACAUCAUGCAUCAUUUACAUCAUGUUUUUUUGUAGUGGCAUAAAUAAAAAGUGACAUUUGUGAGACUAUACAGUGUUUUGUAAAUAAUUUUACAAAGAACACCUGGGCCAUUGCCUGCAUUUUGAUGUCAAUAGAGGUAAAUUACUAUGUUCUUUGUUAAAAAUUUGCAUAUGUUUUGAAGUUUACAAUUUUUAUUUGAAGUUUAAGUUUAAAAAUUCCUUCACAAAUGUGUUGAUGGCUGGACAUUGCAUCAUCCUAGAAAACUUGGAGGCCAGUGAGGACAAAAAAAAAAGUUAUAAAACUUUUAAGAAUGUGGAUUUUUGGGUUAUCUUUGGCGCCCCCUAGAACGUAAACCGUGGGAUGCAGCGUCAUGAUUUGAAUAACUUUUAAUGGCCAUGGGGUGUAAUUUGGCCUGAGCAAAUGUGGUGCCGGUGGAACGAAAGCCUUCGGAGGAGUUAGCGAAAUUCCAAUGUGUGCGAAUCGGCAAAAAAUGCGGAAUAACCCUUUAACCGUACAUUAGACAGAUACGCGCGCGUUGACUUUUUUGUAGAUCUUAUUGAGAUACAUGUGUGUGUCAAUUUUUGUGUCAUUUUGACAAAGCGUACAGGCGUGACACUCAACAAUGUGUAUUUUCACCUUAGGGGACAAGAAAAAAUGGACUUUUUUCUCCUGCCAUGGGGGGGCGCUCUUUUGGGGAGUAAAAAUUCCUUCACAAAUGUGUUGAUGGCUGGACAUUGCAUCAUCCUAGAAAACUUGGAGGCCAGUGAGGGCAAAAAUAAAAAGUUAUAAGACUUUUAAAUAUGUGGAUUUUAGUGUUAUCUUUGGCGCCCCCUAGAACCUAAACCUUGGGGUGCAGCGUCAUGAUUUUGAUAACUUUUAAUGGCCACGGGGUGUAGAUUGGCCUGAGCAAAUGUGGUGCCGGUGGAACGAAAGCCUUCGGAGGAGUUAGCGAAAUUCCAAUGUGUGCGGAUCGGCAAAAAAUGCGAAAUAACCCUUUAACCGUAAUUUUGACAGAUACGGCCGCACUGACUUUUUUGUAGAUCUUAUUGAGAUACAUAUGUGUGUCAAUUUUUGUGUCAAUAUGACAAAGCGUACAGGCGUGACAGUCAAUAGUGUGAAUUUUCACCUUAGGGGGCGCUAUGGAGCCAUUUUGCAUUUUAUUGUUUGGGCGACUUCAGAAUAUCAAAUUUUUCACCAGGCCCGGUCCUCCUGCCAAAUUUCAUGAGUUUUCGCCAGUGGGAAGUGGGCCAUUUUCCAGUUCAAAGGGGAGGAAAAAGAAAAAACUAGGGCCCCGUUGGGGCACUGGCGGGCCCGAGCCGCGUCGCGCCGCCCCCAGCGCGACCGCCUCCCCGUCCCAUUCGUGCCCUCUGGCCAUCGCCCUCUCUGGUGACGCCCAUCACUGCAAAGACCCUUUUCCUUCAUCGGUGUUUGCUGUUCUUCCUGCCAUUGCGUGUUGCUUUCACUUACACUUGCCACAGCCAGCCUCGUGAGUGCCUGGCCUGGUUUGACCUUUGCUCACCAUGAUUGUGUGACCUUGGUAUCAGCUACUUGGGAAGUUCAACCGUUGUGGCAAAGCUUUGUUUGCGUGCUGUGCUCAACCACCUAUUUUCUAUGGAUGUGUAAGUAAACCACUUUCUUUUUUACACAAUGACACACUCAUACUUAUCACUCACUGCUACUGAUGUGCUCUGUUAGUAUGCAUGCAGGAAACCUGAUGAAUGAAGAAAUGCCCAGACUAGCCAACAUCUCAAUAAAUUAUGAGGUAUGACAUCACUUGAAUGGUUUCCUUGGACUAUGCUUCCAUUAUUCUAAUUCUGUAAUAAAAAGAAAUUUUGUCCAAAAGGACUGUUGUUGUUUUUUCUUCUAAUAAUUAACAUAUUUAACAUAAUUAACAUUCAAUAUGCGCUCAUUACACACGUGCACACUCUUUGAUGAUCUGAGAAGCAGAGCUUAAAGGACAGUAGGAGUAGCUGAACAAAGUGUAUUUGUAGGAAAGCCGUAAGAGCUAUUGAAACGCCGUUUUCGCGGGUUGAAAGGUUAGGGUGUCCACCAAAGGUCAGAGGUCAAAUAACAUUUGUAUCUCAAACUGUGACGUCAAAGUCAAGGUCCAAAGAUGGUGUGUGCACCUGUCUUUGGUCAUUUCCCAUUAUAAUGAAUGGGAGGCACAGUUUCUACCAAAACGCUCGCUGCAGACAAACUACAUGUCCUAUUUGAAAAAACUCUGGACCAUGAGUGAGGGCACAAACACAGCUAGGACAUAUCCAAAUGGCAAGUUGCUCCUCCUUUUGGUUUUAGCGGGAGAGCAAUGCGUUUGAGCCAUUAAGCGAUGGGCUGGAAAAACUUGACUUUUUCUCCUGCCAUGGGGGGGGGGAGGGGGGGCACUCUUUUGGGGAGAAAAAAUUCCUUCACAGAUGUGUUGAUGGCUGCACAUUGCAUCAUCCUAGAAAACUUGGAGGCCAGUGAGGACAAAAAUAAAAAGUUAUAAGACUUUUAAAAAUGUGGAUAUUUGGGUCAUCUUUGGCGCCCCCUAGAACAUAAACCGUGGGGUGCAGCGUCAUGAUUUUUACAACUUUGAAUGGCCAUGGGAUGUAGAUUGGCCUGAGCAAAUUUGGUGUCGGUGGGACGAAAGCCUUAGGAGGAGUUAGCCACAUUCCAAUGUGUGCGAAUCGGCAAAAAAUGCGAAAUAGCCCUUUAACCGUACAUUUUACAGAUACGUGCCCAUUGACUUUUUCGUAGAUCUUAUUGAGAUACACGUUAUUAUCAAAUUUUGUGUCAAUAUGACAAAGGGUACAGGGGUGACACUCAAAAAUGUGUAUUUUCACCUUACGGGACAAGAAAAAAUGGACUUUUUUCUCCUUCCAUGGGGGGGCGCUCUUUUGGGGAGUAAAAAUUUGUUCACAGAUGUGUUGAUGGCUGGACAUUGCAUCAUCCUAGAAAACUUGGAGGCCAGUUUGGAGAAAAAUAAAAAGUUAUAAGACUUUUAACACUUUGGAUUUUUGGGUUAUCUUUGGCGCCCCCUAGAACCUAAACCGUGGGGUGCAGCAAGAUGAUUUGUACAACUUUUAAUGGCCAUGGGGGGUAGAUUGGCCUGCGCAAAUGUGGUGCCGGUGGAACGAAAGCCUUCGGAGGAGUUAGCGAAAUUCCAAUGUGUGCAGAUCUGCAAAAAAUGCGAAAUAACCCUUUAACCGUACAUUUGACAGAUACGCCCGCACUGACUUUUUUGUAGAUCUUAUUGAGAUACAUGUGUGUGUCAAUUUUUGUGUCAUUUUGACAAAGCGUACAGCCCGCAUGUGAAUUUUCACCUUAGGGGGCGCUAUGGAGCCAUUUUGCAUUUUAUUGUUUGGGCGACUUCAGAAUAUCGAAUUUUUCACCAGGCCCGGUCUUCCUGCCAAAUUUCCUGAGUUUUUGCCAGUGGGAAGUGGGCCAUUUUCCAGUUUAAAGCGGAGGAAAAAUAACGAAAGAAGAAUCCAUCAGGAACAAGAGGGCUCUCGCAGCUGCUUAGCAGCUACGCUCGGGCCCUAAAGAAGAAGAAAGACUAGGACCCCGUUGGGGCACUGGCGGGCCCGAGCCGUGUCGCGUCCCCCCCCCCCCCCAACGUGCUGCCUCCCCGUCCCAUUUGUGUCCUCUGGCCAUCGCCCUCUCUGGUAUCGCCCAUCACUGCAAAGACCCUUUUCCUUCAUCGGCGUUUGCUGUUCUUCCUGCCAGUGCGUGUUGCUUUCACUUACACUUGCCACAGCCAGCCUCGUGAGUGCCUAGCCUAUUGGAUAUCACUGUCACCUACACAGGACAGUCAUUACCUUUCUAUUAAUACUUUGUGUUUUAAUUUCACAUUAAUUUCCAUAUUGUAUAAACGACUGGAAAAAACUUGAGCCCCUGCCCCUGUAUAAUCAUGUGCAUGUCUCUGUUCUAGCUCCAAGGUGAAUCUUCACUGCUCAUGUUCUCCUCAGAAGCACUCACCUCACUCCCCUCAGGUUACUGUACACAUGCACCAACUGCCUGCUUCAGGUUUGGAUGGAGCUUCAUGGUUGUCUUUUGGAGAAAUGACCAGUCAAGUUGUGUUUGAAAUUUGAUUUUUUUCAGGGGCAAAAGGAGCCUCUGCAUUCUUGUCAAAUAUGUAAAUAGCAUGUUUUUGCAGGUGCUAAAAACCAGACUCUGAGUGUGUGUGUGUGCGUGUGUGUGUGUGUCUGUGUGUGUGUGUGUGUGUGUGUGUGUGUGCGUUCAAGUCACAUGACAUAUUUAACCGGAUGUAGCUGCAAGACGGAGCCUCGUUGACUCCGUUUCAACUUAUCUCAAAAGUGAGGACCUCAGCCUAUAUACCAGUUUUUAAAUUGUGUUGAUAGGCCAAAUAAAACCAGAGUUAUGAUAAAUUAUGUCCGCGAUACUUGUUUUCUGCUUAUUUUGAUCACGUUCGGCGCUCGAUCGCGCUGUAUGAGACAGGAAAACAUAGCAUGCAGACAUUAGCGACAGGUCUUACAGGCGGAAAAGGCUUGCCAAAGGAAAAAAAAAACACACCACAACAUCUCUCCUAUUGGUGGAAAACUUCACCACAACAACCAAUCCAAAAUUAUAUGGUGACUGAUUGACAAGGGGCGGGCGCUUACGUUCUUCCUGCAAUAUGAGAAGGGAGGGAGGGACUCUCAGCAGGGAUGCAGUCUGGGACACGUAGUUGCAAACCUAGCGACUUUGUUGUUAGAUUCAAUGACUUUUCAGACCCCCUAACGACUUUUUUUUUAGAAAGAAAGUGACUUUUAUCGACUUCUUCUGGAGUUUAGAGACUCUGACAUGAAGCAGGCUUUCCUUACUGAGGAGUUAGCAACGCUGCUAAGGGUGCAGAGCCACACAUGCGCUCCGAGCUCUGCAUGGGAGACUGAAGCUGACAGAGCUGCAGCAGUUAGCAGGUUUCACCCUCAGAGACCACCAGGGGUUCAUGUUGAGGCAUUUUCAGUUUUUUUUUUUUUUUUUGCCAUAGACACUGUCAGCACAAUCUGCAGUUACACUAACAAAAAUGCUGCAAAAAAAGAAUUAUGGAAAAAUUACACAUGGACUAACAUAGAGGAGGAUCUACACAAGUUUUUUACAUCAUGUUUUACAUCAUGCAUCAUUUACAUCAUGUUUUUUUGUAGUGGCAUAAAUAAAAAGUGACAUUUGUGAGACUAUACAGUGUUUUGUAAAUAAUUUUACAAAGAACACCUGGGCCAUUGCCUGCAUUUUGAUGUCAAUAGAGGUAAAUUACUAUGUUCUUUGUUAAAAAUUUGCAUAUGUUUUGAAGUUUACAAUUUUUAUUUGAAGUUUAAGUUUUAAAAACAGUUCAUCACACAUAUUUGUGGUUUUCACAGUAAAAACGUUACUUUUUUCCACUCGGAUUUUAUGUUUUGUGUGUGAAUUUGGGUCCAAUGUGUAAAUAUAGUAUGUCAAAAUGAUAAAAUAACUGUAAAUUGACACAGGUGAGGUUGUGCUGAAAAAAGUGAUACCAGGCAAGGCAAGGUAAAAAUUUUGUAAGAGGAAAUAUAAAGGUAAAAUCUAAAGUAGUCAAAAACGGCCAAUAGUGACUCACAGACUCCACAGACAAGUCCCUUUGGCGCCACUCAGUGGGCAAAACUACUUUGUCUACUGUAAUGUAUAUUUGGGUCAUCUUUGGCGCCCCCUAAAACGUAAACCGUGGGGUGCAGCGUCAUGAUUUUUACAACUUUGAAUGGCCAUGGAGUGUAGAUUGGCCUGAGCAAAUUUGGUGUCAGUGGGACGAAAGCCUUAGGAGGAGUUAGCGAAAUUCCAAUGUGUGCGAAUCGCCAAAAAAUGCGGAAUAGCCCUUUAACCGUACAUUUGACAGAUACGCCCGCAUUGACUUUUUCGUAGAUCUUAUUGAGAUACACGUGUGUGUCAAAUUUUGUGUCAAUAUGACAAAGCGUACAGGUGUCACACUCAACAAUGUGAAUUUUCACCUUAGGCGACAAGAAAAAAUGGACUUUUUUCUCCAGCCAUGGGGGGGCGCUCUUUUGGGGAGUAAAAAUUCCUUCACAAAUGUGUUGAUGGCUGGACAUUGCAUCAUCCUAGAAAACUUGGAGGCCAGUGAGGACAAAAGUCAAAAGUUAUAAGACUUUUAAGAAUGUGGAUUUUUGGGUUAUCUUUGGCGCCCCCUAGAACGUAAACCAUGGGGUGCAGCGUCAUGAUUUGUACAACUUUUAAUGGCCAUGGGGGGUAGAUUGGCCUGCACAAAUGUGGUGCCGGUCGAACGAAAGCCUUCGGAGGAGUUAGCGAAAUUCCAAUGUGUGCAGAUCUGCAAAAAAUGCAAAAUAACCCAUUAACCGUACAUUUGACAGAUACGCCCGCACUGACUUUUUUGUAGAUCUUAUUGAGAUACAUGUGUGUGUCAAUUUUUGUGUCAAUGUGACAAAGCGUACAGCCGUCAUGUGAAUUUUCACCUUAGGGGGCGCUAUGGAGCCAUUUUGCAUUUUAUUGUUUGGGCGACUUCAGAAUAUCGAAUUUUUCACCAGGCCCGGUCGUCCUGCCAAAUUUCCUGAGUUUUCGCCAGUGGGAAGUGGGCCAUUUUCCAGUUUGAAGCGGAGGAAAAAUAAUACCGAAAGAAGGAAACAUGCAGGAACAAGAGGGCUCUCGCAGCUGCUUAGCAGCUACGCUCGGGCCCUAAAGAAUCCAUCAGGAAUAAUAGGGCUCUCGCAGCUGCUUAGCAGCUACGCUCGGGCCCUAAAGAAAGAAGAAUCCAUCAGGAAUAAUAGGGCUCUCGCAGCUGCUUAGCAGCUACGCUCGGGCCCUAAAGAAGGAAACAUGCAGGAACAAGAGGGCUCUCGCAGCUGCUUAGCAGCUACGCUCGGGCCCUAAAGAAGAAUCCAUCAGGAAUAAUAGGGCUCUCGCAGCUGCUUAGCAGCUACGCUCGGGCCCUAAUAAGAAGAACUAGGGCCCAGUUGGGGCACUGGCGGGCCCGAGCCGUGUCGCGCCGCCCCCCCCCCCAACGCGCUGCCUCCCCGUCCCAUUCGUGUCCUCUGGCCAUCGCCCUCUCUGGUAACGCCCAUCACUGCAAAGACCCUUUUCCUUCAUCGGCGUUUGCUGUUCUUCCUGCCAGUGCGUGUUGCUUUCACUUACACUUGCCACAGCCAGCCUCGUGAGUGCCUAGCCUAUUGGAUAUCACUGUCAUCUACACAGGACAGUCAUUACCUUUCUAUUAAUACUUUGUUUUUUAAUUUCACAUUAAUUUCCAUAUUGUAUAAAUGACUGGAAAAAACUUGAGCCCCUGCCCCUGUAUAAUCAUGUGCACGUCCCUGUUCUAGCUCCAAGGUGAAUCUUCACUGCUCAUGUUCUCCUCAGAAGCAGUCACCUCACUCCCCUCAGGUUACUGUACACAUGCACCAACUGCCUGCUUCAGGUUUGGAUGGAGCUUCAUGGUUGUCUUUUGGAGAAAUGAGCAGUCAAGUUGUGUUUGAAAUUUGAUUUUUUUCAGGGGCAAAAGGAGCCUCUGCAUUCUUGUCAAAUAUGUAAAUAGCAUGUUUUUGCAGGUGCUAAAAAACAGACUCUGAGUGUGUGUGUGUGUGUGUGUGUGUGUGUGUGUGUGUGUGUGUGUGUGUGUGUGUGUGUGUCUGUGUGUGUUUGUAUAUAUCUUGCAGUACUCUGAGAAGAAUAAUAAGCAUAUUUCUGCGGUGAAUUUUGAAGAUUCAUCUGAGAGUUAGGAGGGCUGAUCAUUCCCUUACCCUUUAGAUGUCUGUCUAUGUCUGUUUUUGUGUGAUAAUGAAAGAAUCCCAACUCAAAAAGGCUCUGUUGAUGUUUUUUUUUGUUGUUCAUUCAUAUUCAAACCACUAUUUUAUAUCACUGCUAAUACGCCAAGACCAUUUUAUGGUAUUUAGCUUUAUUAUUUCUAUACAUUUUGCAAGGAAAGAAACCAAGGCCUUCACUAAAAUUUCCAUAAACUUUAGGAAAGGACCUCUGGUUGUUUAACCCUCUGGUUCAUAGUGGUCACUACAGUGGACAGCUACCAAAAACUCUUUUUCUCUUAAAUGCAAUGGUUUCUAUGGUGGAAGUGUAUAUCAGCCUCUAGGGUGCUCUCUACUGCCCUAAUCCAUUGAGUUACAUUUAGUGAGCAAUUAGUGUAACUACAAGUAAAUUUCCUACAAAUCCAAGAUGGCCGAGAAACAGCCACCCCUGCUGACUACAGCUGGCAUGUCCUGUCAAUACUUCUAUAGUAGAAGAACCCCAGCUGUAAAAAAAAUAUGAUGAUAUCCUGUAACAUCUAAGGAAGGAUAUUAUCCAUUUGGAAUUGAAAAUUUCAUGUCCAAUUUGUAGAAAAUUACAAUUAAGCAUGUGUCCAACUGAGUGGACAUCAUGCAUCACCCAGUAUUUUUUUUAACAGGAGUCAUGUAAUUGCUCCUCUGUUACUUGUGGCUGUUUUGGUUAUAAAUCAGUGUAUACAAUGUAAUUAGUGUGUAACAGUGACGAAGAGUGGCUGCCAGAGAAGAAUAGACAUGUAGGAGCUGAGGAUGAUGGAGAUACAGACAGUCAGGGUGCAGAAAGGGUAGAUGCCUAUAGUCAAGUGGAUGAGGACCAGGAUGAUGAGAGGCAGGAUGCAGGGGAAGGUCAGCAUGAUCAGGGAGCUGUGGAAAAUGGGCACAUGACACCUGACCAUUCUCAAGCUCGCAAAAAUAUCUGGAAAGUCCAAGACAAUCACUUUGAUAGAGAUUUGCCUCCUUUUCUAGGAGAGUGGAAAUUCAAUGUGGAGGGAAGAGAGCCUAUAGACUUCUCCAGACAUCUGUUUCCAGAAGAUCUCAUUGAUGAUAUAGUGAAAAACACCAACUCUUAUGCUCCCCAGAAAGGGAAAGAAAAUGUGGCAGUGACAGGAGAAGAAAUGCAGACUUUUUUAGGGAUCAACAUGAUCAUGGGGUACAUUCGUUAUCCCAGGGCACACAUGUACUGGUCUAGUGAGGAUGGCCUUCGUCUAGGGAUGAUUGCAAAUGCCAUGUCUGUAAACAGAUAUGAGCAAAUCCUGUGCUCAUAUAAAGCCUGUGUGCCAUUGUGCCCUGGAUGCUUUGCCAACUUUCAUACAUCCUAGGUGUGAUGAGCAGAGACAUGUUUGGAGAUGCAGGGACUAAAAUGUCAGUUUUUGUUGUUGAAAACAACAUGCCCGUAUAAGGGCAUGGUAAUGUCAGUCCUGAAUCUUUAUAGUACUGUGGGGACGUACAAUAUUGUUUCUAAUGUUGGAGAUAGUUUGGCAUAUUUUGGUGUACUGUACAUUUUACUGUAAGUUCAUAAUGUUUUGUGUUGAGUGCUCAGGCGCAUAUAGUCCACUUGAAUGGACACUUCUGUAGUUUUGUGAAAAAAUAACAUUUUUGGAAAAAAACAGUUUAACAUGUUCUUUUAUGUCCUGAGAAUGAUAAAAACACUUAUGAAAAAAAUCUUGAUCAGGGCUUUCAUAAUUCAUGCAUCAGAGGGUUAAGGGGGUCAUUACUGCAAAAAAAUAUUCUUCCUAAAUUUUGAAGGUCAAACCUUAGAUCCAUUAGGUUUAAAUAGAAAAAGCAUUAAAAUAUGUUAGGAUUAUAGCAUAUGACAAAUGUGUGCCUCUUAGUGGCAUAACUACUUUGUCUGCUGGCUCUGCAGUCGAUUGACGCUCCCCAGCGUUCAAGUCACAUGACAUAUUUAACCGGAUGUAGCUGCAAGACGGAGCCUCGUUCACCCUCCGUUUCAACUUAUCUCAAAAGUGAGGACCUCAAACUAUAUACCAGUUUUUAAAUUGUGUUGAUAGGCCAAAUAAAACCAGAGUUAUGAUAAAUUAUGUCCGCGAUACUUUUUUUCUGCUUAUUUUGAUCACGUUCGGCGCUCGAUCACGCUGUAUGAGACAGGAAAACAUAGCAUGCAGACAUUAGCGACAGCUCUUACAGGCGGAAAAGGCAUGCCAAACGAAAAAAAAAACACACCACAACAUCUCUCCUAUUGGUGGAAAACUUCACCACAACAACCAAUCCAAAAUUAUAUGGUGACUGAUUGACAAGGGGCGGGCGCUUACGUUCUUCCUGCAAUAUGAGAAGGGAGGGAGGAACUCUCAGCAGGGAUGCAGUCUGGGAAACGUAGUUGCAAACCUAGCGACUUUGUUGUUAGAUUCAAUGACUUUUCAGACCCCCUAACGACUUUUUUUAGAAAGAAAGGGAAUUUUAUCGACUUCCUCUGGAGUUUAGAGACUCUGACAUGAAGCAGGCUUUCCUUACUGAGGAGUUAGCAACGCUGCUAAGGGUGCAGAGCCACACAUGCGCUCCGAGCUCUGCAUGGGAGACUAGAGCUGAGAGAGCUGCACAGUUAGCAGGUUUCACCCUCAGAGACCACCAGGAGUUCAUGUUGAGGCAUUUUCAGUUUUUUUUUUUUUUUGCCAUAGACACUGUCAGCACAAUCUGCAGUUACACUAACAAAAAUGCUGCAAAAAACAAAGAAUUAUGGAAAAAUUACACAUGGACUGACAUAGAGGAGGAUCUACACAAGUUUUUUACAUCAUGUUUUACAUCAUGCAUCAUUUACAUCAUGUUUUUUUGUAGUGGCAUAAAUAAAAAGUGACAUUUGUGAGACUAUACAGUGUUUUGUAAAUAAUUUUACAAAGAACGCCUGGGCCAUUGCCUGCAUUUUGAUGUAAAUAGAGGUAAAUUACUAUGUUCUUUGUUAAAAAUUUGCAUAUGUUUUGAAGUUUACAAUUUUUAUUUGAAGUUUAAGUUUUAAAAACAGUUCAUCACACAUAUUUGUGGUUUAAUUUCACAUUAAUUUCCAUAUUGUAUAAAUGACUGGAAAAAACUUGAGCCCCUGCCCCUGUAUAAUCAUGUGCACGUCCCUGUUCUAGCUCCAAGGUGAAUCUUCACUGCUCAUGUUCUCCUCAGAAGUAGUCACCUCACUCUCCUCAGGUUACUGUACACAUGCACCAACUAUCUGCUUCAGGUUUGGAUGGAGCUUCAUGGUUGUCUUUUGGAGAAAUGAACAGUCAAGUUGUGUUUGAAAUUUGAUUUUUUUCAGGGGCAAAAGGAAGCCUCUGCAUUCUUGUCAAAUAUGUAAACAGCAUGUUUUUGCAGGUGCUAAAAAACAGACUCUGAGUGUGUGUGUGUGUGUGUGUGUGUGUGUGUGUGUGUGUGUGUGUGUGUUGGCGUGUGUGUUUAUGUGUGUGUGUCCGGCAGUACUCUGUACUCCUGCAGUGGCCAAAAAGACUUUUAAGAAUGUGGAUUUUUGGGUCAUCUUUGGCGCCCCCUAGAACUGCAGUACUCUGUACUCCUGCAGUGGCCAAAAUGACUUUUAAGAAUGUGGAUUUUUGGGUCAUCUUUGGCGCCCCCUAGAACGUAAACCGUGGGGUGCAGCGUCAUGAUUUCUACAACUUUGAAUGGCCAUGGGGUGUAGAUUGCCCUGAGCAAAUUUGGUAUCGGUGGGACGAAAGCCUUAGGAGGAGAUAGCCACAUUCCAAUGUGUGCGAAUCGGCAAAAAAUGCGAAAUAGCCCUUUAACCAUACAUUUGAAAGAUACGUGCCUAUUGACUUUUUUGUAGAUCUUAUUGAGAUACACGUGAUUGUCAAAUUGUGUGUCAAUAUGACAAAGUGUAUAGGCGUGACACUCAACAAUGUGUAUUUUUACCUUAGGAGACAAGAAAAAAUGGACUUUUUUCUCCUGCCAUGGGGGGGCGCUCUUUUGGGGAGUAAAAAUUCCUUCACAAAUGUGUUGAUGGCUGGACAUUGCAUCAUCCUAGAAAACUUGGAGGCCAGUGAGGACAAAAAUAAAAAGUUAUAAGACUUUUAAGAAUGUGGAUUUUUGUGUUAUCUUUGGCGCCCCCUAGAAAGUAAACCGUGGGGUGCAGCAUCAUGAUUUGUACAACUUUUAAUGGCCAUGGGGUGUAGAUUGGCCUGAGCAAAUGUGGUGCCGGUGGAACGAAAGCCUUCGGAGGAGUUAGCGAAAUUCCAAUGUGUGCGGAUCGGCAAAAAAAGCGAAAUAGCCCUUUAACCGUACAUUUGGCAGAUACGCCCGCACUGACUUUUUCGUAGAUCUUAUUGAGAUACACAUGUGUGUCAAAUUUUGUGUCAUUUUGACAAAGCGUACAGGCAUCAGGUGAGUUUUCACCAUAGGGGGCGCUAUGGAGCCAUUUUUCAUUUUUUUGUUUGGACGACUUCAGAAUAUCAAAUUUUUCACCAGGCCCGGUCGUCCUGCCAAAUUUCCUGAGUUUUCGCCAGUGGGAAGUGGGCCAUUUUCCAGUUUAAAGCGGAGGAAAAAUAACGAAAGAAGAAUCCAUCAGGAACAAGAGGGCUCUCGCAGCUGCUUAGCAGCUACGCUCGGGCCCUAAAGAAAGAAAGAAAGAAGAAAGAAAAACCCAUACAGGAACAAUAGGGCUCUCGCAGCUGCUUAGCAGCUACGCUCGGGCCCUAAUAACGAAAGAAGAAUCCAUCAGGAACAAGAGGGCUCUCGCAGCUGCUUAGCAGCUACGCUCGGGCCCUAACUAGGGCCCCGUUGGGGCAUUAGCGGGCCCGAGCCGCGUCGCGCCGCCCCCAGCGCGACCGCCUCCCUGAUCCAUUAGGUUUAAAUAGAAAAAGCAUUAAAAUACGUUAGGAUUAUAGCAUAUGCCAAAUGUGUGCCUCUCAGUGGCCAUAACUACUUUGUCUGCUGGCUCUGCAGUCGAUUGACGCUCCCCAGCGUUCAAGUCACAUGACAAAUUUAACCGGAUGUAGCUGCAAGACGGAGCCUUGUUGACUCUCCGUUUCAACUUAUCUCCAAAGUGAGGACCUUAAACUAUAUACCAGUUUUUAAAUUGUGUUGAUAGGCCAAAUAAAACCAGAGUUAUGAUAAAUUAUGUCUGCGAUACUUUUUUUCUGCUUAUUUUGAUCACGUUCGGCGCUCGAUCGCGCUGUAUGAGACAGGAAAACAUAGCAUGCAGACAUUAGCGACAGCUCUUACAGGCGGAAAAGGCUUGCCAAAAGAAAAAAAAAAAAACACACCACAACAUCUCUCCUAUUGGUGGAAAACUUCACCACAACAACCAAUCCAAAAUUAUAUGGUGACUGAUUGACAAGGGGCGGGCGCUUACGUUCUUCCUGCAACAUGAGAAGGGAUGGAGGGACUCUCAGCAGGGAUGCAGUCUGGGACACGUAGUUGCAAACCUAGCGACUUUGUUGUUAGAUUCAAUGACUUUUCAGACCCCCUAACGACUUUUUUUUUGAAAGAAAGGGACUUUUAUCGACUUCUUCUGGAGUUUAGAGACUCUGACAUGAAGCAGGCUUUCCUUACUGAGGAGUUAGCAACGCUGCUAAGGGUGCAGAGCCACACAUGCGCUCAGAGCUCUGCAUGGGAGACUGAAGCUGACAGAGCUGCAGCAGUUAGCAGGUUUCACCCUCAGAGACCACCAGGGGUUCAUGUUGAGGCAUUUUCAGUUUUUUUUUUUUUUUUUGCCAUAGACACUGUCAGCACAAUCUGCAGUUACACUAACAAAAAUGCUGGACAAAACAAAGAAUUAUGGAAAAAUUACACAUGGACUAACAUAGAGGAGAAUCUACACAAGUUUUUUACAUCAUGUUUUACAUCAUGCAUCAUUUACAUCAUGUUUUUUUUGUAGUGGCAUAAAUAAAAAGUGACAUUUGUGAGACUAUACAGUGUUUUGUAAAUAAUUUUACAAAGAACGCCUGGGCCAUUGCCUGCAUUUUGAUGUAAAUAGAGGUAAAUUACUAUGUUCGUUGUUAAAAAUUUGCAUAUGUUUUGAAGUUUAAAAUUUUUAUUUGAAGUUAAAGUUUUAAAAACAGUUCAUCACACAUAUUUGUGGUUUUCAGAGUAAAAAUGUUACUUUUUUCCACUUGGAUAUUAUGUUUUGUGUGUGAAUUUGGGUCCAUUGUGUAAAAACAGUAUGUGAAAAUGAUAAAAUAACUGUAAAGUCACACAGGUGAGGUUGUGCUGAAAAAAAUGAUACCAGGCAAGGCAAGGUAAAAAAAUUUUAAGAGGAAAUAUAAAGGUAAAAUCUAAAGUUGUCAAAAACGGCCAAUAGUGGCUCCCAGUCUCCAUAGACAAGUCCCUUUGGCGCCACUCAAUGGGCAAAACUACUUUGUCUGCUGUAAUGUAUAUUUGGGUCAUCUUUGGCGCCCCCUAGAACGUAAACCGUGGGGUGCAGCGUCAUGAUUUUUACAACUUUGAAUGGCCAUGGGUUGUAGAUUGGCCUGAGCAAAUUUGGUGUCAUUGGGACGAAAGCCUUAGGAGGAGUUAGCCACAUUCCAAUGUGUGCAAAUCGGCAAAAAAUGCAAAAUAGCCCUUUUACCGUACAUUAUACACAUACGCGCUCUUUGACUUUUUCGUAGAUCUUAUUGAGAUACACGUGAUUGUCAAAUUUUGUGUCAAUAUGACAAAGCGUUCAGGCAUGACACUCAACAAUGUGUGUUUUCACCUUAGGGGACAAGAAAAAAUGGACUUUUUUCUCCUGCCAUGGGGGGGGCGCUCUUUUGGGGAGUAAAAAUUCCUUCACAAAUGUGUUGAUGGCUGGACAUUGCAUCAUCCUAGAAAACUUGGAGGCCAGUGAGGACAAAAAUAAAAAGUUAUAAGACUUUUUAGAAUGUGGAUUUUUGGGUUAUCUUUGGCGCCCCCUAGAACCUAAACCGUGGGGUGCAGCGUCAUGAUUUGUACAACUUUUAAUGGCCAUGGGGUGUAGAUUGACCUGAGCAAAUUUGGUGCCGGUGGAACGAAAGCCUUCGGAGGAGUUAGCGAAAUUCCAAUGUGUGCGGAUCGGCAAAAAAUGCGAAAUAGCCCUUUAACCGUACAUUAUACAGAUACGCGCUCUUUGACUUUUUCGUAGAUCUUAUUGAGAUACACGUGAUUGUCAAAUUUUGUGUCAAUAUGACAAAGCGUUCAGGCGUGACACUCUACAAUGUGUAUUUUCAUGUUAGGGGACAAGAAAAAAUGGACUUUUUUCACCUGCCAUGGGGGGGCGCUCUUUUGGGGAGUAAAAAUUCCUUCACAAAUGUGUUGAUGGCUGUACAUUGCAUCAUCCUAGAAAACUUGGAGGCCAGUGAGGACAAAAAUAAAAAGUUAUAAGACUUUUAAGAAUGUGGAUUUUUGGGUUAUCUUUGGCGCCCCCUAGAACGUAAACCGUGGGGUGCAGCGUCAUGAUUUGUACAACUUUUAAUGGCCAUGGGGUGUAGAUUGACCUGAGCAGAUUUGGUACCGGUGGAACGAAAGCCUUCGGAGGAGUUAGCGAAAUUCCAAUGUGUGCGGUUCGGCAAAAAAUGCGAAAUAGCCCUUUAACCGUACAUUAUACAGAUACGUGCUCUUUGACUUUUUCGUAGAUCUUAUUGAGAUACACGUGAUUGUCAAAUUUUGUGUCAAUAUGACAAAGUGUUCAGGCGUGACACUCUACAAUGUGUAUUUUCAUGUUAGGGGACAAGAAAAAAUGGACUUUUUUCACCUGCCAUGGGGGGGCGCUCUUUUGGGGAGUAAAAAUUCCUUCACAAAUGUGUUGAUGGCUGGACAUUGCAUCAUCCUAGAAAACUUGGAGGCCAGUGAGGACAAAAAUAAAAAGUUAUAAGACUUUUUAGAAUGUGGAUUUUUGGGUUAUCUUUGGCGCCCCCUAGAACCUAAACCGUGGGGUGCAGCGUCAUGAUUUGUACAACUUUUAAUGGCCAUGGGGUGUAGAUUGGCCUGAGCAAAUUUGGUGCCAGUGGAACGAAAGCUUUCGGAGGAGUUAGUGAAAUUCCAAUGUGUGCGGAUCGGCAAAAAAUGCGAAAUAGCCCUUUAACGGUACAUUUGACAGAUACGCCCGCACUGACUUUUUUGUAGGUCUUAUUGAGAUACACAUGUGUGUCAAAUUUUGUGUCAUUUUGACAAAGCGUACAGGCGUCUGGUGAAUUUUCACCAUAGGGGGCGCUAUGGAGCCAUUUUUCAUUUUUUUGUUUGGGCGACUUCAGAAUAUCGAAUUUUUCACCAGGCCCGGUCUUCCUGCCAAAUUUCCUGAGUUUUUCACCAGUGGGAAGUGGGCCAUUUUCCAGUUUAAAGCGGAGGAAAAAUAAUAACGAAAGAAGGAAACAUGCAGGAACAAGAGGGCUCUCGCUGAUGCUUAGCAGCUACGCUCGGGCCCUAAAGAAGGAAACAUGCAGGAACAAGAGGGCCCUCGCAGCUGCUUAGCAGCUACGCUCGGGCCCUAAAGAAAGAACUAGGGCCCAGUUGGGGCACUGGCGGGCCCGAGCUGUGUCGCAACCCCCCCCCCCCCCCCCCCCACGUGCUGCCUCCCCGUCCCAUUCGCGUCCUCUGGCCAUCGUCCUCUCUGGUAACGCCCAUCACUGCAAAGACCCUUUUCCUUCAUCGGCGUUUACUGUUCUUCCUGCCAGUGCGUGUUGCUUUCACUUACACUUGCCACAGCCAGCCUCAUGAGUGCCUAGCCUAUUGGAUAUCACUGUCACCUACACAGGACAGUCAUUACCUUUCUAUUAAUACUUUGUUUUUUGAUUUCACAUUAAUUUCCAUAUUGUCUAAACGACUGAGCCCCUGCCCCUGUAUAAUCAUGUGCACGUCCCUGUUCUCGCUCCAAGGUGAAUCUUCACUGCUCAUGUUCUCCUCAGAAGCAGUCACCUCACUCCCCUCAGGUUACUGUACACAUGCACCAACUGCCUGCUUCAGGUUUGGAUGGAGCUUCAUGGUUGUCUUUUGGAGAAAUGAGCAGUCAAGUUGUGUUUGAAAUUUCAUUUUUUUCAGGGGCAAAAGGAAGCCUCUGCAUUGUUGUCAAAUAUGUAAAUAGCAUGUUUUUGCAGGUGCUAAAGAACAGACUCUGAGUGAGUGUGUGUGUGUGUGUGUGUGUGUGUGUGUGUGUGUGUGUGUGUGUGUGUGUGUGUGUGUGUGUGUGUGUGUGUGUGUGUGUGUGUGUGUGUGUGUGUGUGUGUGUGUAUGUCUGUGUGUGUGUAUCCUGCAGUACUCUGUACUCCUGCAGUGGCCAAAACGACUUUUAAGAAUGUGGAUAUUUGGGUCAUCUUUGGGUCAAAAUUGACUUUUUUGUCCUGCCAUGGGGGGGUGCUCUUUUGGGGAGUAAAAAUUCCUUCACAAAUGUGCUGAUGGCUGGACAUUGCAUCAUCCUAGAAAACUUGGAGGCCAGUGAGGACAAAAAAAAAAAGUUAUAAAACUUUUAAGAAUGUGGAUUUUUGGGUUAUUUUUGGCGCCCCCUAGAACGUAAACCAUGGGGUGCAGCGGCAUGAUUUUUACAACUUUUAAUGGCCAUGAGGGUGUAGAUUGGCCUGAGCAAAUUUGGUGUCAGUGGGACGAAAGCCUUAGGAGGAGUUAGCCACAUUCCAAUGUGUGCGAAUCGGCAAAAAAUGCAAAAUAGCCAUUUAGCCGUACAGUUUACAGAUACGCGCGCAUUGACUUUUUCGUAGAUCUUAUUGAGAUACACGUGUGUGUCAAAUUUUUUGUCAAUAUAACAAAGCGUACAGGCGUGAAUCUCAACAAUGUGUAUUUUCACCUUAGGGGACAAGAAAAAAUGGACUUUUUUGUCCUGCCAUGGGGGGGCGCUCUUUUGGGGAGUAAAAAUUCCCUCACAAAUGUGUUGAUGGCUGGACAUCGCAUCAUCCUAGAAAACUUGGAGGCCAGUGAGGACAAAAAUAAAAAGUUAUAAAACUUUUAAGAAUGUGGAUUUUUGGGUUAUUUUUGGCGCCCCCUAGAACCUAAACCAUGGGGUGCAGCAUCAUGAUUUGUACAACUUUGAAUGGCCAUGGAGUGUAGAUUGGCCUGAGCAAAUGUGGUGCCGGUGGAACGAAAGCCUUCGGAGGAGUUAGCGAAAUUCCAAUGUGUGCGGAUUGGCAAAAAAUGCGAAAUUACCCUUUAACCGUACAUUUGACAGAUACGCCCGCACUGACUUUUUCAUAGAUCUUAUUGAGAUACAUGUGUGUGUCAAUUUUUGUGUCAAUAUGACAAAGCGUACAGGCGUGACAGUCAAUAGUGUGAAUUUUCACCUUAGGGGGCGCUAUGGAGCCAUUUUGCAUUUUAUUGUUUGGGCGACUUCAGAAUAUCGAAUUUUUCACCAGGCCCGGUCGUCCUGCCAAAUUUCCUGAGUUUUCGCCAGUGGGAAGUGGGCCAUUUUCCAGUUUAAAGCGGAGGAAAAAUAACUAGGGCCCCGGUGGGGCACUGUCGGGCCCGAGCCGCGUCGUGCCGCCCCCAGCGUGACCGCCUCCCCCUCCCGAUCGCGUCACACUCAAGGUCCAAAGAUGGUGUGCGCACUUGUCUGUGGUCAUUUCCCAUUAUAAUGAAUGGGAGGCGCAGUUUCUACCAAAACACUCGCUGCAGACAAACUUCAUGUCCUAUUUGAAAAAAGUCUGGACCAUGAGUGAGGGCACAAACACAGCUGGGAUAUAUCCAAAUGGCAGGUUGCUCCUCGUUACGGUGUUGCCUGGAGAGCAAUGCGAUUGAGCCAUUGAGCGAUGGGCAGGAAAAACUUGACUUUUUCUCCUGCCAUGGGGGGGGAGAAUGUGGAUUCUUUUAAGAAUGUGGAUUUUUUGGUCAUCUUUGGCGCCCCCUAGAACGUAAACCGUGGGGUGCAGCGUCAUGAUUUUAACAACUUUGAAUGGCCAUGGGGUGUAGAUUGGCCUGAGCAAAUUUGGUUUCAGUGGGACGAAAGCCUUAGGAGGAGUUAGCGAAAUUCCAAUGUGUGCGAAUCGGCAAAAAAUGCAAAAUAGCCCUCUAACCGUACAUUUGACAGAUACGCACCCAUUGACUUUUUCGUAGAUCUUAUUGAGAUACACGUGAUUGUCAAAUUUUGUGUCAAUAUGACAAAGCGUACAGGUGUCACACUCAACAAUGUGAAUUUUCACCUUACGGGACAAGAAAAAAUUGACUUUUUUCUCCUGCCAUGGGGGGCGCUCUUUUGGGGAGUAAAAAUUCCUUCACAAAUGUGUUGAUGGCUGGACAUUGCAUCAUCCUAGAAAACUUGGAGGCCAGUGAGGACAAAAAUAAAAAGUUAUAAGACUUUGAAAUAUGUGGAUUUUAGGGUUAUCUUUGGCGCCCCCUAGAACCUAAACCGUGGGGUGCAGCGUCAUGAUUUGAAUAACUUUUAAUGGGCAUGGGGUGUAGAUUGGCCUGAGCAAAUGUGGUGCCGGUGGAAAGAAAGCCUUCGGAGGAGUUAGCGAAAUUCCAAUGUGUGCGGAUCGGCAAAAAAUGCGGAAUAACCCUUUAACCGUACAUUUGACAGAUACGCCCGCACUGACUUUUUUGUAGAUCUUAUUGAGAUACAUGUGUGUGUCAAUUUUUGUGUCAUUUUGACAAAGCGUAAAGGCGUGACAGUCAAUAGUGUGAAUUUUCACCUUAGGGGGCGCUAUGGAGCCAUUUUGCAUUUUCUUGUUUGGGCGACUUCGGAAUAUCAAAUUUUUCACCAGGCCCGGUCAUCCUGCCAAAUUUCAUGAGUUUUCGCCAGUGGGAAGUGGGCCAUUUUCCAGUUCAAAGGGGAGGAAAAAGAAGAAAGAAAGAAAGAAAGAAACAAAGAAAAACCACUUGGGGAAUAAUAGGGCUCUCGCAGCUGCUUAGCAGCUACGCUCGGGCCCUAAUAAUAAUAAUAACUAGGACCCCGUUGGGGCACUGGCGGGCCCGAGCCGUGUCGCGUCCCCCCCCCCCCAACGUGCUGCCUCCCCGUCCCAUUUGUGUCCUCUGGCCAUCGCCCUCUCUGGUAACGCCCAUCACUGCAAAGACCCUUUUCCUUCAUCGGCGUUUGCUGUUCUUCCUGCCAGUGCGUGUUGCUUUCACUUACACUUGCCACAGCCAGCCUCGUGAGUGCCUAGCCUAUUGGAUAUCACUGUCACCUACACAGGACAGUCAUUACCUUUCUAUUAAUACUUUGUGUUUUAAUUUCACAUUAAUUUCCAUAUUGUAUAAACGACUGGAAAAAACUUGAGCCCCUGCCCCUGUAUAAUCAUGUGCAUGUCUCUGUUCUAGCUCCAAGGUGAAUCUUCACUGCUCAUGUUCUCCUCAGAAGCACUCACCUCACUCCCCUCAGGUUACUGUACACAUGCACCAACUGCCUGCUUCAGGUUUGGAUGGAGCUUCAUGGUUGUCUUUUGGAGAAAUGACCAGUCAAGUUGUGUUUGAAAUUUGAUUUUUUUCAGGGGCAAAAGGAGCCUCUGCAUUCUUGUCAAAUAUGUAAAUAGCAUGUUUUUGCAGGUGCUAAAAACCAGACUCUGAGUGUGUGUGUGUGUGUGUGUGUGUGUGUGUGUGUGUGUGUGUGUGUGUGUGUGUGUGUGUGUGUGUGUGUGUGUGUGCGUUCAAGUCACAUGACAUAUUUAACCGGAUGUAGCUGCAAGACGGAGCCUCGUUGACUCUCCGUUUCAACUUAUCUCAAAAGUGAGGACCUCAACCUAUAUACCAGUUUUUAAAUUGUGUUGAUAGGCCAAAUAAAACCAGAGUUAUGAUAAAUUAUGUCCGCGAUACUUGUUUUCUGCUUAUUUUGAUCACGUUCGGCGCUCGAUCGCGCUGUAUGAGACAGGAAAACAUAGCAUGCAGACAUUAGCGACAGGUCUUACAGGCGGAAAAGGCUUGCCAAAGGAAAAAAAAAACACACCACAACAUCUCUCCUAUUGGUGGAAAACUUCACCACAACAACCAAUCCAAAAUUAUAUGGUGACUGAUUGACAAGGGGUGGGCGCUUACGUUCUUCCUGCAAUAUGAGAAGGGAGGGAGGGACUCUCAGCAGGGAUGCAGUCUGGGACACGUAGUUGCAAACCUAGCGACUUUGUUGUUAGAUUCAAUGACUUUUCAGACCCCCUAACGACGUUUUUUUAGAAAGAAAGUGACUUUUAUCGACUUCUUCUGGAGUUUAGAGACUCUGACAUGAAGCAGGCUUUCCUUACUGAGGAGUUAGCAACGCUGCUAAGGGUGCAGAGCCACACAUGCGCUCCGAGCUCUGCAUGGGAGACUGAAGCUGACAGAGCUGCAGCAGUUAGCAGGUUUCACCCUCAGAGACCACCAGGGGUUCAUGUUGAGGCAUUUUCAGUUUUUUUUUUUUUUUUGCCAUAGACACUGUCAGCACAAUCUGCAGUUACACUAACAAAAAUGCUGCAAAAAACAAAGAAUUAUGGAAAAAUUACACAUGGACUGACAUAGAGGAGGAUCUACACAAGUUUUUUACAUCAUGUUUUACAUCAUGCAUCAUUUACAUCAUGUUUUUUUGUAGUGGCAUAAAUAAAAAGUGACAUUUGUGAGACUAUACAGUGUUUUGUAAAUAAUUUUACAAAGAACACCUGGGCCAUUGCCUGCAUUUUGAUGUAAAUAGAGGUAAAUUACUAUGUUCUUUGUUAAAAAUUUGCAUAUGUUUUGAAGUUUACAAUUUUUAUUUGAAGUUUAAGUUUUAAAAACAGUUCAUCACACAUAUUUGUGGUUUUCACAGUAAAAACGUUACUUUUUUCCACUCGGAUUUUAUGUUUUGUGUGUGAAUUUGGGUCCAAUGUGUAAAUAUAGUAUGUCAAAAUGAUAAAAUAACUGUAAAUUGACACAGGUGAGGUUGUGCUGAAAAAAAUGAUACCAGGCAAGGCAAGGUAAAAAUUUUGUAAGAGGAAAUAUAAAGGUAAAAUCUAAAGUAGUCAAAAACGGCCAAUAGUGACUCACAGACUCCACAGACAAGUCCCUUUGGCGCCACUCAGUGGGCAAAACUACUUUGUCUACUGUAAUGUAUAUUUGGGUCAUCUUUGGCGCCCCCUAAAACGUAAACCGUGGGGUGCCGCGUCAUGAUUUUUACAACUUUGAAUGGCCAUGGAGUGUAGAUUGGCCUGAGCAAAUUUGGUGUCAGUGGGACGAAAGCCUUAGGAGGAGUUAGCGAAAUUCCAAUAUGUGCGAAUCGGCAAAAAAUGCAAAAUAGCCCUUUUACCGUACAUUAUACAGAUACGCGCUCUUGACUUUUUCGUAGAUCUAAUUGAGAUACACAUGAUUGUCAAUUUUUGUGUCAUUUUGCCAAAGCGUACAGGCGUGACAGUCAACAAUGUGUAUUUUCACCUUAGGGGACAAGAAAAAAUGGACUUUUUUCUCCUGCCAUGGGGGGGCGCUCUUUUAGGGAGUAAAAAUUCCUUCACAAAUGUGUUGAUGGCUGGACAUUGCAUCAUCCUAGAAAACUUGGAGGCCAGUGAGGACAAAAAUAAAAAGUUAUAAGACUUUUAAAAAUGUGGAUUUUUGGGUUAUCUUUGGCGCCCCCUAGAACGUAAACCGUGGGGUGCAGCGUCAUGAUUUGAAUAACUUUUAAUGGCCAUGGGGUGUAAUUUGGCCUGAGCAAAUGUGGUGCCGGUGGAACGAAAGCCUUCGGAGGAGUUAGCGAAAUUCCAAUGUGUGCGAAUCGGCAAAAAAUGCGGAAUAACCCUUUAACCGUACAUUUGACAGAUACGCGCCCAUUGACUUUUUUGUAGAUCUUAUUGAGAUACAUGUGUGUGUCAAUUUUUGUGUCAUUUUGACAAAGCGUACAGGCGUGACAGUCAACAAUGUGUAUUUUCACCUUAGGGGACAAGAAAAAAUGGACUUUUUUCUCCUGCCAUGGGGGGCGCUCUUUUGGGGAGUAAAAAUUCCUUCACAAAUGUGUUGAUGGCUGGACAUUGCAUCAUCCUAGAAAACUUGGAGGCCAGUGAGGACAAAAAUAAAAAGUUAUAAGACUUUGAAAUAUGUGGAUUUUAGUGUUAUCUUUGGCGCCCCCUAGAACCUAAACCGUGGGGUGCAGCGUCAUGAUUUGAAUAACUUUUAAUGGCCAUGGGGUGUAGAUUGGCCUGAGCAAAUGUGGUGCCGGUGGAACGAAAGCCUUCGGAGGAGUUAGCGAAAUUCCAAUGUGUGCGGAUCGGCAAAAAAUGCGGAAUAACCCUUUAACCGUACAUUUGACAGAUACGCCCGCACUGACUUUUUUGUAGAUCUUAUUGAGAUACAUGUGUGUGUCAAUUUUUGUGUCAUUUUGACAAAGCGUACAGGCGUCAGGUGAAUUUUUCACCUUAGGGGGCGCUAUGGAGCCAUUUUGCAUUUUCUUGUUUGGGCGACUUCGGAAUAUCAAAUUUUUCACCAGGCCCGGUCGUCCUGCCAAAUUUCAUGAGUUUUCGCCAGUGGGAAGUGGGCCAUUUUCCAGUUCAAAGGGGAGGAAAAAUAAUAAUAACAAACUAGGACCCCGUUGGGGCACUGGCGGGCCCGAGCUGUGUCGCGUCCCCCCCCCCAACGCGCUGCCUCCCCGUCCCAUUUGUGUCCUCUGGCCAUCGCCCUCUCUGGUAACGCCCAUCACUGCAAAGACCCUUUUCCUUCAUCGGCGUUUGCUGUUCUUCCUGCCAGUGCGUGUUGCUUUCACUUACACUUGCCACAGCCAGCCUCGUGAGUGCCUAGCCUAUUGGAUAUCACUGUCACCUACACAGGACAGUCAUUACCUUUCUAUUAAUACUUUGUUUUUUAAUUUCACAUUAAUUUCCAUAUUGUAUAAACAACUGGAAAAAACUUGAGCCCCUGCCCCUGUAUAAUCAUGUGCACGUCUCUGUUCUAGCUCUAAGGUGAAUCUUCACUGCUCAUGUUCUCCUCAGAAGCAGUCACCUCACUCCCCUCAGGUUACUGUACACAUGCACCAACUGCCUGCUUCAGGUUUGGAUGGAGCUUCAUGGUUGUCUUUUGGAGAAAUGACCAGUCAAGUUGUGUUUGAAAUAUGAUUUUUUUCAGGGGCAAAAGGAGCCUCUGCAUUCUUGUCAAAUAUGUAAAUAGCAUGUUUUUGCAGGUGCUAAAAACCAGACUCUGAGUGUGUGUGUGUGCGUGUGUGUGUGUGUCUGUGUGUGUGUGUGUGUGUGUGUGUGUGUGUGUGUGUGUGUGUGUGUGCGUUCAAGUCACAUGACAUAUUUAACCGGAUGUAGCUGCAAGACGGAGCCUUGUUGACUCUCCGUUUCAAUUUAUCUCAAAAGUGAGGACCUCAACCUAUAUACCAGUUUUUAAAUUGUGUUGAUAGGCCAAAUAAAACCAGAGUUAUGAUAAAUUAUGUCCACGAUACUUGUUUUCUGCUUAUUUUGAUCACGUUCGGCGCUCGAUCGCGCUGUAUGAGACAGGAAAACAUAGCAUGCAGACAUUAGCGACAGGUCUUACAGGCGGAAAAGGCUUGCCAAAGGAAAAAAAACACACCACAACAUCUCUCCUAUUGGUGGAAAACUUCACCACAACAACCAAUCCAAAAUUAUAUGGUGACUGAUUGACAAGGGGUGGGCGCUUACGUUCUUCCUGCAAUAUGAGAAGGGAGGGAGGGACUCUCAGCAGGGAUGCAGUCUGGGACACGUAGUUGCAAACCUAGCGACUUUGUUGUUAGAUUCAAUGACUUUUCAGACCCCCUAACGACGUUUUUUUAGAAAGAAAGUGACUUUUAUCGACUUCUUCUGGAGUUUAGAGACUCUGACAUGAAGCAGGCUUUCCUUACUGAGGAGUUAGCAACGCUGCUAAGGGUGCAGAGCCACACAUGCGCUCCGAGCUCUGCAUGGGAGACUGAAGCUGACAGAGCUGCAGCAGUUAGCAGGUUUCACCCUCAGAGACCACCAGGGGUUCAUGUUGAGGCAUUUUCAGUUUUUUUUUUUUUUUUGCCAUAGACACUGUCAGCACAAUCUGCAGUUACACUAACAAAAAUGCUGCAAAAAACAAAGAAUUAUGGAAAAAUUACACAUGGACUGACAUAGAGGAGGAUAUACACAAGUUUUUUACAUCAUGUUUUACAUCAUGCAUCAUUUACAUCAUGUUUUUUUGUAGUGGCAUAAAUAAAAAGUGACAUUUGUGAGACUAUACAGUGUUUUGUAAAUAAUUUUACAAAGAACACCUGGGCCAUUGCCUGCAUUUUGAUGUAAAUAGAGGUAAAUUACUAUGUUCUUUGUUAAAAAUUUGCAUAUGUUUUGAAGUUUACAAUUUUUAUUUGAAGUUUAAGUUUUAAAAACAGUUCAUCACACAUAUUUGUGGUUUUCACAGUAAAAACGUUACUUUUUUCCACUCGGAUUUUAUGUUUUGUGUGUGAAUUUGGGUCCAAUGUGUAAAUAUAGUAUGUCAAAAUGAUAAAAUAACUGUAAAUUGACACAGGUGAGGUUGUGCUGAAAAAAAUGAUACCAGGCAAGGCAAGGUAAAAAUUUUGUGAGAGGAAAUAUAAAGGUAAAAUCUAAAGUAGUCAAAAACGGCCAAUAGUGACUCACAGACUCCACAGACAAGUCCCUUUGGCGCCACUCAGUGGGCAAAACUACUUUGUCUACUGUAAUGUAUAUUUGGGUCAUCUUUGGCGCCCCCUAAAACGUAAACCGUGGGGUGCAGCGUCAUGAUUUUUACAACUUUGAAUGGCCAUGGAGUGUAGAUUGGCCUGAGCAAAUUUGGUGUCAGUGGGACGAAAGCCUUAGGAGGAGUUAGCGAAAUUCCAAUGUGUGCGAAUCGGCAAAAAAUGCAAAAUAGCCCUUUUACCGUACAUUAUACAGAUACGCGCUCUUUGACUUUUUCGUAGAUCUAAUUGAGAUACACAUGAUUGUCAAUCUUUGUGUCAUUUUGCCAAAGCGUACAGGCGUGACAGUCAACAAUGUGUAUUUUCACCUUAGGGGACAAGAAAAAAUGGACUUUUUUCUCCUGCCAUGGGGGGGCGCUCUUUUAGGGAGUAAAAAUUCCUUCACAAAUGUGUUGAUGGCUGGACAUUGCAUCAUCCUAGAAAACUUGGAGGCCAGUGAGGACAAAAAUAAAAAGUUAUAAGACUUUUAAAAAUUUGGAUUUUUGGGUUAUCUUUGGCGCCCCCUAGAACGUAAACCGUGGGGUGCAGCGUCAUGAUUUGAAUAACUUUUAAUGGCCAUGGGGUGUAAUUUGGCCUGAGCAAAUGUGGUGCCGGUGGAACGAAAGCCUUCGGAGGAGUUAGCGAAAUUCCAAUGUGUGCGAAUCGGCAAAAAAUGCGGAAUAACCCUUUAACCGUACAUUUGACAGAUACGCGCCCAUUGACUUUUUUGUAGAUCUUAUUGAGAUACAUGUGUGUGUCAAUUUUUGUGUCAUUUUGACAAAGCGUACAGGCGUGACACUCAACAAUGUGUAUUUUCACCUUAGGGGACAAGAAAAAAUGGACUUUUUUCUCCUGCCAUGGGGGGGCGCUCUUUUGGGGAGUAAAAAUUCCUUCACAAAUGUGUUGAUGGCUGGACAUUGCAUCAUCCUAGAAAACUUGGAGGCCAGUGAGGACAAAAAUAAAAAGUUAUAAGACUUUGAAAUAUGUGGAUUUUAGUGUUAUAUUUGGCGCCCCCUAGAACCUAAACCGUGGGGUGCAGCGUCAUGAUUUGAAUAACUUUUAAUGGCCAUGGGGUGUAGAUUGGCCUGAGCAAAUGUGGUGCCGGUGGAACGAAAGCCUUCGGAGGAGUUAGCGAAAUUCCAAUGUGUGCGGAUCGGCAAAAAAUGCGCAAUAACCCUUUAACCGUACAUUUGACAGAUACGCCCGCACUGACUUUUUUGUAGAUCUUAUUGAGAUACAUGUGUGUGUCAAUUUUUGUGUCAUUUUGACAAAGCGUACAGGCGUCAGGUGAAUUUUUCACCUUAGGGGGCGCUAUGGAGCCAUUUUGCAUUUUCUUGUUUGGGCGACUUCGGAAUAUCAAAUUUUUCACCAGGCCCGGUCGUCCUGCCAAAUUUCAUGAGUUUUCGCCAGUGGGAAGUGGGCCAUUUUCCAGUUCAAAGGGGAGGAAAAAUAACUAGGGCCCCGUUGGGGCACUGGCGGGCCCGAGCCGCGUUGCGCCGCCCCCAGUGCGACCGCCUCCCCCUCCCGAUCGCGUCACACUCAAGGUCCAAAGAUGGUGUGCGCACUUGUCUGUGGUCAUUUCCCAUUAUAAUGAAUGGGAGGCGCAGUUUCUACCAAAACACUCGCUGCAGACAAACUACAUGUCCUAUUUGAAAAAAGUCUGGACCAUGAGUGAGGGCACAAACACAGCUAGGAUAUAUCCAAACGGCAAGUUGCUCCUCGUUACGGUGUUGCCGGGAGAGCGAUGCGAUUGAGCCAUUGAGUGAUGGGCAGGAAAAACUUGACUGUUUCUCCUGCCAUGGGGGAUGGGGGAUGGGGGAUGGGGGGGGGGGGGGGGGGGGAUGUGGAUUAUUUUAAGAAUGUGGAUAUUUGGGUCAUCUUUGGCGCCCCCUAGAACGUAAACCGUGGGGUGCAGCGUCAUGAUUUUUAAAACUUUGAAUGGCCAUGGGGUGUAGAUUGGCCUGAGCAAAUUUGGUGUCAGUGGGACGAAAGCCUUAGGAGGAGUUAGCCACAUUCCAAUGUGUGCGAAUCGGCAAAAAAUGCAAAAUAGCCCUUUAACCGUACAUUAUACAGAUACGCGCUCUUUGACUUUUUCGUAGAUCUAAUUGAGAUACACAUGAUUGUCAAUUUUUGUGUCAUUUUGCCAAAGCGUACAGGCGUGACAGUCAACAAUGUGUAUUUUCACCUUAGGGGACAAGAAAAAAUGGACUUUUUUCUCCUGCCAUGGGGGGGCGCUCUUUUAGGGAGUAAAAAUUCCUUCACAAAUGUGUUGAUGGCUGGACAUUGCAUCAUCCUAGAAAACUUGGAGGCCAGUGAGGACAAAAAUAAAAAGUUAUAAGACUUUUAAAAAUGUGGAUUUUUGGGUUAUCUUUGGCGCCCCCUAGAACGUAAACCGUGGGGUGCAGCGUCAUGAUUUGAAUAACUUUUAAUGGCCAUGGGGUGUAGAUUGGCCUGAGCAAAUGUGGUGCCGGUGGAACGAAAGCCUUCGGAGGAGUUAGCGAAAUUCCAAUGUGUGCGGAUCGGCAAAAAAUGCGAAAUAACCCUUUAACCGUACAUUUGACAGAUACGCGCGCAUUGACUUUUUUGUAGAUCUUAUUGAGAUACAUGUGUGUGUCAAUUUUUGUGUCAUUUUGACAAAGCGUACAGGCGUGACAGUCAAUAGUGUGAAUUUUCACCUUAGGGGACAAGAAAAAAUGGACUUUUUUCUCCUGCCAUGGGGGGGCGCUCUUUUGGGGAGUAAAAAUUCCUUCACAAAUGUGUUGAUGGCUGGACAUUGCAUCAUCCUAGAAAACUUGGAGGCCAGUGAGGGCAAAAAUAAAAAGUUAUAAGACUUUUAAAUAUGUGGAUUUUAGGGUUAUCUUUGGCGCCCCCUAGAACCUAAACUGUGGGGUGCAGCGUCAUGAUUUGAAUAACUUUUAAUGGCCAUGGGGUGUAGAUUGGCCUGAGCAAAUGUGGUGCCGGUGGAACGAAAGCCUUCGGAGGAGUUAGCGAAAUUCCAAUGUGUGCGGAUCGGCAAAAAAUGCGAAAUAACCCUUUAACCGUACAUUUGACAGAUACGCCCGCACUGACUUUUUUGUAGAUCUUAUUGAGAUACAUGUGUGUGUCAAUUUUUGUGUCAUUUUGACAAAGCGUACAGGCGUGACAGUCAAUAGUGUGAAUUUUCACCUUAGGGGGCGCUAUGGAGCCAUUUUGCAUUUUCUUGUUUGGGCGACUUCGGAAUAUCAAAUUUUUCACCAGGCCCGGUCGUCCUGCCAAAUUUCAUGAGUUUUCGCCAGUGGGAAGUGGGCCAUUUUCCAGUUCAAAGGGGAGGAAAAAGAAGAAAGAAAGAAACAAAGAAAAACCCCUACAGGAAUAACAGGGCCUACGCCCGGCUGCUCUGCAGCUGGCUCGGGCCCUAAUAAUAACAAAAGAAGGAAACAUGCAGGAACAAGAGGGCUCUCGCAGCUGCUUAGCAGCUACGCUCGGGCCCUAACUAGGACCCCGUUGGGGCACUGGCGGGCCCGAGCCGUGUUGCGUAUCCCCCCCCCCCCCAACAUGCUGCCUCCCCGUCCCAUUUGUGUCCUCUGGCCAUCGCCCUCUCUGUUAACGCCCAUCACUGCAAAGACCCUUUUCCUUCAUCGGCGUUUGCUGUUCUUCCUGCCAGUGCGUGUUGCUUUCACUUACACUUGCCACAGCCAGCCUCGUGAGUGCCUAGCCUAUUGGAUAUCACUGUCACCUACACAGGACAGUCAUUACCUUUCUAUUAAUACUUUGUGUUUUAAUUUCACAUUAAUUUCCAUAUUGUAUAAACGACUGGAAAAAACUUGAGCCCCUGCCCCUGUAUAAUCAUGUGCAUGUCUCUGUUCUAGCUCCAAGGUGAAUCUUCACUGCUCAUGUUCUCCUCAGAAGCACUAACCUCACUCCCCUCAGGUUACUGUACACAUGCACCAACUGCCUGCUUCAGGUUUGGAUGGAGCUUCAUGGUUGUCUUUUGGAGAAAUGACCAGUCAAGUUGUGUUUGAAAUUUGAUUUUUUUCAGGGGCAAAAGGAGCCUCUGCAUUCUUGUCAAAUAUGUAAAUAGCAUGUUUUUGCAGGUGCUAAAAACCAGACUCUGAGUGUGUGUGUGUGUGUGUGUGUGUGUGCGUGUGUGUGUCUGCGUGUGCGUUCAAGUCACAUGACAUAUUUAACCGGAUGUAGCUGCAAGACGGAGCCUCGUUGACUCUCCGUUUCAACUUAUCUCAAAAGUGAGGACCUCAACCUAUAUACCAGUUUUUAAAUUGUGUUGAUAGGCCAAAUAAAACCAGAGUUAUGAUAAAUUAUGUCCGCGAUACUUUUUUCUGCUUAUUUUGAUCACGUUCGGCGCUCGAUCGCGCUGUAUGAGACAGGAAAACAUAGCAUGCAGACAUUAGCGACAGGUCUUACAGGCGGAAAAGGCUUGCCAAAAGAAAAAAAAAACACACCACAACAUCUCUCCUAUUGGUGGAAAACUUCACCACAACAACCAAUCCAAAAUUAUAUGGUGACUGAUUGACAAGGGGCGGGCGCUUACGUUCUUCCUGCAACAUGAGAAGGGAGGGAGGGACUCUCAGCAGGGAUGCAGUCUGGGACACGUAGUUGCAAACCUAGCGACUUUGUUGUUAGAUUCAAUGACUUUUCAGACCCCCUAACGACUUUUUUUUAGAAAGAAAGGGACUUUUAUCGACUUCUUCUGGAGUUUAGAGACUCUGACAUGAAGCAGGCUUUCCUUACUGAGGAGUUAGCAACGCUGCUAAGGGUGCAGAGCCACACAUGCGCUCAGAGCUCUGCAUGGGAGACUGAAGCUGACAGAGCUGCAGCAGUUAGCAGGUUUCACCCUCAGAGACCACCAGGGGUUCAUGUUGAGGCAUUUUAAUUAUUUUUUUUUUGUGCCAUAGACACUGUCAGCACAAUCUGCAGUUACACUAACAAAAAUGCUGCAAAAAACAAAGAAUUAUGGAAAAAUUACACAUGGACUGACAUAGAGGAGGAUCUACACAAGUUUUUUACAUCAUGUUUUACAUCAUGCAUCAUUUACAUCAUGUUUUUUUGUAGUGGCAUAAAUAAAAAGUGACAUUUGUGAGACUAUACAGUGUUUUGUAAAUAAUUUUACAAAGAACGCCUGGGCCAUUGCCUGCAUUUUGAUGUAAAUAGAGGUAAAUUACUAUGUUCUUUGUUAAAAAUUUGCAUAUGUUUUGAAGUUUACAAUUUUUAUUUGAAGUUUAAGUUUUAAAAACAGUUCAUCACACAUAUUUGUGGUUUUCACAGUAAAAAUGUUACUUUUUUCCACUCGGAUUUUAUGUUUUGUGUGUGAAUUUGGGUCCAUUGUGUAAAUUCAGUAUGUCAACAUGAUAAAAUAACUGUAAAUUCGCACAGGUGAGGUUGUGCUGAAAAAAAUGAUACCAGGCAAGGCACGUGAUUGUCAAAUGUUGUGUCAAUAUGACAAAGCGUAUAGGCGUGAAUCUCAACAAUAUGUAUUUUCACCUUAGAGGACAAGAAAAAAUGGACUUUUUUCUCCUGCCAUGGGGGGGCGCUCUUUUGGGGAGUAAAAAUUCCUUCACAAAUGUGUUGAUGGCUGGACAUUGCAUCAUCCUAGAAAACUUGGAGGCCAGUGAGGACAAAAAUAAAAAGUUAUAAGACUUUUAAAUAUGUGGAUUUUAGGGUUAUCUUUGGCGCCCCCUAGAACCUAAACCGUGGGGUGCAGCGUCAUGAUUUUGAUAACUUUUAAUGGCCAUGGGGUGUAGAUUGGCCUGAGCAAAUGUGGUGCCGGUGGAACGAAAGCCUUAGGAGGAGUUAGCGAAAUUCCAAUGUGUGCGGAUCGGCAAAAAAUGCGGAAUAACCCUUUAACCGUACAUUUGACAGAUACGCGCGCAUUGACUUUUUCGUAGAUCUUAUUGAGAUACAUGUGUGUGUCAAUUUUUGUGUCAUUUUGACAAAGCGUACAGGCGUGACACUCAACAAUGUGUAUUUUCACCUUAGGGGACAAGAAAAAAUGGACUUUUUUCUCCUGCCAUGGGGGGGCGCUCUUUUGGGGAGUAAAAAUUCCUUCACAAAUGUGUUGAUGGCUGGACAUUGCAUCAUCCUAGAAAACUUGGAGGCCAGUGAGGGCAAAAAUAAAAAGUUAUAAGACUUUUAAAUAUGUGGAUUUUAGGGUUAUCUUUGGCGCCCCCUAGAACCUAAACCGUGGGGUGCAGCGUCAUGAUUUGAAUAACUUUUAAUGGCCAUGGGGUGUAGAUUGGCCUGAGCAAAUGUGGUGCCGGUGGAACGAAAGCCUUCGGAGGAGUUAGCGAAAUUCCAAUGUGUGCGGAUCGGCAAAAAAUGCGAAAUAACCCUUUAACCGUACAUUUGACAGAUACGCCCGCACUGACUUUUUUGUAGAUCUUAUUGAGAUACAUGUGUGUGUCAAUUUUUGUGUCAUUUUGACAAAGCGUACAGGCGUGACAGUCAAUAGUGUGAAUUUUCACCUUAGGGGGCGCUAUGGAGCCAUUUUGCAUUUUCUUGUUUGGGCGACUUUGGAAUAUCAAAUUUUUCACCAGGCCCGGUCGUCCUGCCAAAUUUCCUGAGUUUUCGCCAGUGGGAAGUGGGCCAUUUUCCAGUUCAAAGGGGAGGAAAAAGAAGAAAGAAAGAAACAAAGAAAAACCCCUACAGGAAUAACAGGGCCUACGCCCGGCUGCUCUGCAGCUGGCUCGGGCCCUAACUAGGACCCCGUUGGGGCACUGGCGGGCCCGAGCUGUGUCGCGUCCCCCCCCCAACGCGCUGCCUCCCUGUCCCAUUUGUGUCCUCUGGCCAUCGCCCUCUCUGGUAACGCCCAUCACUGCAAAGACCCUUUUCCUUCAUCGGCGUUUGCUGUUCUUCCUGCCAGUGCGUGUUGCUUUCACUUACACUUGCCACAGCCAGCCUCGUGAGUGCCUAGCCUAUUGGAUAUCACUGUCACCUACACAGGACAGUCAUUACCUUUCUAUUAAUACUUUGUUUUUUUAAUUUCACAUUAAUUUCCAUAUUGUAUAAACAACUGGAAAAAAACUUGAGCCCCUGCCCCUGUAUAAUCAUGUGCACGUCUCUGUUCUAGCUCUAAGGUGAAUCUUCACUGCUCAUGUUCUCCUCAGAAGCAGUCACCUCACUCCCCUCAGGUUACUGUACACAUGCACCAACUGCCUGCUUCAGGUUUGGAUGGAGCUUCAUGGUUGUCUUUUGGAGUAAUGACCAGUCAAGUUGUGUUUGAAAUUUGAUUUUUUUCAGGGGCAAAAGGAGCCUCUGCAUUCUUGUCAAAUAUGUAAAUAGCAUGUUUUUGCAGGUGCUAAAAACCAGACUCUGAGUGUGUGUGUGUGUGUGUGUGUGUGUGUGUGUGUGUGUGUGUGUGUGUGUGUGUGUGUGUGUGCGUUCAAGUCACAUGACAUAUUUAACCGGAUGUAGCUGCAAGACGGAGCCUCGUUGACUCUCCGUUUCAACUUAUCUCAAAAGUGAGGACCUCAACCUAUAUACCAGUUUUUAAAUUGUGUUGAUAGGCCAAAUAAAACCAGAGUUAUGAUAAAUUAUGUCCGCGAUACUUGUUUUCUGCUUAUUUUGAUCACGUUCGGCGCUCGAUCGCGCUGUAUGAGACAGGAAAACAUAGCAUGCAGACAUUCGCGACAGGUCUUACAGGCGGAAAAGGCUUGCCAAAGGAAAAAAAAAACACACCACAACAUCUCUCCUAUUGGUGGAAAACUUCACCACAACAACCAAUCCAAAAUUAUAUGGUGACUGAUUGACAAGGGGCGGGCGCUUACGUUCUUCCUGCAAUAUGAGAAGGGAGGGAGGGACUCUCAGCAGGGAUGCAGUCUGGGACACGUAGUUGCAAACCUAGCGACUUUGUUGUUAGAUUCAAUGACUUUUCAGACCCCCUAACGACUUUUUUUUAGAAAGAAAGUGACUUUUAUCGACUUCUUCUGGAGUUUAGAGACUCUGACAUGAAGCAGGCUUUCCUUACUGAGGAGUUAGCAACGCUGCUAAGGGUGCAGAGCCACACAUGCGCUCCGAGCUCUGCAUGGGAGACUGAAGCUGACAGAGCUGCAGCAGUUAGCAGGUUUCACCCUCAGAGACCACCAGGGGUUCAUGUUGAGGCAUUUUCAGUUUUUUUUUUUUUUUUGCCAUAGACACUGUCAGCACAAUCUGCAGUUACACUAACAAAAAUGCUGCAAAAAACAAAGUCCAUGUGUAAUUUUUCCAUAAUUCUAACAGAGGAGGAUCUACACAAGUUUUUUACAUCAUGUUUUACAUCAUGCAUCAUUUACAUCAUGUUUUUUUGUAGUGGCAUAAAUAAAAAGUGACAUUUGUGAGACUAUACAGUGUUUUGUAAAUAAUUUUACAAAGAACACCUGGGCCAUUGCCUGCAUUUUGAUGUAAAUAGAGGUAAAUUACUAUGUUCUUUGUUAAAAAUUUGCAUAUGUUUUGAAGUUUACAAUUUUUAUUUGAAGUUUAAGUUUUAAAAACAGUUCAUCACACAUAUUUGUGGUUUUCACAGUAAAAACGUUACUUUUUUCCACUCGGAUUUUAUGUUUUGUGUGUGAAUUUGGGUCCAAUGUGUAAAUAUAGUAUGUCAAAAUGAUAAAAUAACUGUAAAUUGACACAGGUGAGGUUGUGCUGAAAAAAAUGAUACCAGGCAAGGCAAGGUAAAAAUUUUGUAAGAGGAAAUAUAAAGGUAAAAUCUAAAGUAGUCAAAAACGGCCAAUAGUGACUCACAGACUCCACAGACAAGUCCCUUUGGCGCCACUCAGUGGGCAAAACUACUUUGUCUACUGUAAUGUAUAUUUGGGUCAUCUUUGGCGCCCCCUAAAACGUAAACCGUGGGGUGCAGCGUCAUGAUUUUUACAACUUUGAAUGGCCAUGGAGUGUAGAUUGGCCUGAGCAAAUUUGGUGUCAUUGGGACGAAAGCCUUAGGAGGAGUUAGCGAAAUUCCAAUGUGUGCGAAUCGGCAAAAAAUGCAAAAUAGCCCUUUUACCGUACAUUAUACAGAUACGCGCUCUUUGACUUUUUCAUAGAUCUAAUUGAGAUACACAUGAUUGUCAAUUUUUGUGUCAUUUUGCCAAAGCGUACAGGCGUGACAGUCAACAAUGUGUAUUUUCACCUUAGGGGACAAGAAAAAAUGGACUUUUUUCUCCUGCCAUGGGGGGGCGCUCUUUUAGGGAGUAAAAAUUCCUUCACAAAUGUGUUGAUGGCUGGACAUUGCAUCAUCCUAGAAAACUUGGAGGCCAGUGAGGACAAAAAUAAAAAGUUAUAAGACUUUUAAAAAUGUGGAUUUUUGGGUUAUCUUUGGCGCCCCCUAGAACGUAAACCGUGGGGUGCAGCGUCAUGAUUUGAAUAACUUUUAAUGGCCAUGGGGUGUAAUUUGGCCUGAGCAAAUGUGGUGCCGGUGGAACGAAAGCCUUCGGAGGAGUUAGCGAAAUUCCAAUGUGUGCGGAUCGGCAAAAAAUGCGGAAUAACCCUUUAACCGUACAUUUGACAGAUACGCGCACAUUGACUUUUUCGUAGAUCUUAUUGAGAUACACGUGAUAGUCAAAUUUUGUGUCAAUAUGACAAAGCGUACAGGUGUCACACUCAACAAUGUGAAUUUUCACCUUACGGGACAAGAAAAAAUUGACUUUUUUCUCCUGCCAUGGGGGGGCGCUCUUUUGGGGAGUAAAAAUUCCUUCACAAAUGUGUUGAUGGCUGGACAUUGCAUCAUCCUAGAAAACUUGGAGGCCAGUGAGGGCAAAAAUAAAAAGUUAUAAGACUUUGAAAUAUGUGGAUUUUAGGGUUAUCUUUGGCGCCCCCUAGAACCUAAACCGUGGGGUGCAGCAUAAUGAUUUGAAUAACUUUUAAUGGCCAUGGGGUGUAGAUUGGCCUGAGCAAAUGUGGUGCCGGUGGAACAAAAGCCUUCGGAGGAGUUAGCGAAAUUCCAAUGUGUGCGGAUCGGCAAAAAAUGCGAAAUAACCCUUUAACCGUACAUUUGACAGAUACGCCCGCACUGACUUUUUUGUAGAUCUUAUUGAGAUACAUGUGUGUGUCAAUUUUUGUGUCAUUUUGACAAAGCGUACAGGCGUCAGGUGAAUUUUUCACCUUAGGGGGCGCUAUGGAGCCAUUUUGCAUUGUAUUGUUUGGGCGACUUCAGAAUAUCAAAUUUUUCACCAGGCCCGGUCGUCCUGCCAAAUUUCAUGAGUUUUCGCCAGUGGGAAGUGGGCCAUUUUCCAGUUCAAAGGGGAGGAAAAAGAAAAAAGAAACAAAGAAAAACCACUUGGGGAAUAAUAGGGCUCUCGCAGCUGCUUAGCAGCUACGCUCGGGCCCUAAAGAAGGAAACAUGCAGGAACAAGAGGGCUCUCGCAGCUGCUUAGCAGCUACGCUCGGGCCCUAAAGAAGAAUCCAUCAGGAAUAAUAGGGCUCUCGCAGCUGUAGCUGCUUAGCAGCUACGCUCGGGCCCUAAUAAUAACACUAGGGCCCCGUUGGGGCACUGGCGGGCCCGAGCUGUGUCACGCCGCCCCCAACACGACCGCCUCUCCCUCCCGAUCGCGUCACACUUAAGGUUCAACGAUGGUGUGCGCACUUGUCUGUGGUCAUUUACCAUUAUAAUGAAUGGGAGGCGCAGUUUCUACCAAAACGCUUGCUGCAGACAAACUACAUGUCCUAUUUGAAAAAAGUCUGGACCAUGAGUGAGGGCACAAACACAGCUAGGAUAUAUCCAAAUGGCAAGUUCCUCCUCCUUUUGUUUUUCUCCGAGAGAGCGAUGUGUUUGAGCCAUUGAGGGAUGGGCAGGAAAAACUUGACUUUUUCUCCUGCCAUGGGGGGGCACUCUUUUAGGGAGAAAAAUUCCUUCACAAAUGUGUUGAUGGCUAGACAUUGCAUCAUCCUAGAAAACUUUGAAGCCAGUGAGGACAAAAAUGAAAAGUUAUAAGACUUUUAAGAAUGUGGAUUUUUGGGUUAUCUUUGGCGACCCCUAGAACGUAAACCGUGGGGUGCAGCAUCAUGAUUUGUACAACUUUUAAUGGCCAUGGGGUGUAGAUUGGCCUGAGCAAAUUUGGUGCCGGUGGAACGAAAGCUUUAGGAGGAGUUAGCCACAUUCCAAUGUGUGCGAAUCAACCAAAAAUGCGAAAUAGCCCUUUAACCGUACAUUUUGCAGACACGUGCGCAUUGACUUUUUCGUAGAUCUUAUUGAGAUACACGUGAUUAUCAAAUUUUGUUUCAAUAUGACAAAGCGUACAGGCGUGACACUCAACAAUGUGUAUUUUCACCUUAUAGGACAAGAAAAAAUGGCCUUUUUUCUCCUGCCAUGGGGGGCGCUCUUUUGGGGAGUAAAAAUUCCUUCACAAAUGUGUUGAUGGCUGGACAUUGCAUCAUCCUAGAAAACUUGGAGGCCAGUGAGGACAGAAAUAAAAAGUUAUAAGACUUGUAAGAAUGUGGAUUUUUGGGUUAUCUUUGGCGCCCCCUACAACGUAAACCGUGGGGUGCAGCGUCAUGAUUUGUACAACUUUGAAUGGCCAUGGGGUGUAGAUUGGCCUGAGCAAAUUUGGUGCCGGUGGAACGAAAGCCUUCGGAGGAGUUAGCGAAAUUCCAAUGUGUGCGGAUCGGGAAAAAAUGCGAAAUAGCCCUUUAAACGUACAUUUGACAGAUACGCCCGCACUGACUUUUUUGUAGAUCUUAUUGAGAUACACGUGUGUGUCAAAUUUUGUGUCAUUUUGACAAAGCGUACAGGCGUGACACUCAAUCAUGUGAAUUUUUCACCUUAGGGGGCGCUAUGGAGCCAUUUUGCAUUUGAUUGUUUGGGUGACUUCAGAAUAUCGAAUUUUUCACCAGGCCCGGUCGUCCUGCCAAAUUUCAUGAGUUUUCACCAGUGGGAAGUGGGCCAUUUUCCAGUUCAAAGGGGCAGAAAAAUAAUAAUAAGAAGAAGAAGACUAGGGCCCCGGUGGGGCACUGUCGGGCCCGAGCCGCGUCGCGCCGCCCCCAGUGCGACCGCCUCCCCGUCCCGAUCGAGUCACACUCAAGAACCAAAGAUGGUGUGCGCACUUGUCUGUGGUCAUUUCCCAUUAUAAUGAAUGGGAGGCGCAGUUUCUACCAAAACACUCGCUGCAGACAAACUUCAUGUCCUAUUUGAAAAAAGUCUGGACCAUGAGUGAGGGCACAAACACAGCUAUGAUAUAUCGAAAUGCCAGGUUGCUCCUCCUUACGGUGUUGCCUGGAGAGCGAUGCGAUUGAGCCAUUGAGCGAUGGGCAGGAAAAACUUGACUUUUUCUCCUGCCAUAGGGGGGGGGAUGUGGAUUCUUUUAAGAAUGUGGAUUUUUGGGUCAUCUUUGGCGCCCCCUAGAACGUAAACCGUGGGGUGCAGCGUCAUGAUUUUUACAACUUUGAAUGGCCAUGGGGUGUAGAUUGGCCUGAGCAAAUUUGGUGUCAGUGGGUCGAAAGCCUUAGGAGGAGUUAGCCAUAUCCAAUGUGUGCGAAUCGGCAAAAAAUGCAAAAUAGCCCUUUAACCGUACAUUUGACAGAUACGCGCGAAUUGACUUUUUUGUAGAUCUUAUUGAGAUACAUAUGUGUGUCAAUUUUUGUGUCAAUAUGAUAAAGCGUACAGGCGUGACAGUCAAUAGUGUGAAUUUCCACCUUAGGGGACAAGAAAAAAUUGACUUUUUUCUCCUGCCAUGGGGGGGCGCUCUUUUGGGGAGUAAAAAUUCCUUCACAAAUGUGUUGAUGGCUGGACAUUGCAUCAUCCUAGAAAACUUGGAGGCCAGUGAGGACAAAAAUAAAAAGUUAUAAGACUUUUAAAUAUGUGGAUUUUAGGGUUAUCUUUGGCGCCCCCUAGAACCUAAACCGUGGGAUGCAGCGUCAUGAUUUGAAUAACUUUUAAUGGCCAUGGGGUGUAGAUUGGCCUGAGCAAAUGUGGUGCCGGUGGAACGAAAGCCUUCGGAGGAGUUAGCGAAAUUCCAAUGUGUGCGGAUCGGCAAAAAAUGCGGAAUAACCCUUUAACCGUACAUUUGACAGAUACGCGCGCAUUGACUUUUUCGUAGAUCUUAUUGAGAUACAUGUGUGUGUCAAUUUUUGUGUCAUUUUGCCAAAGCGUACAGGUGUUACACUCAACAAUGUGUAUUUUCACCUUAGGGGACAAGAAAAAAUUGACUUUUUUCUCCUGCCAUGGGGGGCGCUCUUUUGGGGAGUAAAAAUUCCUUCACAAAUGUGUUGAUGGCUGGACAUUGCAUCAUCCUAGAAAACUUGGAGGCCAGUGAGGGCAAAAAUAAAAAGUUAUAAGACUUUUAAAUAUGUGGAUCUUAGGGUUAUCUUUGGCGCCCCCUAGAACCUAAACCUUGGGGUGCAGCGUCAUGAUUUGAAUAACUUUUAAUGGCCAUGGGGUGUAGAUUGGCCUGAGCAAAUGUGGUGCCGGUGGAACGAAAGCCUUCGGAGGAGUUAGCGAAAUUCCAAUGUGUGCGGAUCGGCAAAAAAUGCGAAAUAACCCUUUAACCGUACAUUUGACAGAUACGCCCGCACUGACUUUUUUGUAGAUCUUAUUGAGAUACAUGUGUGUGUCAAUUUUUGUGUCAUUUUGACAAAGCGUACAGGCGUGACAGUCAAUAGUGUGAAUUUUCACCUUAGGGGGCGCUAUGGAGCCAUUUUGCAUUUUCUUGUUUGGGCGACUUCGGAAUAUCAAAUUUUUCACCAGGCCCGGUCGUCCUGCCAAAUUUCCUGAGUUUUCGCCAGUGGGAAGUGGGCCAUUUUCCAGUUCAAAGGGGAGGAAAAAUAAUAAUAACAAACUAGGACCCCGUUGGGGCACUGGCGGGCCCGAGCCGUGUCGCGUCCCCCCCCCAACGCGCUGCCUCCCCGUCCCAUUUGUGUCCUCUGGCCAUCGCCCUCUCUGGUAACGCCCAUCACUGCAAAGACCCUUUUCCUUCAUCGGCGUUUGCUGUUCUUCCUGCCAGUGCGUGUUGCUUUCACUUACACUUGCCACAGCCAGCCUCGUGAGUGCCUAGCCUAUUGGAUAUCACUGUCACCUACACAGGACAGUCAUUACCUUUCUAUUAAUACUUUGUGUUUUAAUUUCACAUUAAUUUCCAUAUUGUAUAAACGACUGGAAAAAACUUGAGCCCCUGCCCCUGUAUAAUCAUGUGCAUGUCUCUGUUCUAGCUCCAAGGUGAAUCUUCACUGCUCAUGUUCUCCUCAGAAGCACUCACCUCACUCCCCUCAGGUUACUGUACACAUGCACCAACUGCCUGCUUCAGGUUUGGAUGGAGCUUCAUGGUUGUCUUUUGGAGAAAUGACCAGUCAAGUUGUGUUUGAAAUUUGAUUUUUUUCAGGGGCAAAAGGAGCCUCUGCAUUCUUGUCAAAUAUGUAAAUAGCAUGUUUUUGCAGGUGCUAAAAACCAGACUCUGAGUGUGUGUGUGUGUGUGUGUGUGUGUGUGUGUGUGCGUGUGUGUGUCUGUGUGUGCGUUCAAGUCACAUGACAUAUUUAACCGGAUGUAGCUGCAAGACGGAGCCUCGUUGACUCUCCGUUUCAACUUAUCUCAAAAGUGAGGACCUCAACCUAUAUACCAGUUUUUAAAUUGUGUUGAUAGGCCAAAUAAAACCAGAGUUAUGAUAAAUUAUGUCCGCGAUACUUUUUUUCUGCUUAUUUUGAUCACGUUCGGCGCUCGAUCGCGCUGUAUGAGACAGGAAAACAUAGCAUGCAGACAUUAGCGACAGGUCUUACAGGCGGAAAAGGCUUGCCAAAAGAAAAAAAAAAACACACCACAACAUCUCUCCUAUUGGUGGAAAACUUCACCACAACAACCAAUCCAAAAUUAUAUGGUGACUGAUUGACAAGGGGCGGGCGCUUACGUUCUUCCUGCAACAUGAGAAGGGAGGGAGGGACUCUCAGCAGGGAUGCAGUCUGGGACACGUAGUUGCAAACCUAGCGACUUUGUUGUUAGAUUCAAUGACUUUUCAGACCCCCUAACGACUUUUUUUUAGAAAGAAAGGGACUUUUAUCGACUUCUUCUGGAGUUUAGAGACUCUGACAUGAAGCAGGCUUUCCUUACUGAGGAGUUAGCAACGCUGCUAAGGGUGCAGAGCCACACAUGCGCUCAGAGCUCUGCAUGGGAGACUGAAGCUGACAGAGCUGCAGCAGUUAGCAGGUUUCACCCUCAGAGACCACCAGGGGUUCAUGUUGAGGCAUUUUAAUUUUUUUUUUUUUUUGUGCCAUAGACACUGUCAGCACAAUCUGCAGUUACACUAACAAAAAUGCUGCAAAAAACAAAGAAUUAUGGAAAAAUUACACAUGGACUGACAUACAGGAGGAUCUACACAAGUUUUUUACAUCAUGUUUUACAUCAUGCAUCAUUUACAUCAUGUUUUUUUGUAGUGGCAUAAAUAAAAAGUGACAUUUGUGAGACUAUACAGUGUUUUGUAAAUAAUUUUACAAAGAACGCCUGGGCCAUUGCCUGCAUUUUGAUGUAAAUAGAGGUAAAUCACUAUGUUCUUUGUUAAAAAUUUGCAUAUGUUUUGAAGUUUACAAUUUUUAUUUGAAGUUUAAGUUUUAAAAACAGUUCAUCACACAUAUUUGUGGUUUUCACAGUAAAAAUGUUACUUUUUUCCACUCUGAUUUUAUGUUUUGUGUGUGAAUUUGGGUCCAUUGUGUAAAUUCAGUAUGUCAACAUGAUAAAAUAACUGUAAAUUCGCACAGGUGAGGUUGUGCUGAAAAAAAUGAUACCAGGCAAGGCACGUGAUUGUCAAAUUUUGUGUCAAUAUGACAAAGCGUAUAGGCGUGAAUCUCAACAAUAUGUAUUUUCACCUUAGGGGACAAGAAAAAAUGGACUUUUUCUCCUGCCAUGGGGGGGCGCUCUUUUGGGGAGUAAAAAUUCCUUCACAAAUGUGUUGAUGGCUGGACAUUGCAUCAUCCUAGAAAACUUGGAGGCCAGUGAGGACAAAAAUAAAAAGUUAUAAGACUUUUAAAUAUGUGGAUUUUAGGGUUAUCUUUGGCGCCCCCUAGAACCUAAACCGUGGGGUGCAGCGUCAUGAUUUUGAUAACUUUUAAUGGCCAUGGGGUGUAGAUUGGCCUGAGCAAAUGUGGUGCCGGUGGAACGAAAGCCUUAGGAGGAGUUAGCCACAUUCCAAUGUGUGCGGAUCGGCAAAAAAUGCGGAAUAACCCUUUAACCGUACAUUUGACAGAUACGCGCGCAUUGACUUUUUCGUAGAUCUUAUUGAGUUACAUGUGUGUGUCAAUUUUUGUGUCAUUUUGACAAAGCGUAUAGGCGUGACACUCAACAAUGUGUAUUUUCACCUUAGGGGACAAGAAAAAAUGGACUUUUUUCUCCUGCCAUGGGGGGGCGCUCUUUUGGGGAGUAAAAAUUCCUUCACAAAUGUGUUGAUGGCUGGACAUUGCAUCAUCCUAGAAAACUUGGAGGCCAGUGAGGACAAAAAUAAAAAGUUAUAAGACUUUUAAAUAUGUGGAUUUUAGGGUUAUCUUUGGCGCCCCCUAGAACCUAAACCGUGGGGUGCAGCGUCAUGAUUUGAAUAACUUUUAAUGGCCAUGGGGUGUAGAUUGGCCUGAGCAAAUGUGGUGCCGGUGGAACGAAAGCCUUCGGAGGAGUUAGCGAAAUUCCAAUGUGUGCGGAUCGGCAAAAAAUGCGAAAUAACCCUUUAACCGUACAUUUGACAGAUACGCGCGCAUUGACUUUUUCGUAGAUCUUAUUGAGAUACAUGUGUGUGUCAAUUUUUGUGUCAUUUUGACAAAGCGUAUAGGCGUGACACUCAACAAUGUGUAUUUUCACCUUAGGGGACAAGAAAAAAUGGACUUUUUUCUCCUGCCAUGGGGGGGCGCUCUUUUGGGGAGUAAAAAUUCCUUCACAAAUGUGUUGAUGGCUGGACAUUGCAUCAUCCUAGAAAACUUGGAGGCCAGUGAGGACAAAAAUAAAAAGUUAUAAGACUUUUAAAUAUGUGGAUUUUAGGGUUAUCUUUGGCGCCCCCUAGAACCUAAACCGUGGGGUGCAGCGUCAUGAUUUUGAUAACUUUUAAUGGCCACGGGGUGUAGAUUUGCCUGAGCAAAUGUGGUGCCGGUGGAACGAAAGCCUUCGGAGGAGUUAGCGAAAUUCCAAUGUGUGCGGAUCGGCAAAAAAUGCGAAAUAACCCUUUAACCGUACAUUUGACAGAUACGCCCGCACUGACUUUUUUGUAGAUCUUAUUGAGAUACAUGUGUGUGUCAAUUUUUGUGUCAUUUUGACAAAGCGUACAGGCGUGACAGUCAAUAGUGUGAAUUUUCACCUUAGGGGGCGCUAUGGAGCCAUUUUGCAUUUUAUUGUUUUGGCGACUUCAGAAUAUCAAAUUUUUCACCAGGCCCGGUCGUCCUGCCAAAUUUCAUGAGUUUUCGCCAGUGGGAAGUGGGCCAUUUUCCAGUUCAAAGGGGAGGAAAAAGAAAAAAGAAAGAAAGAAACAAAGAAAAACCACUUGGGGAAUAAUAGGGCCUACGCCCGGCUGCUCUGCAGCUGGCUCGGGCCCUAAAGAAGGAAACUACAGGAACAAGAGGGCUCUCGCAGCUGCUUAGCAGCUACGCUCGGGCCCUAAAGAAGAAAGAAGAAUCCAUCAGGAAUAAUAGGGCUCUCGCAGCUGCUUAGCAGCUACGCUCGGGCCCUAACUAGGGCCCCGUUGGGGCACUGGCGGGCCCGAGCCGUGUCGCGCCGCCCCCAGCGCGACCGCCUACCCCUCCCGAUCGCGUCACACUCAAGGUCCAAAGAUGGUGUGCGCACUUGUCUGUGGUCAUUUACCAUUAUAAUGAAUGGGAGGCGCAGUUUCUACCAAAACGCUCGCUGCAGACAAACUCCAUGUCCUUUUUGAAAAAAGUCUGGACCAUGAGUGAGGGCACAAACACAGCUAGUAUAUAUCCAAAUGGCAAGUUGCUCCUCCUUUCGGUUUGCCGAGAGAGCGAUGCGUUUGAGCCAUUGAGCGAUGGGCAGGAAAAACUUGACUUUUUCUCCUGCCAUGGGGGGGCGCUCUUUUGGGGAGAAAAAAUUCCUUCACAAAUGUGUUGAUGGCUGGACAUUGCAUCAUCCUAGAAAACUUGGAGGCCAGUGAGGACAAAAAUAAAAAGUUAUAAGACUUUUAAAAAUGUGGAUAUUUGGGUCCUCUUUGGCGCCCCCUAGAACGUAAACUGUGGGGUGCAGCGUCAUGAUUUGUACUACUUUGAAUGGCCAUGGGGUGUAGAUUGACCUGAGCAAAUUUGAAGCCGAUGGGACAAAAGAUUUAGGAGGAGUUAGCCACAUUCCAAUGUGUGCGAAUCGGCAAAAAAUGCGAAAUAGCCCUUUAACCGUACAUUGAACAGAUACGCUCGCAUUGACUUUUUCGUAGAUCUUAUUGAGAUACAUGUGUGUGUCAAAUUUUGUGUCAUUUUGACAAAGCGUAAAGGCGUGACAGUCAACAAUGUGUAUUUUCGCCUUAGGAGACAAGAAAAAAUGGACUUUUUUCUCCUGCCAUGGGGGGCGCUCUUUUGGCGAGUAAAAAUUCCUUCACAAAUGUGUUGAUGGCUGGACAUUGCAUCAUCCUAGAGAACUUGGAGGCCAGUGAGGACAAAAAUAAAAAGUUAUAAGACUUUUAAGACUGUGGAUUUUUGGGUUAUCUUUGGCGCCCCCUAGAACGUAAACCGUGGGGUGCAGCGUCAUGAUUUGUACAACUUUUAAUGGCCAUGGGGUGUAGAUUGGCCUGAGCAAAUGUGGUGCCGGUGGAACGAAAGCCUUCGGAGGAGUUAGCGAAAUUCCAAUGUGUGCGGAUCGGCAAAAAAUGCGAAAUAACCCUUUAACCGUACAUUUGACAGAUACGCCCGCACUGACUUUUUUGUAGAUCUUAUUGAGAUACAUGUGUGUGUCAAUUUUUGUGUCAAUAUGACAAAGCGUAAAGGCGUGACAGUCAAUAGUGUGAAUUUUCACCUUAGGGGGCGCUAUGGAGCCAUUUUGCAUUUUAUUGUUUGGGCGACUUCAGAAUAUCGAAUUUUUCACCAGGCCCAUUCGUCCUGCCAAAUUUCAUGAGUUUUCGCCAGUGGGAAGUGGGCCAUUUUCCCCUUCAAAGGGGAGGAAAAAUAAGAAGAACUAGGGCCCCGUUGGGGCACUGGCGGGCCCGAGCCGUGUCGCACCCCCCCCCCCCCCAACGCGCUGCCUCCCCGUCCCAUUCGUGUCCUCUGGCCAUCGCCCUCUCUGGUAACGCCCAUCACUGCAAAGACCCUUUUCCUUCAUCGGCGUUUGCUGUUCUUCCUGCCAGUGCGUGUUGCUUUCACUUACACUUGCCACAGCCAGCCUCGUGAGUGCCUAGCCUAUUGGAUAUCACUGUCACCUACACAGGACAGUCAUACUUUGUUUUUUAAUUUCACAUUAAUUUCCAUAUUGUAUAAACGACUGGAAAAAACUUGAGCCCCUGCCCCUGUAUUAUCAUGUGCACGUCCCUGUUCUAGCUCCAAGGUGAAUCUUCAGUGCUCAUGUUCUCCUCAGAAGCAGUCACCUCACUCCCCUCAGGUUACUGUACACAUGCACCAACUGCCUGCUUCAGGUUUGGAUGGAGCUUCAUGGUUGUCUUUUGGAGAAAUGACCAGUCAAGUUGUGUUUGAAAUCUGAUUUUUUUCAGGGGCAAAAGGAAGCCUCCGCAUUCUUGUCAAAUAUUUAAAUAGCAUGUUUUUGCUGGUGCUAAAAAACAGACUCUGAGUGUGUGUGUGUGUGUGUGUGUGUGUGUGUGUGUGUGUGUGUGUGUGUGUGUGUGUGUGUGUGUGUGUCUGUGUGUGUGUGUGUGUGUGUAUCCUGCAGUACUCUGAGAAGAAUAAUAAGCAUAUUUCUGAGGUGAAUUUUGAAGAUUCAUCUGAGAGUUAGGUUUGAUUCGAUUCGAUUGACGCUCCCCAGCGUUCAAGUCACAUGACAUAUUUAACUGGAUGUAGCUGCAAGAAGGAGCCUCGUUAACUCUCCGUUUCAACUUAUCUCAAAAGUGAGGACCUCAACCUAUAUACCAGUUUUUAAAUUGUGUUGAUAGGCCAAAUAAAACCAGAGUUAUGAUAAAUUAUGUCCGCGAUACUUUUUUUCUGCUUAUUUUGAUCACGUUCGGCGCUCGAUCGUGCUGUAUGAGACAGGAAAACAUUGCAUGCACACAUUAGUGACAGGUCAUACAGGCGGAAAAGGCUUGCCAAAAAAAAAAAAAAACACACCACAACAUCUCUCCUAUUGGUGGAAAACUUCACCACAACAACCAAUCCAAAAUUAUAUGGUGACUGAUUGACAAGGGGCGGGCGCUUACGUUCUUCCUGCAACAUGAGAAGGGAGGGAGGGACUCUCAGCAGGGAUGCAGUCUGGGACACGUAGUUGCAAACCUAGCGACUUUGUUGUUAGAUUCAAUGACUUUUCAGACCCCCUAACGACUUUUUUUUAGAAAGAAAGGGACUUUUAUCGACUUCUUCUGGAGUUUAGAGACUCUGACAUGAAGCAGGCUUUCCUUACUGAGGAGUUAGCAACGCUGCUAAGGGUGCAGAGCCACACAUGCGCUCCGAGCUCUGCAUGGGAGACAGAAGCUGACAGAGCUGCAGCAGUUAGCAGGUUUCACCCUCAGAGACCACCAGGGGUUCAUGUUGAGGCAUUUUCAGUUUUUUUUUUUUUGCCAUAGACAGUCAGCACAAUCUGCAGUUACACUAACAAAAAUGCUGCAAAAAACAAAGAAUUAUGGAAAAAUUACACAUGGACUGACAUAGAGGAGGAUCUACACAAGUUUUUUACAUCAUGUUUUACAUCAUGCAUCAUUUACAUCAUGUUUUUUUUGUAGUGGCAUAAAUAAAAAGUGACAUUUGUGAGACUAUACAGUGUUUUGUAAAUAAUUUUACAAAGAACGCCUGGGCCAUUGCCUGCAUUUUGAUGUAAAUAGAGGUAAAUUACUAUGUUCUUUGUUAAAAAUUUGCAUAUGUUUUGAAGUUUACAAUUUUUAUUUGAAGUUUAAGUUUUAAAAACAGUUCAUCACACAUAUUUGUGGUUUAAUUUCACAUUAAUUUCCAUAUUGUAUAAAUGACUGGAAAAAACUUGAGCCCCUGCCCCUGUAUAAUCAUGUGCACGUUCCUGUUCUAGCUCCAAGGUGAAUCUUCACUGCUCAUGUUCUCCUCAGAAAUAGUCACCUCACUCUCCUCAGGUUACUGUACACAUGCACCAACUAUCUGCUUCAGGUUUGGAUGGAGCUUCAUGGUUGUCUUUUGGAGAAAUGAACAGUCAAGUUGUGUUUGAAAUCUGAUUUUUUUCAGGGGCAAAAGGAAGCCUCUGCAUUCUUGUCAAAUAUGUAAACAGCAUGUUUUUGCAGGUGCUAAAAAACAGACUCUGAGUGUGUGUGUGUGUGUGUGUGUGUGUGUGUGUGUGUGUGUAUAUGUGUGUGUAUCCUGCAGUACUCUGUACUCCUGCAGUGGCCAAAAAGACUUUUAAGAAUGUGGAUUUUUGGGUCAUCUUUGGCGCCCCCUAGAACUGCAGUACUCUGUACUCCUGCAGUGGCCAAAAUGACUUUUAAGAAUGUGGAUUUUUGGGUCAUCUUUGGCGCCCCCUAGAACGUAAACCGUGGGGUGCAGCGUCAUGAUUUUUACAACUUUGAAUGGGCAUGGGGUGUAGAUUGGCCUGAGCAAAUUUGGUAUCGGUGGGACGAAAGCCUUAGGAGGAGAUAGCCACAUUCCAAUGUGUGCGAAUCAACCAAAAAUGCGAAAUAGCCCUUUAACCGUACAUUUUGCAGACACGUGCGCAUUGACUUUUUCGUAGAUCUUAUUGAGAUACACGUGAUUAUCAAAUUUUGUUUCAAUAUGACAAAGCGUACAGGCGUGACACUCAACAAUGUGUAUUUUCACCUUAUAGGACAAGAAAAAAUGGCCUUUUUUCUCCUGCCAUGGGGGGGCGCUCUUUUGGGGAGUAAAAAUUCCUUCACAAAUGUGUUGAUGGCUGGACAUUGCAUCAUCCUAGAAAACUUGGAGGCCAGUGAGGACAAAAAUAAAAAGUUAUAAGACUUGUAAGAAUGUGGAUUUUUGGGUUAUCUUUGGCGCCCCCUACAACGUAAACCGUGGGGUGCAGCGUCAUGAUUUGUACAACUUUGAAUGGCCAUGGGGUGUAGAUUGGCCUGAGCAAAUUUGGUGCCGGUGGAACGAAAGCCUUCGGAGGAGUUAGCGAAAUUCCAAUGUGUGCGGAUCGGCAAAAAAUGCGAAAUAGCCCUUUAAACGUACAUUUGACAGAUACGCCCGCACUGACUUUUUUGUAGAUCUUAUUGAGAUACACGUGUGUGUCAAAUUUUGUGUCAUUUUGACAAAGUGUACAGCCGUCAUGUGAAUUUUCACCUUAGGGGGCGCUAUGGAGCCAUUUUGCAUUUUAUUGUUUAAGCGACUUCAGAAUAUCGAAUUUUUCACCAGGCCCGGUCGUCCUGCCAAAUUUCCUGAGUUUUCGCCAGUGGGAAGUGGGCCAUUUUCCAGUUUAAAGCGGAGGAAAAAUAAUAACGAAAGAAGGAAACAUGCAGGAACAAGAGGGCUCUCGCAGCUGCUUAGCAGCUACGCUCGGGCCCUAACUAGGGCCCCGUUGGGGCACUGGCGGGCCCGAGCCGUCGCCCCCCCCCCCCCCCCCCCCCCAACGCGCUGCCUCCCCGUCCCAUUCUUGGCCUUUGGCCAUCGCCCUCUCUGGUAACGCCCAUCACUGCAAAAACCCUUUUCCUUCAUCGGCGUUUGCUGUUCUUCCUGCCAGUGCGUGUUGCUUUCACUUACACUUGCCACAGCCAGCCUCGUGAGUGCCUAGCCUAUUGGAUAUCACUGUCACCUACACAGGACAGUCAUUACCUUUCUAUUAAUACUUUGUGUUUUAAUUUCACAUUAAUUUCCAUAUUGUAUAAACGACUGGAAAAAACUUGAGCCCCUGCCCCUGUAUAAUCAUGUGCACGUCUCUGUUCUAGCUCUAAGGUGAAUCUUCACUGCUCAUGUUCUCCUCAGAAGCAGUCACCUCACUCCCCUCAGGUUACUGUACACAUGCACCGACUGCCUGCUUCAGGUUUGGAUGGAGCUUCAUGGUUGUCUUUUGGAGAAAUGACCAGUCAAGUUGUGUUUGAAAUUUGAUUUUUUUCAGGGGCAAAAGGAGCCUCUGCAUUCUUGUCAAAUAUGUAAAUAGCAUGUUUUUGCAGGUGCUAAAAACCAGACUCUGAGUGUGUGUGUGUGCGUGUGUGUGUGUGUGUCUGUGUGUGUGUGUGUGUGUGUGUGUGUGUGUGUGUGUGUGUGUGUGUGUGCGUUCAAGUCACAUGACAUAUUUAACCGGAUGUAGCUGCAAGACGGAGCCUCGUUGACUCUCCGUUUCAACUUAUCUCAAAAGUGAGGACCUCAACCUAUAUACCAGUUUUUAAAUUGUGUUGAUAGGCCAAAUAAAACCAGAGUUAUGAUAAAUUAUGCCCGCGAUACUUGUUUUCUGCUUAUUUUGAUCACGUUCGGCGCUCGAUCGCGCUGUAUGAGAAAGGAAAACAUAGCAUGCAGACAUUAGCGACAGGUCUUACAGGCGGAAAAGGCUUGCCAAAAGAAAAAAAAACACACCACAACAUCUCUCCUAUUGGUGGAAAACUUCACCACAACAACCAAUCCAAAAUUAUAUGGUGACUGAUUGACAAGGGGCGGGUGCUUACGUUCUUCCUGCAACAUGAGAAGGGAGGGAGGGACUCUCAGCAGGGAUGCAGUCUGGGACACGUAGUUGCAAACCUAGCGACUUUGUUGUUAGAUUCAAUGACUUUUCAGACCCCCUAACGACUUUUUUUUAGAAAGAAAGGGACUUUUAUCUACUUCUUCUGGAGUUUAGAGACUCUGACAUGAAGCAGGCUUUCCUUACUGAGGAGUUAGCAACGCUGCUAAGGGUGCAGAGCCACACAUGCGCUCAGAGCUCUGCAUGGGAGACUGAAGCUGACAGAGCUGCAGCAGUUAGCAGGUUUCACCCUCAGAGACCACCAGGGGUUCAUGUUGAGGCAUUUUAAUUUUUUUUUUUUUUGUGCCAUAGACACUGUCAGCACAAUCUGCAGUUACACUAACAAAAAUGCUGCAAAAAACAAAGAAUUAUGGAAAAAUUACACAUGGACUGACAUAGAGGAGGAUCUACACAAGUUUUUUACAUCAUGUUUUACAUCAUGCAUCAUUUACAUCAUGUUUUUUUGUAGUGGCAUAAAUAAAAAGUGACAUUUGUGAGACUAUACAGUGUUUUGUAAAUAAUUUUACAAAGAACGCCUGGGCCAUUGCCUGCAUUUUGAUGUAAAUAGAGGUAAAUCACUAUGUUCUUUGUUAAAAAUUUGCAUAUGUUUUGAAGUUUACAAUUUUUAUUUGAAGUUUAAGUUUUAAAAACAGUUCAUCACACAUAUUUGUGGUUUUCACAGUAAAAAUGUUACUUUUUUCCACUCGGAUUUUAUGUUUUGUGUGUGAAUUUGGGUCCAUUGUGUAAAUUCAGUAUGUCAACAUGAUAAAAUAACUGUAAAUUCGCACAGGUGAGGUUGUGCUGAAAAAAAUGAUACCAGGCAAGGCACGUGAUUGUCAAAUUUUGUGUCAAUAUGACAAAGUGUAUAGGCGUGAAUCUCAACAAUAUGUAUUUUCACCUUAAGGGACAAGAAAAAAUGGACUUUUUUCUCCUGCCAUGGGGGGGCGCUCUUUUGGGGAGUAAAAAUUCCUUCACAAAUGUGUUGAUGGCUGGACAUUGCAUCAUCGUAGAAAACUUGGAGGCCAGUGAGGACAAAAAUAAAAAGUUAUAAGACUUUUAAAUAUGUGGAUUUUAGGGUUAUCUUUGGCGCCCCCUAGAACCUAAACCGUGGGGUGCAGCGUCAUGAUUUUGAUAACUUUUAAUGGCCAUGGGGUGUAGAUUGGCCUGAGCAAAUGUGGUGCCGGUGGAACGAAAGCCUUAGGAGGAGUUAGCCACAUUCCAAUGUGUGCGGAUCGGCAAAAAAUGCGGAAUAACCCUUUAACCGUACAUUUGACAGAUACGCGCGCAUUGACUUUUUCGUAGAUCUUAUUGAGAUACAUGUGUGUGUCAAUUUUUGUGUCAUUUUGACAAAGCGUAUAGGCGUGACACUCAACAAUGUGUAUUUUCACCUUAGGGGACAAGAAAAAAUGGACUUUUUUCUCCUGCCAUGGGGGGGCGCUCUUUUGGGGAGUAAAAAUUCCUUCACAAAUGUGUUGAUGGCUGGACAUUGCAUCAUCCUAGAAAACUUGGAGGCCAGUGAGGACAAAAAUAAAAAGUUAUAAGACUUUUAAAAAUGUGGAUAUUUGGGUCCUCUUUGGCACCCCCUAGAACGUAAACCGUGGGGUGCAGCGUCAUGAUUUGUACAACUUUGAAUGGCCAUGGGGUGUAGAUUGACCUGAGCAAAUUUGAAGCCGAUGGGACAAAAGCUUUAGGAGGAGUUAGCCACAUUCCAAUGUGUGCGAAUCGGCAAAAAAUGCGAAAUAGCCCUUUAACCGUACAUUUGACAGAUACGCCCGCACUGACUUUUUUGUAGAUCUUAUUGAGAUACAUGUGUGUGUCAAAUUUUGUGUCAUUUUGACAAAGCGUAAAGGCGUGACAGUCAACAAUGUGUAUUUUCGCCUUAGGAGACAAGAAAAAAUGGACUUUUUUCUCCUGCCAUGGGGGGGGCGCUCUUUUGGCGAAUAAAAAUUCCUUCACAAAUGUGUUGAUGGCUGGACAUUGCAUCAUCCUAGAGAACUUGGAGGCCAGUGAGGACAAAAAUAAAAAGUUAUAAGACUUUUAAGACUGUGGAUAUUUGGGUUAUCUUUGGCGCCCCCUAGAACGUAAACCGUGGGGUGCAGCAUCAUGAUUUGUACAACUUUUAAUGGCCAUGGGGUGUAGAUUGGCCUGAGCAAAUGUGGUGCUGGUGGAACGAAAGCCUUCGGAGGAGUUAGCGAAAUUCCAAUGUGUGCGGAUCGGCAAAAAAUGCAAAAUAACCCUUUAACCGUACAUUUGACAGAUACGCCCGCACUGACUUUUUUGUAGAUCUUAUUGAGAUACAUGUGUAUGUCAAUUUUUGUGUCAAUAUGACAAAGCGUAAAGGCGUGACAGUCAAUAGUGUGAAUUUUCGCCUUAGGAGACAAGAAAAAAUGGACUUUUUUCUCCUGCCAUGGGGGGGCGCUCUUUUGGGGAGUAAAAAUUCCUUCACAAAUGUGUUGAUGGCUGGACAUUGCAUCAUCCUAGAGAACUUGGAGGCCAGUGAGGACAAAAAUAAAAAGUUAUAAGACUUUUAAGACUGUGGAUUUUUGGGUUAUCUUUGGCGCCGCCUAGAACGUAAACCGUGGGGUGCAGCGUCAUGAUUUGUACAACUUUUAUUGGCCAUGGGGUGUAGAUUGGCCUGAGCAAAUGUGGUGCCGGUGGAACGAAAGCCUUCGGAGGAGUUAGCGAAAUUCCAAUGUGUGCGGAUCGGCAAAAAAUGCGAAAUAACCCUUUAUCCGUACAUUUGACAGAUACGCCCGCACUGACUUUUUUGUAGAUCUUAUUGAUAUACAUGUGUGUGUCAAUUUUUGUGUCAAUAUGACAAAGCGUAAAGGCGUGACAGUCAAUAGUGUGAAUUUUCACCUUAGGGGGCGCUAUGGAGCCAUUUUGCAUUUUAUUGUUUGGGCGACUUCAGAAUAUCGAAUUUUUCACCAGGCCCGGUCGUCCUGCCAAAUUUCAUGAGUUUUCGCCAGUGGGAAGUGGGCCAUUUUCCAGUUUAAAGCGGAGGAAAAAUAAUAAUAAUAAUAAUAAUAACAAAAGAAGAAUCCAUCAGGAACAAGAGGGCUCUCGCAGCUGCUUAGCAGCUACGCUCGGGCCCUAAAGAAAGAAAGAAAGAAAGAAAGAAAGAAAGAAGAAAGAAAAACCUUUACAGGAAUAAUAGGGCUCUACGCCCGGCUGCUCUGCAGCUGGCUCGGGCCCUAACUAGGGCCCCGGUGGGGCACUGUCGGGCCCGAGCCGUGUCGCGCCGCCCCCAGCGCGACCGCCUCCCCCUCCCGAUCGCGUCACACUCAAGGUCCAAAGAUGGUGUGCGCACUUGUCUGUGGUCAUUUCCCAUUAUAAUGAAUGGGAGGCGCAGUUUCUACCAAAACACUCGCUGCAGACAAACUACAUGUCCUAUUUGAAAAAAGUCUGGACCAUGAGUGAGGGCACAAACACAGCUAGGACAUAUCCAAAUGGCAAGUUGCUCCUCCUUACGGUGUAUCCGGGAGAGCGAUGCGAUUGAGCCAUUGAGCAAUGGGCAGGAAAAACUUGACUUUUCCUCCUGCCUUGGGGGGAGGGGGGGGAUGUGGAUUCUUUUAAGAAUGUGGAUAUUUGGGUCAUCUUUGGCGCCCCCUAGAACGUAAACCGUGGGGUGCAGCGUCAUGAUUUUUACAACUUUGAAUGGCCAUGGGAUGUAGAUCGGCUUGAGCAAAUUUGGUGUCGGUGGAUGAAAGCCUUAGGAGGAGUUAGCGAAAUUCCAAUGUGUGCGGAUCGGGAAAAAAUGCGAAAUAGCCCUUUGACCGUACAUUUUACAGAUACGUGCACAUUGACUUUUUCGUAGAUCUUAUUGAGAUACAUGUGUGUGUCAAAUUUUGUGUCAUUUUGACAAAGCGUAUAGGCGUGACAGUCAACAAUGUGUUUUUUCACCUUAGGAGACAAGAAAAAAUUGACUUUUUUCUCCUGCCAUGGGGGGGCGCUCUUUUCGAGAGUAAAAAUUCCUUUACAAAUGUGUUGAUGGCUGGACAUUGCAUCAUCCUAGAAAACUUGGAGGCCAGUGAGGACAAAAAUAAAAAGUUAUAAGACUAUUAAGAAUGUGGAUUUUUGGGUUAUGUUUGGCGCCCCCUAGAACCUAAACCGUGGAGUGCAGCGUCAUGAUUUGUACAACUUUGAAUGGCCAUGGGGUGUAGAUUGGCCUGAGCAAAUUUGUUGGCGGUAGAACGAAAGCCUUCGGAGGAGUUAGCGAAAUUCCAAUGUGUGCGGAUCGGGAAAAAAUGCGAAAUAACCCUUUAACCGUACAUUUUACAGAUACGUGUCCAUUGACUUUUUCGUAGAUCUUAUUGAGAUACACGUGAUUGUCAAAUUUUGGGUCAAUAUGACAAAGCGUAUAGGCGUGAUACUCAACAAUGUGUAUUUUCACCUUAGGUGACAAGAAAAAAUGGACUUUUUUCUCCUGCCAUGGGGGGGCGCUCUUUUGGGGAGUAAAAAUUCCUUCACAAAUGUGUUGUUGGCUGGACAUUGCAUCAUCCUAGAAAACUUGGAGGCCAUUGAGGACAAAAAUACAAAGUUAUAAGACUUUUAAGACUGUGGAUUUUUGGGUUAUCUUUGGCGCCCCCUAGAACGUAAACCGUGGGGUGCAGCGUUAUGAUUUGUACAACUUUUAAUGGCCAUGGGGUGUAGAUUGGCCUGAGCAAAUGUGUUGCCGGUGGAACGAAUGCCUUCGGAGGAGUUAGCGAAAUUCCAAUGUGUGCCGAUCGGCAAAAAUGCGAAAUAAACCUUUAACCGUACAUUUUACAGAUACGUGUCCAUUGACUUUUUCGUAGAUCUUAUUGAGAUACACGUGAUUGUCAAAUUUUGGGUCAAUAUGACAAAGCGUAUAGGCGUGAUACUCAACAAUGUGUAUUUUCACCUUAGGUGACAAGAAAAAAUGGACUUUUUUCUCCUGCCAUGGGGGGGCGCUCUUUUGGGGAGUAAAAAUUCCUUCACAAAUGUGUUGUUGGCUGGACAUUGCAUCAUCCUAGAAAACUUGGAGGCCAUUGAGGACAAAAAUACAAAGUUAUAAGACUUUUAAGACUGUGGAUUUUUGGGUUAUCUUUGGCGCCCCCUAGAACGUAAACCGUGGGGUGCAGCAUUAUGAUUUGUACAACUUUUAAUGGCCAUGGGGUGUAGAUUGGCCUGAGCAAAUGUGUUGCCGGUGGAACGAAUGCCUUCGGAGGAGUUAGCGAAAUUCCAAUGUGUGCAGAUCUGCAAAAAAUGCGAAAUAACCCUCUAACCGUACAUUUCACAGAUGCGCCCGCACUGACUUUUUCGUAGACCGUAUAGCGAUACACGUGUGUGUCAAUUUUUGUGUCAAUAUGACAAAGCGUACAGGCGUGACAGUCAAUAGUGUGAAUUUUCACCUUAGGGGGCGCUAUGGAGCCAUUUUGCAUUUUAUUGUUUGGGCGACUUCAGAAUAUCGAAUUUUUCACCAGGCCCGGUCGUCCUGCCAAAUUUCAUGAGUUUUCGCCAGUGGGAAGUGGGCCAUUUUCCAGUUUAAAGCGGAGGAAAAAUAAUAAUAAUAAUAACUAGGGCCCCGGUGGGGCACUGUCGGGCCCGAGCCGCGUCGCGCCGCCCCCAGCGCGACCGCCUCCCCCUCCCGAUCGCGUCACACUCAAGGUCCAAAGAUGGUGUGCGCACUUGUCUGUGGUCAUUUCCCAUUAUAAUGAAUGGGAGGCGCAGUUUCUACCAAAACACUCGCUGCAGACAAACUACAUGUCCUAUUUGAAAAAAGUCUGGACCAUGAGUGAGGGCACAAACACAGCUAGGACAUAUCCAAAUGGCAAGUUGCUCCUCCUUACGGUGUAUCCGGGAGAGCGAUGCGAUUGAGCCAUUGAGCAAUGGGCAGGAAAAACUUGACUUUUCCUCCUGCCUUGGGGGGAGGGGGGGGAUGUGGAUUCUUUUAAGAAUGUGGAUAUUUGGGUCAUCUUUGGCGCCCCCUAGAACGUAAACCGUGGGGUGCAGCGUCAUGAUUUUUACAACUUUGAAUGGCCAUGGGAUGUAGAUCGGCUUGAGCAAAUUUGGUGUCAGUGGAUGAAAGCCUUAGGAGGAGUUAGCGAAAUUCCAAUGUGUGCGGAUCGGGAAAAAAUGCGAAAUAGCCCUUUGACCGUACAUUUUACAGAUACGUGCACAUUGACUUUUUCGUAGAUCUUAUUGAGAUACACGUGUGUGUCAAAUUUUGUGUCAUUUUGACAAAGCGUAUAGGCGUGACAGUCAACAAUGUGUUUUUUCACCUUAGGAGACAAGAAAAAAUUGACUUUUUUCUCCUGCCAUGGGGGGGCGCUCUUUUCGAGAGUAAAAAUUCCUUUACAAAUGUGUUGAUGGCUGGACAUUGCAUCAUCCUAGAAAACUUGGAGGCCAUUGAGGACAAAAAUACAAAGUUAUAAGACUUUUAAGACUGUGGAUUUUUGGGUUAUCUUUGGCGCCCCCUAGAACGUAAACCGUGGGGUGCAGCGUUAUGAUUUGUACAACUUUUAAUGGCCAUGGGGUGUAGAUUGGCCUGAGCAAAUGUGUUGCCGGUGGAACGAAUGCCUUCGGAGGAGUUAGCGAAAUUCCAAUGUGUGCCGAUCGGCAAAAAUGCGAAAUAAACCUUUAACCGUACAUUUUACAGAUACGUGUCCAUUGACUUUUUCGUAGAUCUUAUUGAGAUACACGUGAUUGUCAAAUUUUGGGUCAAUAUGACAAAGCGUAUAGGCGUGAUACUCAACAAUGUGUAUUUUCACCUUAGGUGACAAGAAAAAAUGGACUUUUUUCUCCUGCCAUGGGGGGGCGCUCUUUUGGGGAGUAAAAAUUCCUUCACAAAUGUGUUGUUGGCUGGACAUUGCAUCAUCCUAGAAAACUUGGAGGCCAUUGAGGACAAAAAUACAAAGUUAUAAGACUUUUAAGACUGUGGAUUUUUGGGUUAUCUUUGGCGCCCCCUAGAACGUAAACCGUGGGGUGCAGCGUUAUGAUUUGUACAACUUUUAAUGGCCAUGGGGUGUAGAUUGGCCUGAGCAAAUGUGUUGCCGGUGGAACGAAUGCCUUCGGAGGAGUUAGCGAAAUUCCAAUGUGUGCAGAUCUGCAAAAAAUGCGAAAUAACCCUCUAACCGUACAUUUCACAGAUGUGCCCGCACUGACUUUUUCGUAGACCGUAUAGCGAUACACGUGUGUGUCAAUUUUUGUGUCAAUAUGACAAAGCGUACAGGCGUGACAGUCAAUAGUGUGAAUUUUCACCUUAGGGGGCGCUAUGGAGCCAUUUUGCAUUUUAUUGUUUGGGCGACUUCAGAAUAUCGAAUUUUUCACCAGGCCCGGUCGUCCUGCCAAAUUUCAUGAGUUUUCGCCAGUGGGAAGUGGGCCAUUUUCCCCUUCAAAGGGGAGGAAAAAUAAGAAGAAAGAAAGAAAGAAAGAAGAAAGAAAAACCACUACAGGAAUAAUAGGGCUCUACGCCCGGCUGCUCUGCAGCUGGCUCGGGCCCUAAUAAUAAUAAUAAUAACAAAAGAAGAAUCCAUCAGGAACAAGAGGGCUCUCGCAGCUGCUUAGCAGCUACGCUCGGGCCCUAAAGAAACAAAGAAAAACCACUAGAGGAACAACAGGGCCUACGCCCGGCUGCUCUGCAGCUGGCUCGGGCCCUAAAAAGAAGGAAACAUUCAGGAACAAGAGGGCUCUCGCAGCUGCUUAGCAGCUACGCUCGGGCCCUAAAGAUGAAGAAAGAAGAAUCCAUCAGGAACAAGAGGGCUCUUGCAGCUGCUUAGCAGCUACGCUCGGGCCCUAAUAAUAACGAAAGAAGAACCCAUGCAGGAACAAGAGGGCUCUCGCAGCUGCUUAGCAGCUACGCUCGGGCCCUAAGAAGAAUCCAUCAGGAACAAGAGGGCUCUCGCAGCUGCUUAGCAGCUACGCUCGGGCCCUAACAACAGCUCAUGUAAUGGCGAAACAAAAUAAGUUCAGUUUACAGGGUUAGGAUAUGAGUGAUUAUGGACCAUGUUAAAUUAAUUAGAUGUGAUUACAGUCAGCAGGCCUAACCAUAGUCAGCUCUAGUUUUAUGUUAUUAAUGUCAGUGAGGCUGAUGUUCAUGUCUGCAGUAACAGUCCAGAGGAAUCCAAGAGAAGAAGGAGCUCAGGGCCUGAGGUGGACAAUCAUAGACAGUAGUCAACUCUAGUUUUAUGUUAUUAAUGUCAGUGAGGCUGAUGUUCAUGUCUGCAGUAACAGUCCAGAGGAAUCCAAGAGAAGAAGGAGCUCAGGGCCUGAGGCAGACAAUCAUAGACAAUGCGGCUAGAGUCAGGCAGGUCUGCAGCAGCCAUCAGUCCAGAGCAACCUAGGGGGCUGGGUCUCAGAGACAUAAAGAGAGAUCUGGUUAGCAAUUUUAUGGGAGAAAAUGACUUUAAUGUACAGGAUAAUGAAGUAACUAAUUAUGGACUUUGCUAAAUUAAUUUAAGGUGAUUAAAGUUAAAACUCAGGUUUUAUUUUAUAGAUGUCAGUUAGGCUGACGUACGUGUCUGCAGCAACGGCCCAGAGGAGCCUAAGAGAUGGAGGAGCUCAGGGCCUAAGGUGGACAAUCAGGGAUGAUGCAGCUGGGGUCAGGCAGUUCUGCAGCAGACCGUCUGCAGCAUUAGUCCAGUGGAAGCUAAGAGACUCAGAGACACUCAGAGAGACAGAAAUCUGGUUAGUGACUUAUAUGGGACAUAAAGAUCUAAAGGAGAGAUAGAGACAGACUCUAGCUCAGUGUGCCAGAUAACCCGGCAGUCUAGACCUAUAGCAGCAUAACUAAGAGCUGGUUCAAAUCAGCCCCAACUUUAUGCUUUAUCAAAGAGGAAUGUUUUAAGUCUACUCUUGAAAGUUGAGAGGGUGUCUGCUCCCCAAACCUCGAGCGGUAAAUGAUUCCAGAGGAGAGGUGCCUGGUAGCUGAAAGCUCUUCCUCCAAUACUACUUUUAGAGACCUUUGGUAUAACGAGCAGGCCUGCAGACUGUGAGCGUAACAGUCUAGACGGAAAGUACAGUAUAACAAGCUUGUCGAGAUAUGAUGGAGCCUGGCUGUUAAGCGCUUUAUAUGUCACAAGGAGGAUUUUAAACUCAAUUCUAGAUUUAAUAGGGAACCAAUGAAGAGAGGCUAAGACAGGAGAGAUGUGCUCCCUUCUUCUGGUUCUAGUCAAUACCUGAGGUGCUGCAUUUUGGACCAGCUGAAGAGUCCUUAAAGACUUACUGGAGCAGCCUGAUAAGAGAGAAUUACAGUAAUCCAGCCUAGAGGUAACAAAGGCAUGGACUAGUUUUUCCGCAUCACUCUGAGACAGGAUGGGUCUAAUUUUUGAGAUAUUGCGCAUGUGGAAAAAGCUAUCCUAGAGAUUUGUUGAAUGUGGGAGCUAAAGGACUAAUCCUGAUCAAAUAAAACUCCCAGAUUUUGCACAGUGGGGCUGGAUGCCAGACUGAUGCCAUCUAGUGUAGCUAUAUUAUUAGAGAAUGCCUCUCUAAGGUGUUUAUGACCGAGGACAAGAACUCCAGUUUUAUCUGAGUUGAGCAUUAGAAAGUUAUUGGUCAUCCAGGAUUUCAUAUCUUUGAGACAAGCUUCUAAUUUGGUAACCUGGUUUGCUUCUUCUGGCUUCAUGGAUAAGUAUAACUGGGUGUCAUCUGCAUAGCAGUGGAAAUUAAUCAAGUACUUCCUCAUAAUUUUACCCAGAGGAAGCAUGUACAAGAUAAAGAGGAUCGGUCCAAGCACUGACCCUUGCGGGACUCUGUAGCAGACCUUGGUGUGCGCAGAGGAUUCAUUAUUAAUAUGGACAAACUGGGAUCGAUCCGUUAGAUAAGAUCCGUGCUGUGAUGGGUUCUAAAUCCAGACUGGACAUCCUCCAAUAAACCGUUGUUAUGAAGAAAAUCACAAAGUUGAUUUGCAACAACUUUCUCCUGGACUUAAGCAAUAUAAGGAAGGUUGGAUAUUGGUCUAUAGUUAGCUAGGGUGCUGGGGUCAAGAGUAGGUUUUUUAAGGAGAGGCUUAAUCAAUGCAGUCUUAACAGACUGGGGAACAUAUCCUGUUAAUAAAGACGUGUUGAUCAAGUUAAGCAAGGAUGUACUGAUCAAAGGAAGAGUUUCCUUCAGCAGUUUAGAUGGAAUUGGGUCCAAAAGACACAUAGAUGGUUUGGCUGCCAGCACCACUGACUUUAACUCGGGAAGGUCAAUAGGUGCAAAGUUACUAAGGUGCACCAGAGGCCUUAGGGGCUCCUCAACAAUUUCAGGGUUAUCUAAGAGAGAGACACCUGAAGAAGGCAAGAGGUUAUUAAUUUUACCUCUUAUUUUUAAGAUUUUUUCAUUGAAGAAGCUUAAGAAGUUGUCGCUGCUGAGGGCUAAUGGGAUACAUGGUUCAGCAGUGCUCUGACAGUCCGUCAGUCUGGCUACAGUGCCGAAGAGAUAUCUGGGGUUAUUCUUAUUUUCUUCAAUAAGAGACAAGUAGUAAGUUGUCCGAGCACGUCGGAAGGCCUUCUUAUAUUUAUCAAGACAUUCCUGCCAGAGAAAACGAGCUUCAGCUGUUUUGGAAGAGCGCCAAAUCCUUUCUCGUCUUCUUAAUAACUGUUUCAGCUCACGAGUUUCAGCAUUAUACCAUGGAGCCAGCCUCUCGCGUGUAAGGAGUGACACGGAGCAGACCGCUAUAUUUUUACUCUGAGUCAGCACAUACAUGAAGAUCUAUAUCGAUAUAUUCUGAUCUAAAUCUGAUCUGAUGAGCGAGUUUGGCACGGGUUUGGACACUCUACCUGACCGAAUUAACACAGCUGAAGCCGCAUUAAAUUAAAUAUCCAGUAAACAGUUACACAUGAUAAAGUUAACAAGAUACUUAAUUCGUCCACCCGCUUAUCCUCCUUCUUCCUUGCGUAGCUUGAUAGGUGUUAUGCCGUGGAAUGCACCCCUGCCGUAGAAUGCAUCCCCUGCAUCCCAUCCACUCAUUAGCUUCUUAAAGUGGAAAAAAAUUAUCUCAUAUUUAAAAAAAACAUGAGUAUUGGAUCAUGACAACAUGUCAAAUGGAGCAACAAACUUUCGUUCUGUUUUUAGGUAUUUAAAAAAUGCACAUUCAGGGGUGUACUUGGGUAUUUAAACUGUACAGUAAGCGUUUAAGGUAGAGAACAUUAUAUUUUCGGGGCAGCAAAUAUUCCGAAUCAGAGGGCUAUUGUUUUCGGCUUAUCUGAAUAGCCUGAAUUAAAUCAUUAAAGGCACACGCUUUAGAAUCAGUCCGACGGUAAGGAAAACUUGGAUUAUUCCGCCUUGUUAUGUACUUUCAACUGUGCUCCCGUCAGGGGUGCACUCUACGGCAGGGGUACAUUCUAUGGCACAACACCUGACAUGUCUCCGUGUCCUCUCUCCGUCCUGCUACAGCUGCUGCUGCUGUGGCGGCGGCUGAACAGAUGAUUUGUUUCAAUGAUCAGAUGAGAUUUUUACUUUAAGCCUACAUAUGAAUAUUAUAAUAUUCAGUUUUGUGAGCCAGAUUUAUUUUACAUGCCAACAUCUAUGAAAGAGAGAGCCAGGCCACGGAGCGUGAUGCUUCAUUACGCACAGAUGGUUCCGAUUUUAAUUCCAUUAUUGGAAUUUAUGUUGUGAUCUGAGUGCACAACCCACCUCUGUCACGUGAGGUUUGAAUAUAUGCAACUUUAUGUGAGUGUCUUUAUUUGUGGAAAAUGGUGUUUGUCUUAUCAGUGGGUACAACCUUACACACACACCAAAUCCAUCUGUGCUUAUAUGAGACAGUGUGGAGGACUCUGCAGCGCUUACAGCGACACUUGUUGAGGGGCUGCCUUCUCUAGCCAUUGUGUUGCAUUGCUGUCUUCAGACAUCUCUUGAUCUCUUUGACUACUGCACGAAAAUAAUACGCCUCGCCGGUGGCGGAUUUAAAGGCGAGGAGAGGAGCUGAUGUUAUUGGUCAAUACAGUUCUCGGCUGUGUUAAACCCACUCCAUGCCCUCUCUCCUCCCUCACUCAAAUAUUUAGUUAUUCAAAAUCCGUUCUACAUUACAUGCUGAUGUCAUGUGAAUGAGCUAGCCUAUGGAAUGUAUGAAUGUUCAUUUCAUUAUUAAAGCUUGUGUAACUAAUUGUUGUUUACACAAAUGUUGAAUUAUUGAGUGUUUUUUUUCAGAGGGUUCUAAAUAAAAGAAGUCUUGUUAAUAACGUAACUUGUUGAAUAUAUCAUUUAAACUACAUUUCCACGUGGCAAUUUCAUAUAAACUAUGCAUCAACUGAAUUUACAAAAAAUGUACUAUAUCAUGAUGUAUAUCGUAUCGGGAUAUAAAAUGAGCUAUAUCGGGAUAUGACCAAAAUCUCAUAUCGUGCAGCCCUAAUCCACAUGAAUAUUAAAGUCAACAAUGACAAUGACUUUGUCUGCACGAAGGACUAGAUCAGAUAGAAACUCUGAGAAUUCUGACAAAAACUCAUAGAGUAUGGGCUCGGAGGGCGAUAAACUAUAGCAAAUACCAGUGGUCUCAUGGUCUUUGAGGCUGGAUGCAGAAGACUGAGAACAAGACUUUCAAAAGAGUUAUAAUCCAGUUUUGGUCUUGGGUUAAUUCCAAGACUGGAAUUGUAAAUAGCUGCAACUCCACCACCUCGGCCAGAGUCCUGAGGAAUGUGAAAGCUUAGGUGGCUAGGAGGAGUGAAUUCAUUCAAGCUGACAUAUUCAUCCUGAUGCAGCCAAGUUUCAGUUAGGGAGAGUAAAUCAAUGCGAUAAUCAGAGAUUAGUUCAUUUAUUAUCACAGAUUUGGAACUUAAAGACCUUAUGUUCAGUAGACCACAUUUUAUUUUACUACUACUCGGUUCAGCUAUGUUAGCAGUUUUAAUUCUAGUAAGGUUCUUGUUAUUUACUCCUUACUUUACACCUUUGUUAAUCGAUCGGUUGGAAUUAAAGAGCCGAGGACGAGGGACACAGUCUCUUUAUUAAAGUGACAGUAGCUAAGAGGCUGCUCUAACAAAAGUGCAGAGGAACAUGUAGAACUGCGGCUAUGCUCCCUGAUCUCCAUAUCAAACUGAUUGUAGCUAAGAAGCUGCUCUGAAGGGAGUACAGAGGGGCGUUUUACACUGCGGCUCUGCUCCCUGAUCUCUAUAUCAAACUGAUCGGAAAUAGGAGGCUGCUCUGAAGGGAGUACAGAGGGGUGUUUUACACUGCGGCUCUGCUCCCUGAUCUCUAUAUCAAACUGAUUGUAGCUAGGAGGCUGCUUUGAAGGGAGUACACGGGGGAAUUUUACACUGCGGCUCUGCUCCCUUGUCUCUGUAUAUAAGUGGUAGUGGCUGGGAAGCUGCUCUAAAGGAGGCGCAGGGGGGUGUAUAGGACUGCGGCCCUGCUCCCUGAUCUCUGCUUUGAAUUGUCAGUGGUUCGAGCUAAUAAAAUCGGCCAGAUUUCUGGAUGAACAGGCCGCUCCAUCUCGAGUGGGAUGAAUGCCGUCCCGACUAAUCAGACCAGGCUUGCCCCAAAACGACUUCCAAUUAUCAAUGAAGCCCACGCCGUUUUGCGGACACCACCUCGACAGCCAGCAGUUGAAUGAUGAGAUACAGAUACACAUCUUAUCAGUUGUCUGAUCGAGCAGGGGACCAGAGAAAACUAUGGAGUCCGACAUGGUUUUGGCAUAUUCACACACCGAUUCCACGUUCAAUUUAGUGACUUCCGACUGGCAGCGUUGGGAGUCAUUAACGCCGACAUGUAUUACAAUCUUACGGAAUUUACGUUUAGCCUUUGCCAGCAGUUUUAAACUACCUUUGAUGUCACCCGCUCUGGCCCCCGGAAGACACUGAACUGUGGCCGCUAACUUCGCUAAUUUCACAUUUCGGACUACAGAGUCUCCAAUCACAAGAGCGUCAGGCUCAGCAGGUGUGUUGCUGAGUGGGGCAAAUUUGUUUGAAAUGUGAAUAUGGUGGUCUAACGUGGGCGUCUUAGGCCUGCUGCUAUGCUUCCCUUUCAUAGUGACCCAACCACUACUACAUCCCGGCUGCUCGGGAUCUGCCGGGGGGAAGCUAAGCUUGGCUGACCCGCACUGGCUACCAUGUCCUGGCUGGCUACCGCUACUCUAGCAUCGGUGCGGAGCCGCUUUUCUAACUCUGUAAUCCUCGCCUCCAGAGCUAAGAAUAUACUACACUUAAAGCAGGUAUCGUUAUUGUCUAAGGAGGACGAGGAGUAACUUAACAUCUGACACACUGAGCAUUCAAUGGCAGGGGUGCAUUCAACGGCAUAACACCAGACCAAGAACAGUCGGAGACUGAGAACGACAAAACGCCUCGGCUGUAUCCUCCUAUUAAAAAGGUUUCCUUCGGCAGUAUGGAGGUUUUAUGGCUUCACAAAACAGACGGAGCAGGUAAACCUGACACCAAUCUGCAGGUUAUGCCAUAAGGAAGUUGCAACACCGUUGUCUAACACUUCAAACCUACGUACCCACCUCCACGAACACCAUCCAGUACCGUUCACUCAAAUCAAGGUAAAAACAACAUGACCGCAACAAGUUUGGUCUACUCUACUGCUUAUUAUUCCGUUAGUGAUGUUUCUGCUAACUUUAGCUCCAAAAAGCUAAUGCUCCCAACGUCCUGUUCUCUGCCUCUUGCUCAUAUUGUUUGUGCGUGUCAUGCUGUGCACAGAGAAGUGCUCUCGCAGUUUUUUGCCAUCUUUAAUAACAAUAAAGGCAAUGCGCUAAUAUCGUGAUAAUAUCAUGAAUCGGGAUAUUUUGGGCCACCAAUAUUGUGAUAUCAAGUUUUUCAUAUUGGCACAUGCCUAGUGCCCAUAUAAACAGUGGAUUCAGAUUUUCUGAUCCCUCAAAUUUUUAAUUGGAUCAAGAAAUUUUUCAUAUGUAAAUAUGGCUAUUAAUCGAUUGACAAUUUAAUUUCCACAUUGAUGACUACUUUGGAAGUUUUCAUGUUUGGGUUGGUUUCUGUUCUUACAUUACAGUAUGUUGUCGUUCUUUGUCACCAUCUUUAAAAGCUUUCUUUUUCUGGUUAAGGAUUGCUUUCAUGUCUCUUGUGAUCCAGAGUUUGCUGUUGGGGAAACAGUGAACAGUCUUUGUUGGUAUAACUGUGUCUCUACAGAAGUUGACAUAUUCAGUAAAGCAGUCAACCUGAUUGUCAAUGUUCAUACUAUUCACAUCUGUUUCCAGCAGCACAUUCCAGUCUGUUGAUUUAAAACAGUCCCUUAGAGCUUCACUGGCUUGAGGUGUCCAUCUUCUGAUUUUGACUUUGGUCACAGGCUGCCUCAGUACACAAGGUCUGUAACAGGUUUGGAGAUGGACCAAGUUAUGAUCUGACUUGCCCAGUGGUGGUUAGGCAGUGGCUCUGUAAGCUUCUUUGACAUUGGCAUACAGAAGAUCCAGGGUUUUGUUAUCUCUGGUAGGACAGUUCACAAACUGUGUGAAUCCAGUCAGGUGAGAGGAGAGGCUGACAUGGUUGAAGUCUCCUGAUAUUAUUAUUAGUGCCUCGGGGUGUUGAGUCUGUAGCCUGGCAACACUAGUAUGCAAAACAUCGCAUGGGAUUUCUUUAGUUGAUUUGGGUGGAAUGUAAACAACUAUUGUUAUGAUAUGACUAAAUUCUCUUGGAACAUAAUAUGGCUGAAGAGCAACUGCCAACAGUUCAAUAUCUGGACAACACAACUUCUCCUUGACAGUUAUCUGUGAAGGGUUACACCAUCUCUGGUUAACAAAUAAAGCCAGACCUCCUCCUUUCUUCUUGCCACUAGCUUGAGCAUCUCUGUCUGACCAUGUGAGAGUGAAGCCAGGUAGAUCCACACUGGAGUCCGAGUUGUUUUGAUUCAACCAGGUUUCAGUAAAACAAAGGAGACUGCACUCAUGGUAUGCUUUCUCAGUCUUCACCAAUAUCUCAAGCUCAUCGCUUUUGUUGGGCAGAGAGUUGACAUUUUCCAUGAUGAUUGAUGGAAUAAAGGGUUUAUAUCACCAACUCUUAGCAUUCAGCUUUGCCUUCACCUUUGCACCAGCACGGCAACCACAAUAACACCCGUGUGUUGUGUGUGUGUGUGUGUGUGUGUGUGUGUGUGUGUGUGUGUGUGUGUGUGUGUGUGUUUUUCUUGAAAAAGGUGGAUGCUGCCCUGGGGUCAGAGGAGAUGGUAGAAACCCUAACUGAGAGGAACCUUGACCUGGAGGAGAAAGUUAGAGAGUUGAGGGAAACAGUAACAGAUCUGGUUUGUACAACUGCUUACAUGAUUUCUAAUUGCUCCACUUGCAUAUUACCACAUUAAGUUGUCACACCCUAAUUUAGGCUUGUGACAACAGGAAGCCAUCAAUGACAUGAAUGACGAGCUCCAGGAAAAUGCCCGAGAGACAGAAAUGGAACUAAGGGAGCAGCUGGACCUGAGUUCAGCAAAGGUCCGAGAGGCUGACAAAAGGGUAGAGGCUGCUCAAGAGACUGUUGCUGAUUACCAGCAAACUAUCAGCAAAUACAGAGAUCACACCACCAGGCUACAGGUAGGUGGAGUGGAGGUUAAUAUGUAUCCCAAGGGAAAUUGUUAGAGCAUUAUAUGUACUGGAUGGAGAGGUGUGGGUGAGUGGAUAUCCAGUCUGUUUUUUCCCCUUGUUUACUAGGAGGCCAACAGAGAGUUGAUCAGUCAGCAGAAUGCGAAUGCUGACCAAGUUCAACAUCCUCCUGCUGACCUAUUUGACUUUAAGAUUAAAUUUGCAGAGACCAAGGCUUAUGCAAAGGUAGGAAAUCUUAAAAAGCUCUAUCCAUGUUGGGUUCUCUGGCUUAUCGUGGUGUAACAGUUUUACUUCCUUGAGAAAUUUCUCUAUCUUUGUAACUAGGCCAUUGAGAUGGAGCUGAGAAAAAUGGAAGUUGCUCAGUCCAUCAGACAAGUAUCUCUACUCACAUCUUUUAUGCCAGACUCCUUCAUUUGUCAUGGUGGAGAUCAUGACUGUGUUCUAGUGCUCCUGCUCAUCCCCAGGCUCAUCUUUAAGGUAUAAAGCUGUGGUGUGAUUUUGAGUCAACAACAUUUUGAGUCAUGUAUACUGUCAUCUCAUUUUUAUCUCUUCAGCUAGUUUCUGUAGUAAGGCUAUUCGAAUUUGUGUCUAUGUUUCCAUUAAUUUCUAGGCUGACCUUAUCAGUAAACAGACCCAAGUCAAGUUUGGCUUGGAUGGGAACAUUGCCUAUGGGCCUGGGCUCAGAGGGCCUCCUGGAGAACAACUUAGUUUUGCCUCAGGAUUGGUGUACUCCUUAAGCUUGUUGCAGGUUACUCUCCACAUAUACGAACAGUAAGCACUGCAGAUGAUCUUGUGUUUUUUAAAUUUUAUUUUAACAUGAUUUGUUGUCAGAAAAGAUAAAGACAGAGGCCCAAGCUUCUGACAAUAAAUCCAGAUUAAUUCCUCUUUACAAAAGAAAAUUGUAAUAUUUUGUCUUCAAUUGAUUACUUUAGCUGUGAUACUGUAAACUUAAUUUGGUGACAUAGUGAUUACUUUAUCUUUUUCUCUGAUGUGGUUCUAGGGCACUGAAUAAUUGCAGCGUGGAGAUUUUUAAAUGCAUGGGAACACUCUACACGGAAAUGAGCUUCCAUGAACGCUCUUUGGAUUAUUUCAUUGACCUGCUACAUAAAGAUCAGCUGGAUGAGACUGUGCAGGUUGAACCUUUGAAGAAGGCAAUGAAGUACUAUCAGGUAAUAGAUACAGGUUGUGUAUAGCAGUGGCGAUUGCUCUAAGACUGCAAGGGAAGCUCGGCUUCCCUUAAAAUGUCACCCCUCAAAAAAAAGAAAAAGUGGUGAAAUACGUACUGUUGUGUGUACAUUUCAUUAACUAAAUACGCACUAGAAAGCCUUCAUCUUUUGUUCAGACACUGUGAUAAGAAGCUGAUAAUCACAGGUAACCGGCAUAACUUCGUUCUCAUUCAUCCUCGCAGCGCCUCAGCGCUUUAAACAGCCGGACGCUGGGCUUCUGCUGACUUCAAUGUGGAAGCUUAAAGUGGGUUGUUCCAGCAGCGAAACUAGACGCUCAUUGGAUAAAUGCUGGGCUUUGUCCCGCCCAUCGGAAGCCCAGCUUCACUGGAGUUCUAUGGCGAGAGGGCGGUCCCGACUUUCUCCCGGACUCCAAGCUUCUGCAUCCAUGAUUGGAUGAGCUGUCUGAGGCGAAAUCCUUUUUUGAUUGACAGCUAAACAAGCGAAUCAGCGAUCUUGAAGAAUAAAACAUCUACCAGAGCAUUUUCCAAGUUAUUCAUUCCGUUGUUCUUAACUGCUCCGGAGACCUUACCGAUCCUCAGCGACUCUUGUCUUUGUUAAAAAUGACUGCCGUUGUGUUUGGCGACUCUGUUCUGUUACAUACUAAUAAACAAAUACAAUUAUGAUGUAGGCCAGAAAAAUGAGCUUCCCCUCCUUGAAAGACCAGCAGCCACCAUUGGUGUAUAGAUAUGUGAAACUGUUGAGUACAUCCUUGCAACAUCCCUUCAGAUGGAAUUGAACCCUGAACAAAGAUAGUCCAGUUUUACAACUAUUGUUCUGGGAAAAAAAUCUAUGUAUCUGUGGCUGUUAGGGAAAAGGUGUUAUUGCAGGCUUGAGGAAAGGCUGAAAUCUUUUUGGAUACUUUUAAAAUCUUAUUAAGUCCUCCUGGUUCCUACCCCAGCAUUAACAUCCAGAUUUGUACAGACGUCAGACUUGCAUUUUCGACAACCAUUUAAUUGCGUAAGCCAUUUUUUUUUUUUUUUGGUCAUUCUUCAGUUUUUCUUUCUUUUGUCCUUCAGCAACUACAGGUCAUCCACCUGUCGGAUCACACAGAAGACUGCACAGUGCAACUGGCUGAUCACAUAAAAGUAUUUAAUUUACUUCAUAGUUACUGUAUUACAUUGCAGAGAUUUAUUACUUUUUCUCUUCUUGCAGAGUGAAUAGAAUUUUUUCCACUUUGUGCCUCCAAGCAAGUAGCAUAUCCCUUUUCUAAGACUGUUGAGCAAACCUAAAACCUUUCAGAAGACACACAUUUUAAUUAAAUGAACUGUGGAAAGCAAAAUGUAAAUCAGAAUAUACCAGAGAUUUUUUUUAAAUUUCCAACACGCACAAUCUUCCUCUAGUUCACCCAGAGUGCCCUAGACUGCAUUGGAGUGGAGGUAGCUCGUCUACGAUCAUUCCAGGCAGCAGGUCAGGAGAGCACUGGCUUCAGCAUUUUUCUAAAAGAUCUCAACACUUCCUGCUCUGACAUCAAACAGUUCUGCAAAAAGAUCCACCGUCGCAUGCCUGGAACAGAUGUAGUGGGGGUACCUGCAGCCAUAAAUUUUGGACCACAGGUAUUUAAUUAAGUCACAAAUACAUAUGAGUAAUUCAACAUAAACUAAAUGACUGCUGAUACAGCUCGAAGAUGGUUUGAUAAAAGCAAGUUCUAAGAAAUUCCUCUUCAUCUCUUUAAUGUCUACCACACUUUGUGCUACUUGUAUUCUGCUGACACAAUGACCACAAAAAUGAUAUGGUGUAAAAAUUUGAUAUCUUGUGUGUUGUCUGGGAGGUGUCAGAGGCUCUGACAGAGAGCAGGCGCCAGCUGACCCAAGUGGUGGCUGUGCUGCAGAAGGUGGUAGUAGCAGGAGCUCAGAUGGUUGCUCCACUGGCAGAACAGGAGGGGAUUAACUCUCUGAAUUUGGAAGAUAUAGCCUGCAAUGCUGUUGAACAGGUAAUUCAAAUGUGAAUUAGUGUGUAUCUAUCAAAUUUAAACUGUCUGGGAAAGUAUACCAUCAAGUAUGAAGCACAAAGUGUACCUUUAAAAAGAUUAAAAUUGAAAUAGAUUCUUAAAGAUGCUAUUUUUGUUUUCUAAUUAUUUUUAGAAUUUUCUGUUUAAGAAAACUUGACAAGAGGUGGGUUAGGGAAUUACUACAUCUAUUCUUUUUAUCCAAGGUGUAUGGCUCUCUUGGUGUUAAUUGUCUAGACCAGGGGUCGGCAACCUUAAACACUCAAAGAGCCACUUGGACCAGUUUCCCACAGAAAAGAAAACACAGGGAGCCGCAAAACCUCUUUGACAUCUAAAAUGAAGAUAACAUUGCAUAUAUCUUUUUUUUUUACCUUUAUACAAAGUAUAUAAAAAACUGUAGCGAGUUGCAUUUAUGAAAUAAAUGAACUAUUUCGGCGAGUGUCUGUCUUCUUCUGUAGUUAAACCGCAAGAUAUCAAAAUCUACCCGGAUACAGCAAUGCUGCUUUUUGAUUGGCUGUUCAGUAGAUAUACUUUAUUUGAUUGGCUUGUGCGUGGCACGCAGCUUCUGAACUCUCGGAGGAACUCAGUUGAUUUCUCCCAGUUCAAUAGUUGAAGAAGUGCAACUUGGUGGACAUCACUGUGUUCAUUUAAAUGCGUGAGAAAUACAAUGUGUGGUGUGUGAGCGUGUGAACGAGUGGGAAUGCGUGUGUCAUACGCUGAAUGCGUGAGACUUGAGAGCCCUGUGCUCACGCAUCAUCGAUGUACUCCCGAGCCAUGCAAAACGGUCUUUGCAAAUGUUGCACUGAACGCCUUCCUUUUCAGUCUUGGUGAAGUUUUCCCACACCACUGAUGUUUUAGGUCGGGAUUUGGGUUGGGUUGUGUCCAUGUUUUUCUCAGCCGCUGCCUCGGCCAUGGCUGUUUCUUUUCUGUGCGUCCUGCUGAUUGUUUACACGCCGGUGUCCAUGGACAUAUAUAAAGACCCGACGAAUCGAUCACAGAAUUUGUUGGCAACGGAUUUUUUCGUCACGACGAAUCUACUUAAUCGAUUCGUUGUUGCAGCCUUAAUAGUUUAUUUAAUGUUACAAGAGCAUUAUAAUCUUUGAAUUUAGAAUUACAAAAAAAAAAAAUAAUAAUGAUAAAAUAAAAUAAAAUGCAAUUAAGUAUUUAUUAUUUAUUUUCCAAAUCCAUUGGGAGCCGCAGCUUAGGGAAGAAAGAGCCGCAUGCGGCUCCAGAGCCGCGGGUUGCCGACCCCUGGUCUAGACUGGCUGCGACAGUCAUGCAGCUCUGUCAUUACAACCAUGAACAAGAUGGCCAUAGCUAUGCAGGAAGGAGAGUUUGAUGCUGACAAACCCCAGGGAAAGGUAUUUGUAUGCCUUUCCAAUUUGGUGUUGUAAUAAUUAAGGCAUAUGGUCACGAAUGGUCAUUUCUUCCCUGCUUUAAUUUGGUCAUAUUUCCUAACAUUUCCCCAGACUCCUCCAGUGGAGAUCAGAGCAUCCACAGUCAGAGGAGAGAUGACUGAUGCUGAAGGUGUAGGAGUGAAACUAGAAGACAAAGAGACUGUUAUCAUUGAGCUCAAGAAGUCUCUCAAAAUUAAGGUGACACCCCCCAGUUGAAUACAUUUUAUCAAAACCUCUCUAAUUUUUGUGCCAGGGGAAGUGUUCUGAUUAAGCCUGCUGUUUCGACAUGACAUGAGUAAUGGUAACUUUUACUGAUUCUUUCUGUUCUCUUUGCCACAGGGUGAGGAACUCAGUGAAGCCAACGUGUGA